CUCGCUCACUCAGUCACUCACAGUCUGCUCUCUCUAUAGUCAAAGCAAGGAUCAGGUUCCCUGCCUUGAGUAGAGAAAUUCUGGGGGGGAAAUUGAAAGAGGAAGAGGGUAAACUGAGAAGAAGAGGAGGAGGAGCAGAGGGACAUUGGAAAGGGGGCAAAGGAAGAAAAGGAGUCAAUAAUUUCAAGAAGGGGAGAAAAAGAGAGAGAAGCGGAAAAGUGCUGCAUUUGCCGAGUGAAGGUGUAGUGAAAGCUCAGAAGUCCACACGGGGGAUUGAAGACUGUUUAACAGAGACGGGAGAUUUUGCAACUCAAAGUAAGUACAAGUGGAUUUGGUUUGCAAAGGCUACUGCUUGAUCUCUCUUCCCCCCUCUUUUCAGUGUAAACGGGGAUGGAUGCUCAGCAACAGACAUCCUUAACUUCCAAUGUUUCCAUGGAUUGAAGAAAGUUGAUGGGGGACCUCAGAGUGGCUUCUGGAUGUGUGUUUUGUGUUUUCCAACAGAGCGAGGGUGCUGUUCCUUCUGUGUAACAAUAGCAGUGUUUGGUAUUCCCCAGCAGAAGUUCACACUGAGUGCAGAUAAUAUGAGCACCAUUCAUGAAUUUAUUGGGUCCUAGAUGGGUGGCAUGAUGAUGCACUGACCAGGCGAACGAGUUUGGGUCGACUCUGAGCAAAUUACAAGGGGCAAAAUGUGUGGGGACUUUUCCUGGGCUUUUCUCUCUGGUAUCUUCUGCGUUAACAGGCUGUAAGAGAAGUGUUAGAAGUGGAACGAGGGCCCAGUUGUUCCCCUUGGAUUCCUCCUGUUGUUUGAGCCCUGCUGGUGUAUUGAGAUGGGAUGAAGGAGAGCUGAGUGACGUGCAGAAGAACCUGUUCUUCCACAUCUCUUCCCGUGGAGAGUGCGCUCUUGUACCCAGCCAUAAGCAGAGGGGUGGAGCUUUCCAUAUACUCUCAUCGGUACCAGCUAGUGUUGGUCACUUUUCCUUCCGCUCCAUUGGAUGAAAUGACAUUUAGAGGCUGACGGGGACAAGACUGCAGAUGGUUGGAUGCCAAGUGAGGUUUUCUAGCAUUAAAAAGCAGCAAAAAGCUGCUUCUGCAACCCUAUUUUCAAGAAUCUAAUUUAGCGGGAGUUUUACAAGGAUGUUUAUACAAUGCAACUGUCACGAAUGGGAUGUUUUUAAAAGCUGCUUUUUUCCCCAUGCCACAUCCGCUUCCCAAGCUUGAAAGAACUCAGGGUAGUGUGUAUAUGUGUGUGAUUGUGUUUUUUGUGUUUAAAUUUUAUAUCUUAACUUUUUUCUAUGGAAGCUAAGGUGGCACCCAAAGAAGUCUAGACAGUGUCCCAGUGACACUGACCAGACCCAGGCUUACUGAGGUGCAACAUGGUUGCCAUCUUACUAAACUGUACCUUCAAACUAUUCACUGGCAGUUUGAUUGUUCAGUUGCAACACAGGGAACCCAAUUUCACCUGUAGUGUUAGCAAAGCAGCAAGAGACUGGGCAUCUGACGUACUUCUUUUUCACCUGCUAUAGGAAAUGGAAAUUUUAUAUUGUUCCAUAGAAAGUGUGAGGAUAGGAUGAGAAGAAGGUCCAAGGAACAGAGGGGCAGCAAUCACACAGUCUUCCAUGGCCUCAUUAACGUUGGGCUUUUUGGGUUUCCAGUCUUCCCUAUGCGGUGCUGUUCCAUUUUAUUCUCCCCACUAGCUUGUGAAGAGAACUAGGCUGAAAGAUGAUGGCUUAACUAAGGCCACACAGUCAGGAUAUGAACCCAGGACUCAACUGAACCCUCUGUGCCAAGGAUGGGGAGCCCUUGGCUCUUCAGAACUUGCUUGACUUCAACUCCUAUCAGCCUCAGUCAGACCAAUGGUUGAGGAUGAUCAUAAGAGCCCAACAAUCUCUCAUGGGGUUGGGGUGGCACAGGCUCCCCAUUCUCGUUGUGUGUGGUGCAUAGAGAUUUAAACAACUUGAGAAAAGGCCUGCUGGAUCAGGCCCAACACCCACCUGGCCCAGCACUCUGUCCUCACAUUGACCUACCAGAUGCCUAAGGGAAGCCCACCCACAAGCAAAACCUGAGUGCAACAGGAUAUCAUCUGUUCUGGCAAGGGGUGCAGUGGGGUUCAUAAUGAUGGUGAAGUUAAAGGAUUAUAAGCAGGCCAUAUAAUAAUAUAAUCGUGAUUUUGUGAUGAUAUAUGAUCAUACAAUCAUGAUAAAGUCAGCUCAAGUAGAUGCCAUCCUAUGGCAAAACUAGUUGUGUGGUUAUUUUUAAAUGUUUCCUUAACUGCAUUUUAGAAUAGUGGUAGGUGUUCUAAAGUUUCAUUGCCAAGCAAAAUCAGUCAAAUGACCGUUCACCCUGUGGUGCUGAUGCUAAUUAAAGAGAGCUCUUCCUCUGGGAGAUCAGCUAUCUGAACUGUGAAUAAUAAACGAUGAUGCAACAAUAGACCAAGAUGGGUUGGAAUUCGAUCCGGCUGCCCUAGAUACCCCAACCUGCCCUUGCCAAACCCUAAUCUUAAAAUGAAUUUUUAAAGACCACAUGGGCAACAUUCCUGCCACCACUCUUGGUUUCUGGGCUGCAGUAGCUUUUAUUAAAAUUAAAUAUCUAAAUCCAGUUUUCCUUAAAAAAUACUGACCCACUAGUCUUCACUUAUAUUAAAAUCUGGCCUGGUGUUUAAAAAUUGUAUUCAAUGGGAUCUGAGAAUUUGGAUUUAAGUACAGUUUAAAGCUAAGGCAUCUGCCCCUUCUCCACUUCUUUUCCAUCUCUCACCAUACAUCAGACUUUGUCCAUCUGAUGCCGUCCAAAAACUUGGACUAUAACUCCUACCAACCCCAGACAACAUGGAUGUGAGUUGCAGUUUAAAACAUUUCAAGGGCACCUUGCUAUGUGCAUGGACAGCUCUUUCACAGUGACACUAACUGCAGCCCAUUUUGGCUUGAGCCAAUGCACAUGAAAGUGUACAGAGGCUGUUCGAGUGAACCCUACUACGGCCACAGUUAACACAAGGUAUGACAUAACAUCAUUGACACAAGUGAUAAUCAAUGACAUGGAGUGUCAAAUUCUGAACUGAUCUUAUGUUACACUUCUGCUUUAGUUAAAUGUUACUGGGAUUCAGGGGCAAGACACUUUGAUUGUUGUUGGCCAACAGGGGGAGGCAAUGUGGUGGCUCCAGAUGUUGUUGGACUAGAAUUCCCAUCAGCCCCAGCCAGCAUAGGUAGUGGUCAGGAAUGAUGGGAGUUGUAGUCCAAUAACAUCUGGAUGAUACCAUGUCAACUGCUUCUGGGUUAAAGUGAUGGUGAUGAAAAGGUGAGAGCCGAGGCAAUCACUGGUUCAUUGGGCAGUGCAAAUCUCACUUUGUCACUCUGCUAUGCGAGAGUCUGCUCUCUGUAUUCUUAUGGUAUUAUAUCCCCCCAAUGGGCACUCAGUUGUCUCUCCCUUCACCACAUUACACUUUUCAGGGUAAUGUAAGUGAAAAAGAAGAUGACCAAAAUUGAGAAAUUUGGAAGUAGGGAAGGGAGGGAGAGAUGAUGUUAGCGAGGGAUGAAGGGCAGAAAAUUGAAUUACGAAUAUUCAGGGGGAAAUGCUGUCCUCCCCUGGAGGCUGGAAGAAUGGGAGAGAUAUGUUGGUGGGAUGAGAGUUGCACUGUUGGAGGUGCCUUGGCUCCACUGACAUAGAUAUUGCAAAAGUGCUGUCGGGCUUGUGGGCCAGGGGUAUGUCCCACAUCUCCAGCUCUUUUGCUUCCCCAAACUAUAGUGGUCAAACUGUAUGCUAACCCUGUGGCUGGCAUAGUUAGUUGCCUUCGACUGCAUUUAAUGGGGGGCGGGGAGAGAGAGAAAAUGCUGCCUCUCACCUCCUGCUCUGAGCAUUACAAAACAGCAGCUCAAUAGAUUUGGCAGUAGCUAUAUCAGUAGAUCUCCUCCACCCUUGGCAUAAAGGAAAAUUAGUUUUGCUCUGCUUGGCUGCAAUCCUAUACCCAAUUAGCCGAAGUAAGUCCCAUUGUGCUCAGUGGGGUUCACCUCUGUGCAGGGCUGCAAGAAUUCAUUGUUUUUUGUUCCACACUGUUUUCAUCACAUGCAGGCCUGCUUCCGUUCUGUUGCAGUUUGUCUACGUUAUUUGUCUUGCUGUCCACUGUGGCAAAAAUUACGUUGUCAUUACAUAGUUCCACCCCAUAUCCAUUUCAAUUCAAAAGAAACACAAUGCAAAUACAGAAAAACAUAAUCAAUUGCAUAUCAUUUGUGCACUGAAAGCAACAGCAACAUCCAAUACCGAUUGUAUUCACUGGAUGGAGUUCUAGACAUGGGACAAUAAGCAAACAAUGGCAAUUUCCGCUCCUGUUUCCAUUUUCAUCAAAGUUCUCUGACAUCCCGAUCUCUGAGGAAGCAUGCAUAGGAUUGUACUGUUAGGCUUUGGUUCAGCUGAGAAUGAGGACUGAAGAAUUAGGCCAAAGGUGUAAUGGAAAUAGUGAUUUUUGAAAAAUGUAGCAUCUAUAUGUUGCUGUGGGAAAGAUAAAAGCCUGAACACACCUAUGCUUGCUUGCUUGCUUGCUUGCUUGCAUGGUUUGUUUUAUUUUAAGAACACAAGAAGAACCUACUGAAUCAAGUCAGUGGUGCAGUUAGCCCAGAAUCCUGUUCUCACAGUGACAAGACAGCUGUCUAUUGAAAGCCCACAAGCAUGCAAAAACUCUCUACCCUCCUAUAGUGUUCAGCAAACAGUAUUCCGAAGCAUACUACCUCCAGCCCUGGAAUGAGAAUGUAGCCAUUGUGGCUCGGAGCUUUUGAUAGCCUACUCUUCCAUGAAUGUUUGUAAACCUCUUUUUAAAACCAUCCAAGUUGGUGGCCAUCACUGUGGAAGCAAAGGUCGUAGUUUAACUAUAUGCUAGGCGAAGAAGUUCUUUGUUUCCUCUGUCCUGAAUUGUCCAAUGUUCAGCUUCACGGAUGUCUGCAGGUUCUAGUGCUAGAGAAGGACGAAAACUUCCUUCUGUCCAUUUUCUCCUCAGUUUGCAUAAUUGUAUGCACUUCUAUCAUAUCACCUAUUAGAUGCUUUUUCUCUAUACUUACAAGCCCCAAAUGCUGCAACCCUUGAUGGUUUGGGUUGCCAUUUUCUGAACCUUUUCAGAAUCAGUGGCUGUGAAGAGUCUGGAGAAGCAUGCACACACACACACACACACACACACACACACACACACACACGUGGGGAGGUAGAAACAGAUUUUCCUCUCACAGUGAAAAUCUGAACUGCGUGAAAAUUCAGCGGUGCCCUAAUUCCACCAUCAACCCACUGCUGCCAUGUGAGAAAUCUGUUAUGUCUGGAGCUUCAAUCCCAGAAUAAUAGGCAGGUAGGAUUUUUAGACUGUAGUAAUCUGAUUGGCCAUUGGAGUCAUCCAAUCCGGCCCAGAAGGGAAGUUUGAAUCAGCCUAUCAGGUGUGACCUGGGUGUGAACAAAAGAUAUAUAUCCUAGGGUCUGGGAGGGGCCAGACACACACAUGCACUGAAAGACACACCCAAUGACUGACUGUUUCUAUUACAAACUUAAAUAAACUCCAUGAAACUGAGGAUUCUCUCAGAGUAUAUUUCAAAAUCCAUCUAGACACUUUGUUAGAUUCAAUUUGUUAGAUUCACAGCAAACUUUAAAAACAAAUAAAUCUGAAAACUAGAAGGCUUCAUCUUCAAUAUGUGCAAAAAUAAGGAGAGUUAGCACAAGGGUUAGCCAAUGCAGUACCCUAUAGAUGUUGCUAGAUCACAACUGUUACCAUUCCUGAGCAUGCUGGCUGCUUCUGAUGGGAGAUUGGAGUCCAACAUUUGAAGAGCGCCAUACUGGCUGCCUCUGAAUUUAGCACACAGGAAGGCUUCCUUCCCACCUUUGCUUCCAUAAAACUCAGAGGAGCUGAUUUCUCUGCUUGAGGUGUCCGGAAGUAGUGGAAGGAAAUGCCCUCUCUCCCUACUUUCACCUGUGGCUGACCCUACAAGCUGUUUUCUUUCUCUGCCAGACACAUGAGAAGCGAAGAAGAUUCAGCGGACCCCCUGGGGAAUCACCCCUGAAGGCUAAUAGGAUAAUGGAACAAGUUCCAUGAUCUCAGCUAAGUGUGGAUUUGAUGAAACAGCAGAGAGCUCCAUUUAGCUAUUUGGUAAUAACAUCACUCUGAAAUUAUGGUGGAUCAAUAUGGAUAAAUAUUAAAAAGCUUUGAGGAAGCGGAGGGAAAUGGAGAGGAAAGUAUUGAGUUUCUGUCUGGACUUUUCUACGGACAGAGGAUGCACUCAAGGAAGACAAGAAGCAACGAUGGAGUCAGGGACUGUCCUCAGUGCAAUGGCAACUGAUUAGGGUCAAACACUGCCCUUUAGUAGGAAGAUUAAUCCUGAGAUUUCCUUUCCUUCAAAAAACAUGUCACCCCAAUGAGAAUUACAUUGAUUAAAUUACUAACAGGUGAUUAUUAUUUUUUUGCAUUUAUUUUGUUGAGUAUCUACAGUUACAUUUUAAGGUCAGUUUUGUGAGGGCAGCUAAGAGUGAGGAAGAAUUCUUUUUUCUGCAGAAAACAUCAUGAUCUUCUAAAAUUAUUAGCUCUGUAUGAACCAAUGUUGACCUUCAUACUCCUCAACAAAUAUUAUUCCAAAGGCACUAAGGUAUAUCAUACUUGGCGUUAAGUAAUGUGCAGUAUCAUAGAAUUGUAGAGUUGGGAGGGUCAUCUAGUCCAACUAUCUGCAAAGCAUACGGUCCCCAUCCAGUUUGAAACUAUACUAGACCCUGGUUAGCUUUGCAGAUGUGCUGGAAGGUUUAUUGCUGUACCAAGAUAAAGAACCUUCCCUUUCCAGACCCAUUAACAUUGAACAGAAAAAGAUGUAAAAUGUUGUACAUAAGAUCCUUCUCAGACACUGUGAGACUUCCCAGACAUUACAAGCAAAGAGGAUUGCUUAAGGGAUUUAGUCUAUGUGGAUUCUGAUUAAGGAUGGAGGGAAUUUAAUUCAGUUUGCAUGUAAUGAUGAAUUUACCUAAUCCAUACUCAGGGGCGAAGGAAGGCGUCGUGACAUCCAGGGCAGGUGUCACGACGUAGGGUGCAUGUGCGCCAUCGCUAUGUAUGGUGCAUGUGCCGUACAUAGUGACGCCGCACAUGUGCUGUGUAGAGGUUUGCCACCGGUGCUGCUCCAGCACCAUACAGACAGUGCCAGGAUCCUUCCAUCGCCGCUUCAGCCCCGUUCGUGGCUGCAGCAGCGAAGGAGGGACUCCGGCACCAUCUGUACAGCGCUGGAGCGGUGCCGGGGGCAAACCACUACACAGCGCAUGUGCAGCACCGCUACAUACAGCACAUGUGUGUGACGGCGCACAUGUGCUGUACUUAGCGGAUUGCUGCCAGUGCCAGGAUCCUCUGUUCGCGGCCACAGGUGCGAACGGAGCAUCCUCCAAAGGUGGCUGCGGUGGUGCGAUGGUUGCUUGUGCUGCCGUGAGCCCCAGUGGGGUGAUUUCUUAUCUCCCCCGCAAACAUGGAACCCGGGGCGUACUGCCCCCAUGCCUCCCAUUGCGACGCCACUGUCCAUACUUUCCAAAGUACAAGAACUGAAACAGAGCCAUCCUGCAAAAUCUGCGGUCUCUGAAUUUUGCCUUGCAGUUCCCCAGCCAAGUAAUCGACUGGACUGUACCAGAACACUUACAUUACUGAAAAGAACAAUCGAAAAUGCAUUAUGUAUGGGGAAAUUGCUUUCAAAAUUGCAAAACUGCAUGGGAUUGCUUGCAACAAAUAUAUAUAUAAAGCAAAAUAGUAUAUAAAAUUAUGUAGAUUGGGAGAAAUGUGUCCUAAAAUGACGUGCAAAUGUGAAUAACUGAACCUAAGAUGAGGUGGGGGUGGGGAGAACUGAGGGAAAACAAAAUUGACAUAUUUGCCUAUCCUUAAUUCGGAUGCAAACUAACCCAAUCUACACUUCUGGGGCUCGUGCAGAUCAGACUUUAGUUGUUUGCCAUAUUUUGCACUUCUAGAAUGUGCCAAUACAGUGAUCAGCAUUUCUUUUUAAGUAUAAGAUGUGUUUUUAAAAGAGCAUUUUAAAAGAAAAUGCAGUUAGAAAUGUGUUUCUAACAGGAUAGAGUGGACUUGCGGGAGAACAAAUACAUUUGCAACACUGAUGAUUUGUCCAGCCUGGCAGACAAGUGCCGUCAGCCAAAUGGGGAAGCGGUAUCACAAGUGACUUGAUUGUAUUGUCCAAAGCUGCUCUGAGCUUAUGAAGAUUGUCGAGCUUAUUAAAGAUAAGUUUGUGUAAUGAAACUGAAAACUCCAGCUGGGCCUAAAGGACAAGGUUGAUACAAAUAUCUCAGGUAGUUUGGCUUCUUCCAUGCUCUUUGUUUGAACCAAAGCAUAAGGAAAAGGCUAGAUCAUGGGUAGGCAAACUAAGGGCCGGGACCCGGAUCCGGCUCAAUCACCUUCUAAAUCCAGCCAGUGGACGGUCCAGGAAUCAGUGUGUUUUUACAUGAGUAGAAUGUGUGCUUUUAUUUAAAAUGCAUCUCUGGGUUAUUUGUGGGGCAUAGGAAUUCAUUCAUCCCCCCCCCAAAAAUAUACUCUGGCCCCCCAAAAGGUCUGAAGGACAGUGGACUGGCACCCUGCUGAAAAAGUUUGCUGACCCCUGGGCUAGACUCUCAGCAUCUCUGAGUGUACCUCCCAAAUAUCAAGUCUUGUCAGUCAAGUUCCUCCCACUCCCCUCGGUAUGGGAUUCAGAUUUCUUGCUACUUAUUAAGGUUUUAUCUAUAUUUAGUACUAUAUACAUAGUCCAUUGUGUGGUGGAUGCACAUUGGAUAUAUGUGGUUUUAUCCAACACAUGCAUUUUGUACUGUGCCCUGGUUUCGGCUGCACGUAGAAUGCAUCGUUGACAUUUCUAAGUGUGCUGCAGGCUGGCGUAAUUGCAGCUGUGACCAUAAUGUGAUCGUAGCUGUGACAGCGUUGGGUUAUUUUUUUCCAAGGAAAGAAAGGAAUGAAGGAUGGAUGGAUGUACAGAAGGAAAUAAAGAAGGAAGGGACGCCCUGGAAUUAUAUAUGAUCAUGUACCCCCAUGUGAUUGUUGUCAUUAAUAGUGAGGUUUGACCAAAGCUUUUUGUGGCAACGGAAAUGUCUACGUACAAUACUACUAUGAAAUGAAUCAAUACAUAAAUCUUGAGCUGCUUCUUGGGUGUUUUUUGUCUGCAUAUUCAUUUCACAAAAUUUCAUGCACCACUUGAUUGCAAAAAAACAAUGACCUCAAAGCGGGUUGCAAAGCAGUCCCUUAGUGCAGCGGUUGUACACAGUAGUCGUCAUGCAGUCUGAGAUUUUAUGCAAAUGUUUAUAAACAUGAUGACUGAUUUCUUUUUGUAGACAGGCAUCUAGGAAAUGUUGACAAAUGCAAACCUUGCAUCUAAUAGUGAUCAUAACUGUAGUGUGUGUGUGUGUAUCUGUACUAUUGUGAUUACAGUGGCACCUUGGGUUACAAACGCUUCGGAUUACAAACACUUCGAGUUACAAACUCUGCUAACCAGGAAGUAGUACCUCGGGUUGAGAACUUUGCCCCAAGAUGAGAACAGGAAUAGUGUGCCGGCGGCGCGGCAGCAGCGGGAGGCCCCAUUAGCGAAAACACGCCUCAGGUUAAGAAUGGUUUCGGGUUAAGAACGGACUCCGGAACGAAUUAGGUUCAUAACCUGAGGUAUCACUGUAUUGAGUGUCAGGCAGUUUGUGAAAACUCUUUCUCUUGGGGUCAGUAAUAUGUUUACAGUAAAGAGGGAUUCUGGCAGAAAGCAGGUCAAUAGCCUUUUCAAAUUGAUUCAGGGAACAUUUUGAUCUUCUAUUAAGCUCAGAUAAGACCUAUCAUCAGUAACAACAGAAUAUGCCCAUCACAGAUCUCUCAGUAUCUUUAUUUUGAUGAUUGCCUAGUAGGUAAAAGCCAACAAUCUGUAAGGAAUCCAUCAACUGCCUACAAUUUUCUUGGCUUGGAGUCACCUUCAUCUAUAGUGUUUGUCAGCUUAAAAAAACAAAAAACACCAACAUAGGGUCAUGUUCAAAGUGCUUUUCAGGCUUCUGUAAAUUUCAACUGCCUUUUAAUUACUUUUUAGUUGUCACAGUGCAUUGUUCAAUGCUGUGUUAAACAACCAUACCCUUGAUGUCAUAACAUAAAGCUUGAUCAGGGUAUCAGUGUGCUUAUAUGGGUUUCCCGGUGAGGAACAAAUAUGCCUACUUCUGGGCUUGGAUCUCAAGCUGUUGAUGUGCCCAAGUCACUCAUUCUAAAGUGUCCUUUCACAGUUUGCACCCGUGAGAUUUGCAAUUGGUACCAUGAACACCACAACCUGAUGCCGUUAGCUUUCUGCUGUCAGGAGAGAGAGAUUUUUUUUUUUUAAAGCCAACCUGCUUCUCCAUUCUCUUGCUAGGAAUCCUUGCUGUUACUGAAGGAAGGCCUCUGAGAUGCCUUGAUUGUCUCCCAGUGGCCUGGGUCACCUGACUCACUUGUUUGUUUGGAUUGCUCUGUUCCCGGAGGUCACAAUGGUGUUUUUGUUUUGCGUGAGAGUCUCCGGCACUUCCACUAACAGAUCGCCUGGUUGCAGCUGAGCCUACAGUGAGAACCAAGGCAAGGGUAGAAAAAGGAAAUAAAAAUCCGAUCAGUGGUUUCCCUCCCAGACCAAAUCAGAGUACAUUUCAGUCAACGGUCAUGGGUUUUCUUCAUUAAAUUUCCCUCCAACUGUAUCAGCGUUUCCGUUAGAUGUAGCACCAUUUCUUUCCAGACGAAAUGCAAGGUUGUUGAAAAGCUGCUUUACACACACCAGAGGCGUCAACUUGCGAAGGAUAUUGCGGGGGCCUGGUGUCGCAUGUGUGACGUCACAUGUGCAACACACGACACACACACGUGACAUCAUGUGUGCAUUAUCGCAUCAUCGGGAAGAGGCCAAGUGCGGAGCUGAACACAGCUUGGCUACAAUGGCCGGUGACUCCUCCUUCCAUGGCAGGAGGAAGAGGAGCUGGCCACUGAAGCCAUGCCAUGCUCAUCUCGAGAAGACCCUUAUGGGGUCUUCACCACGGGAUCACAUUCAUCCAGUGCUAUACCAGCUGCACUGGCUCUCAGUGGAGUACAGGAUCAGGUUUAAGGGGCUGGUUUAAACCUUUAAAGCCCUAUAUGGCCUAGGACCAUCAUACCUAUGGGACUACCUCUCUUGGUACGCCCCAGGGAGGACCUUACGGUCUGCAAAUAAUAACACCUUGGAGAUCCCAGGCCUCAGAGAGAUUAGGCUGGCCUCGACCAGGGCCAGGGCCUAUUCAACCUUGGCCCCUGUCUGGUGGAAUGCUCGGCGACAAGAGAUCAGGGCCCUGCGGGAUUUGACAUCUUUCUGCAGGGCCUGCAAGACGGAGCUGUUCCGCUAGGCCUUUGAUCGGGGCUCAGCCUGAUUCCCCUUUUCUUUUUGUAUAAGAACUAAUAUGAAAGAGGCCUCCCAGCAUUCUCACAGGCCCAUACAAGAUCAGCGUAAACAGUUGGGCCGGUGAGCACUUACUGUUCCCAACCCUAACCCUGUGAAAAGCCAUCUAAUUAGACUUCAAUUUGAUUUUGACCUGUUUAUAGGAGGUAAUUUAAUUAUUGUUUGAUUUUAUACCAAUGUUAUAUAUCUGAUGUUAGCCGCCCCGAGCCCAGGGAGGGCAGGAUAUAAAUAAAAGUUGUUGUUGUUGUUGUUGUUGUUGUUGUUGUUAUCAUCAUCAUCUCCACACUUGCCCUCCUCCAGCCCCUCAACAUUAUGGGGGAACCUCCAAAAAGAUAUUGGGUGGGUCCAAAACAGCUCUAACUCCUUGCGUUGGCACAUAUCCACACAAAAGAAAAAUAGGUGGGGGAAAUUUCCCUCAUCAGAGUUUAACAUGUAAGCCAGCGGUGUUGUUGGACUACAGCUCCCAAGCAACACGAACUGUUGGCCAUGCUGGCUAGGGCUGAUGGGAAUUGGAGUCCUGGGGGGCACCAUAUUGACCUCCACUGGUCUAAGCAUACUUACUUUUCUAUGGAAACAAACCCUUAAUUCAAACCAGCAGCUCCCAGGCAUGGUAUGUAUAUGUAAGACUAUGUGUGUUUGUGUGAUACUUUGUAGUGAGUUUCCUCCCUUCCCCUUUUAAAAAUAUCCUAGUCCAGCGUACCGGGGGUGUGGUGUGGGCUGCUUGUUGGACCAACAUCUUAGUUAGUGGUUUACAAAUGAUUCCAAAUAAAUGAUGUGGGGAAUCUGAAGUCACACUAAUAACAAUAAUUUUAUUAUUUAUAUGCUGCCCAUUUGAGUGGGUUGCCCCAGCCACUCUGGGUGGCUUCCAACAAAAUAUUUAAACACAAAAACCUCAAACAUUAAAAACCUCCUUGUACAGGGCUGCCUUCAGAUGUCUUCUAAAAGUCAGAUAGAUGUUUAUUUCCUUGACAUCUGGUGGGAGGGCGUUCCAUAGGGUGGGUGCGACUACAGAGAAGGCCCUCUGCCUGGUUCCCUGUAACCUCACUUCUCACAGUGAAGGAACCAUCAGAAGGUCCUCGGAGCUGGAUCUUUGUGUUUGGGCUGAAUGAUAAGGGCAGAGAUGCUCCUUCAGAUAGACAGGGCCAAAGCCAUUUGGGACUUUAAACACUCAGAAUCAUACUGGGAGCCAAUGGAGAUCUCUUAGAACCAGACUAGAGGAAGUCCAAGCUGCAGUUACAUCCUAUGCCAGCCCUCUCCUGUUCUCAGGAUAGGCAGAGCUGGUAUGAAAAAGAGCCAUGCCAUAGAUCUGUAUGAGCAUAGAUGUUCCAGGUGAGCAUCCAGAUGACUUUGCACAGGAACAAGCUAUAUUGUUGUGGCUAAAUGUAAUGCUGGGACAUGGCCUAAAUCCCAUUAAUUUUAGUGGAGGAGAUUUAAGCACAUACUUAAUUCUCCGAUUGAAAUAGAUGAGCCUUAACAGUGCUUAACUUUGGCUGGAGUAUGCCCUAUCAUUACAAUUAAAUUACAGGGAUACACUGUCUACCACACUUAGCAGAAAGGACAAUUUAAGAUAAUAGCUCAGUCAUAUUUCAAAGCUCAUUCCACCCUUUUCUGCCUUGCCUCUGGAAUGUGUAAGUCAAAGAGAUCCAGAUAUUCUAAUAUGUGGCAUAUUAGAAUUAUGGUUGUCUUGGUGGUAGCCAGAAGUCACUGCAGAGCUGUUGCAAUUGAGCAACAGAGAUGCAUUUUAAAGAAAGUUGCCAAUUCAUUGGGAUGACUUUCUCCAUUUAUUCCCAAAUCCUCUUGGCUGUGAUCUGCAACUAUUUUUCUGGAGGAUCGCUUUGAGGAAAGCCAACGUUUCUUUGACAGAGUUUGGAUUUCCUGAGCACUUUUGUGGUUAUUCGUCUGAAGAGGUUUGAGGCUGCUGUUUGCCGGAAACUCCACCGACUUUUGAGAGUUGGGCUGGUCCCAUGAUGCUUCCAUUGAGUUGGUUAAUUAGUGUAACUCAGGGUAGUUCUUUCCAUCCAUGGAAGCAGAAAAUAACCCAGCUGUGGGUAUUUACAGAAUGAACAUUACAGGCAGCAUUAGGCAAUACUUGUCAGCCUCAAGGGCAGUACUGGUAAUUUAGGAUUCCGAAAUAUGUAGCUAUAUAUAGGCCAUUUCAGUUGACUUGGUUGACUUCAGUUGACUUUCAGUUGACUUUAGUUGAUUUGGCCUGCCACUUCAGGGGGUGAGUGCAAGCACCAAAUUUCUUUUUUUAAGGGGAGGGGCUUCCACAGGACAUCUGCAGUUGCCCCCCCUGGUGGUUCUACCCCCAGGGGUAAGUAAGCUCAGGCCUAGAGGCAGGCCUCCCUAUCUGCCUCUCAGCCAUCUCCCUCACCAAUCCUGCUCUGCAACCUCUUUGACUGCCUUUUCCUGGCUGGAAUGUGGCCUUGAGUCAUGACCCUGUCUCCUGCUUGCCUGGAUGUCUGUGGGCAUCUGAGCCAAACCCUCUGGAUUUUGCAUGGCUGGUAUUUGCUCAGUCUACAAAGAUAAGAGUCAUAUCCAUUGCCCCACCCACAUUUAUAUGUAAGCCUACCCACUUUUGCCUCAUGGCCAUGAGGCCUCCAGAAUGUUGCCCACGAGAGAAUGCUGCCUUUGGUCGGGAAAACUCUACCAGCAUCUUGCUGUUGUUGCCAGCUGCUGCUGCUACUCUGCUUUCUCAUCCCUACUACCUGCUUGCUUGCCCAGAAGGGGCGGUGAGGAAGCACACAAUGACAGCUACUCUUCCUCUUCCCCGCCACUGCUAUCCUUUGUGAGCUCAUUCCCUCUGGGCCAGAGGGAGGUGCAUAUGAACACGCAGGUUGCAAUGGUGACAAGCAAGAGAAGGUCCAGGGGACUCUUGUCAGUAGACCCUUUGUUGGGGUACUGAUCCUAGGCAAGGGCCUGUUCAUGCUGACCCUUGACCCCAACCCAUGAAGGUGGUUGGUCCCCAUGUGACCAUCUUUAAUCAUUUCAAUCAACUGCAUAGCCUUUGCAAUGCCUGCACAUUGCUGUGGCGAGAUGUUCAUGUGGUUGAAAUUAGUCCUGGCCAUGCGACAAGUUCAACAUGCAGUACAUCUGGAUGUCUGGCCAAAUGAUCAAUUACUGCCUUCUCUGGCCAGAUUAGCUUAUUGUGAUCAGUGGCGGAGUUAAUCAUUUUUUUCUUCCCUACACAAGCUGGCCCGACAACAGACAAAUCACUUGGCUGUCCAGCAAGUUGUAGUUAUGCAUUAUUUACAGAGCUUUGAAAUUUCUCUAGGUGCUGUGCGAAAAUCAGCAAACAACAUUGGCUCCGUCUGCAGGCUUGAAAUGUAGUACAUGCCGCACAUUAGGGGAAAAAAAAGAAUCAAGGCAAAAAGGAAAACCAUCAAAUCCAGGCAGUGGCUCUUAACAGUGGUAAUGUGCAUUGACCGCUACUGAAUGGCCAGCAUUGUUUAUUCUUAGCAACCUUUCUGUGCUAAGAAUGGGUUACGGUACUUCUGAUUUAUUUAUUACAUUUGUAUUCCACCUUUUCCCCCAUCAAGGAAUCUCAUCCACACAUUGGCCGAAUCCAUCCACACAUUGGCCAGAUCCAGACCAGCUUAGCUUCAUCAAGCUGGUGCUGGAGAACACAAUCCUUGACACACUAAAUACAAAAAAACCCCAACUAGGUCUAAGGAAACUUAAUAUAUUUAUUUAACAUAUAUAUGCAAGAUUACAGUAUCUGGCUGAUGGCCAAUAGGAUAAGCAAUAAUAACUGGGUAAUCUUGUAUGGUUUUACAUUUCUAUGCAUUUGCAGUGUGUUAUAACACUCCUUGUGCAGAAGGAGAAGCUGUCCAAAUAUUCCACUGAUAAGGGCUCUUGAGAGUCAAAAUAUGUUGGGCAAGGCAUUUGGAAUGCCGUUUCUGCUAUCAAUCUUUAGUUGUGUUUUAUAUUGUUUCUAAACUCAAGUUUCGUGGUUUUUCUUACAUGCCUGUGAAGUGCCUCAAGACUUACCAGUACGUGAAAGGUGAUUCAUAAAUGAAACACAAUAAUAACAAUUAAUAACAACAACAACAACAACAAUAAUAAUAAAAUAAAAAACUGGCAGGACUCCCUCCAAGGGAAUCUCAGCCUUGAUCCUUCAAACAUUCAAUGUGUUGAAGUCCAGCUGGUGGGUUGGGGAUAAUCCGAAUAAAUCCAUAGCUCUCCACCAUCAGUGUCUCAGAAGCCCCUUCAAUAUUCCUGAGUUCCGAAUUCCUGAAGUGGGCUUGUGUUCAAAACCCAGGUUUGCUAAGUUAGCACACUUGAAAAAUGAAGGAGUGAUUCUCAUGGCGGUGCGAAAAAGGGAAAUUUGCCCAUUUUGAUUGACUAGGUCAGUGAUGGCCAAACUUGGCUCUCCAGCUGUUUUGGGACUACAACUCUCAUCAUCUCUAGCUAACAGGACCAGUGGUCAGGGAUGAUGGGAUCUGUAGUCCCAGAACAGCUGGAGGGCCAAGUUUGGCCGUCACUGGACUAGGUGAUUCCGUAAAACCGAUUUGCAAUAAUGCAAGUCAUCUUGUCAAAUCCUAUGAAAUCUUCAUGGCUUGCAUACCUGCCUAACCCUGAAGGGGUUUCUUCCUUGUGCUCUGCAGAAAAAGCUGCAGCAAAGCAAUGAUUUAGUUUCUGGACAAUCUCUUUAUCCCCUUCGAUUGCCCCUCCAUAGCCCCCCAGUCUUGUCGGCCCACCAUCUCUCCCACAAGGCAUCUUAUUUCUGGUGUACUUAAAGAAAUCCUUAUGACUUGUCGGCCUGCAUUUGCCUCCUCGUUCUUCAAAUUUGCUACUAGGCUUCUCUUAAAUCUCCAAUUUACAUUUUGCCUGCCAACAUUGCUCCUUUCCAUCAGCAUCACUUGGGCUGGAUAUCCAAUUUCUUUUUAGAAGGGGACCUUUUCUUUUUUUACUUUAUUUUUUUGACUGCAUAAGUUCUAAUUUUCAAUACCAUCUCUGUUUGCUAGGAGGCAAGUGCUGGCUUCAUAACUGAAUUAGGAUACCCUUCAUGGCACAUUUCUGAACCUUUAUCGCAUCAUCUUUUCCCCCUCCAUUGUUCAUUAAUGUGUUAAGUAAUUAUUAUAAAAUCAUGGAGCCCAACAUGCAGCACUGUGAAGUCUUAGAACAGGAACCUGUGGCCUUCCAGAUGAUACUGAACCAACUCCCAGCAUGGCCAGCAUUUAGCCAUGUUGACUGGGGUUGCUGUGAGUUGGAGUCCAAACGCAUCUGGAAAGCACCCAGCCAGGGAUGGAGGAAGAAAUUCGGAUCAUUUAAAGGUGAACUUACUUAGUAGGUACUUCUUGAAAAAAGCAUGUGCUCUUUCAAAAUUCACACUUCUCUGAAUUUUGCAAUGCAUUUCUGCAGCGAAGUAAUGUGUGCAAAAAUGCAUUAACCAGGGUAAAAUGUGCAUAAAAAUCUAUAUAUUGGUGAAGAGGGCAUGCAGAAUUGUGUAUAUUAGGAGAAAUUCCCCCUGGAAUGCUGAUGAAUUUUCAUAAGGACUUUGUUUAAGAAACACUACCUGACAUGGAAAUGUGGAAAUGAAAUUUAAGAAUGGAAAAAUGAGAUACCAAAAUUGACAGAUUUGUCCUUUUCUACACCAGAUUGGGAAAACUGUCCUAAUUUCAUUAUUGAUCUUCUAUCAUAUCCAGUUAUCUUAAAAUGUAAGAUUCUUUCUCCCUGAAUCAAGAAAAGUGGUGGAGAAUCUUUGGUCCUCCAGAUGUUAUUGGGCUACAGCUCCCCUCUUCCCUCACUAUUGUCCACAUUGGUUGAGGCUGAUGGGAAGUUCAUAAUAAAAGGACCCACAAGUGCAGUAUGACAAAAGCUAAUUUCUCAAACAAGUGUGCCUUCACUGCAUAGCCUUACAAGGCAAAACUGAGAAAACAUUUAGCUUUUUAAGAUGGGCAGUUACUGAACAGAGCUAAGUGCUGUGCUCGCUUCGGCAGCACAUAUACUAAAAUUGGAACGAUACAGAGAAAAUUAGCAUUGCCCCUGCGCAAGGAUGGCACACAAAUUUGUGAAACAUUUGAGAGAGAGAGAGAGAGAGAGAGAGAGAAAGAAAGAGAGAGAGCCAAGUGCUCAGGUGAUAUUAUAAUUAAAUCAAACUAGUGUAUCUCAUUUAUUUUAUAUUUACUUCUAAAAAUAUGUAUGUACCGUAAAUUCACAAAGCAUUUCACAAUGACUUCAUAUAAAACAGGUACAAUAAAGGUAAAGGACCCCUGACCAUUAGGUCCAGUCGUGACCGACUCUGGGGUUGCGGCACUCAUCUCGCUUUAUUGGCCGAGGGAGCCAGCGUACAGCUUCCGGGUCAUGUGGCCAGCAGGACUAAGCCGCUUCUGGCGAACCAGAGCAGCGCACGGAAACGCCGUUUACCUUCCCGCCGGAGCGGUACCCAUUUAUCUAUUUGCACUUUGACGUGCUUUCAAACUGCUAGGUUGGCAGGAGCAGGGACUGAGCAACGGGAGCUCACCCCGUCGUGGGGAUUCGAACUGCCAACCUUCUGAUCGGCAAGUCCUAGGCUCUGUGGUUUAACCCACAGCGCCACCCGCGUCCCUAAAACAGGUACAAUAGACACCAUCUAUAAAAAAGGUUAAGACCAUAAACAGAUAACUGUUGUGGAGAGAUGUAUUCUUACUUGCUUGUGUAAGCCUGAUGGAAUAGAAAAGUUUUCAGCAGUUGUUUAAAACAGUUGCAACAGAACAUGCCUGCUGAAUAUCUGUUGGCAGAAUACUUCAAAGGAAUGGUUUGAUGACACGAAAGGCUCAGUUCCUUAUUGUUGUCAAAUGAGCCUUGCCAACUCAGAAAAUGACCAAUGAUACUCCGGCAGGUGUUUUCAGUGAUGGAGCUGGAAUAUAAGGGUUGAGGCAGUUCUUGUACCCUUUCAUCCCAGUCUAAGACCUUUUGUGCAAGCAACUUUUCUGAAUAGUUCAAUCCCUCUGUUUUACCAAUACGUCACAAGCCAUGGCAUUAUAGGUGUUACUCCUACAAUACUGAUGAAUGCUCUGGCACUGCAUGGCCAAGGAUGCCAGGCCUAUGUGUUUAUCAAGGAUUGUCCCCGCUUACCAGCUUAAUUUCAAGGAGGGUUGCAUUACUUGAUGGAUUGUGCUCUAUGGGUGUUGUGUGCGUUUUUCAACUUCAUGCUAAAUCCCUGAUGUGGGCCUCAAUAGAGACCUGAUUCCAAGCCCCAAUCAUCCCUCCAGUCUAGGAGCUUCAAUGUUAGGUUAUCCCAAUGGAGAUUUGGCAGUUAUAAGAAAAACUUUAAAUGUUUUUGUAAAAAUAAAAAUCACAUUAUGAUGACAGACAGCACUAAUCCAGUGUCCAUUCACAGCAUUCUACCUAAAAGCUGCUUAAGUUAGUCUGUUGAGUACAGGGGAAAAAAAUCUGUCUGCUCAGUCCAUUCCAAUCCAAUUAUCUUGCUUAUAAAGAAACACAAAAAGAGAAUACUUAAGGAAGAACUUGUGGAGAAGAAACUGGACCAUGAACAGUUUCUGCUGUAGAUUUUCAAAGAUAUAAAUUUCCACUUGGAUCUUUAAUAGUUUUGAGUCCUGUCUUUGUACCUGCACUUUCUGAAGUGCUGCUGGGUGGGUGGGUGACUGAAUAUUUGAAACGAAACACAGCCAUCAUUUGAAACGAGCACUUCUCUAAAUUUUGUAAUAGUUCUCCAGCCAAGAAAUAUGUACAAAAAUGCAUUGUAUUAGGGAAAAUUGCAUACAAAAACGUGUAUAUUAGGAUAAAUUUGCAAUGAAAUGAUGAUGAAUGUUCAGGAAAACUUUAAAAAAAUAAAUAAAUCACAAACUGGAACUGAACUCAAGAUUGGAAAAAUGAGAGAACCCUCAAUGGUCAGAUUCAUCCAUCCCCAUUUGCUAUUGUAACAACUCUUGGGAGAUCUAGAUCUGCUAUAAUUUAUAAUUUUUGUUGCCCCCCCAUGUCCUGCUAAUCAGCAUGCUUAUGUGUGUAAAGGGGAUGGACAGUGCUCCCUUGCACCAGUGCACAUAUCUGCUUUUACAACGAAAGGGAACAUUCACUUGAGAGUGAAUGCAAUGGUAUUUUAGGAAACAUCGUGAAAUGCAGAUGUGCAAAGCCCUGUAAAACCCCCAGAAGCUCACCAGAUAUUGUUGCUCCUCUUCACAGUGGCUAUUUUACCCACAAUCCCUAUAGAAUCAUGGCUCAAAGAUUGCUCUAGUGAGUGCUUUGGUGGUAGGGGAGAUAGCCUUGUAGCUGGCACUGAGAAGGGCCUUUUUUAAAACCCAGAAGUCCCUAUUACAGCGAUGUCACCCAUAGUGGUGUUUUAUGGAGGUUGUGUGGGCUAACAGGAGAUGUCAGAACUCUGUUCACACAUGGUGAACCUGCUGUCUGGAAUCUAGUGCUUGCUCAUCCGAAUUGAAAAAAGACUCCCCUAGCACUUUAAUAAUAAUAAUAAUAAUAAUAAUAAUAAUAAUAAUAAUAAUAAUAAUCCUGCCCUUCCUUCCUUCCUUCCUUCCUUCCUUCCUUCCUUCCUUCCUUCCUUCCCUGGCCACUCUGGGCAGCUUCCAACAAAAGAUUAAUAAUACCAUACAUUAAACAUCAGUCAUUAAAAACUUCCCAAAACAGAGCUGCCUUCAGAUGUUUUCUAAAAGUCAGAUUGUUUUUUUUCUUCAUUCCUUAUGAAUGAGGCAGCAAAGAGGAUGGGUGGGAUUUCAGCCCUGCCUUGGAUAUACACAGUUACUCUGAGUCACGUGUAACUAUUACAGGCUAGAAUUCUAACAGCACAACCUGCAGAAUACCAGUGGACAACAAAAGAGGCUUAAAGACGUUCUCAAGGUAAAUCUUUAAAAAUGUAGUAUAAGCACGGAUAACUGGGAAACAUUGGCCUACAAGUGGUUCAGCUGGAGAACAGCCUUUAACAAAGGUGUUGUGGACUUUGAAGAAGCCAAACUCAGGGUGAAAAGGAGAAAUGAGCUAAGAAGAAGGCACGUUUGGCAAACCCUCACCGUGAUCAACUCCCACCCAGAAACCUAUGUCCCCACUGUGGAAGGACGUGUGGAUCCAAAAUUGGCUUCCACAGUCACUUAUGGACUCAAAGUUAAGACCAUGUCCAUGGAAAAUCAUCUUACUCAGCUACAAGUGAUCACUAAAGAAGAAGAAUGGACAGCACCAGUAAACUAGACAUCUAAAUUUAAAAGUUUGGAGAAAUAAUUAUUUCCAGUAAUGUCCAAUUUAUUGUACUUUAAAAGAUUUAUUUCUGGUUAUUUCUUUAUCUAUAAAAAAGCCAAUUUUGUGUUUACACAAUCCCAGUGACAGGAAGAAUGAUAGCAGGGACUUCUGUGUCCACAUUCUUCCCUAUUCAUUGGAAUGGUGGAGUAAAUUUCCACUUGGAAUUUUCUCUUCAUCAAAAUGAGGAAUUAUUUCCUCCCCCUUCCCUAUGCUUACCUGACUUACCCAAGGUGGCAAAAGGGUGUUUGUGAGAGUCCUUUCUUUCAUUCUGCAAAUCACCUAAUCAGCAGUUCAUGCAAUGCAGCCUUCCCGGGUGCUUGUGCUGCAAUGAAAGCCCAGGGGAUGGCGUCAUGAGAGAACUCUCAUGGGGAUUUUUCAGAUCAGAAAGCAUGGGCAGCUGGCGAGGCUGCAAAGUGUGGGGCAAGUAUUUAUCGGGAAGAAAAAAUGUGCUACCUUGCACUGAUAAGCUGAGAACACUUGCAUCCACAGAAAUUUGGAGAAAAUUCUAAAGCGCCAUGGGAAAUAAUGAUCUGUUUUGGAGGGGUGGAAAACGUCUGAAAAAACUGAGAUUUUGGCAUGGCAUGAAUUUGAGCAUCCCAAAUGCUCAAUUGGGUUUAUGACAUAUUCAUGCAAACAACCCCUCCCUCCCUGCAAAUUUUUUUUGGGGGAAGUUGCCUCUUCUUGAUUUGUUGUUGAAUUAAGCCCUUAAUUUAUAAAGAGGACUGCAUUCUUACCAGCAUGUCCUUUUAUUUUCUUUCUCAGAUCACAUAACUUCCUGCAUGAAGUCAUCUUUUUCUCUCCCAUGUUCUCUUCCCCCCUUUCCCCUCCCUCCAUCUCUUCCCCCCUUUCCCCUCCCUCCAUCUCUUUCUCCCCCUUCCCCUCUCUUACGAUUUGCUUUUCCAGUCGUACUUCUCUCUGGGUCUCUCACUCAGUGAUGAAUGAGUUUCAUUCAUCUUUCUCUCUCUGUGUUUUUUUGUUGGUUUUUUUUUGGUGUGAAAAGCUUUAGACUUCACUUGCUCCCAUUUUUCCCCACUCGCUAUUCAUUGCCAUGGCGACGGAGAAAGAAGGGGGUGGCAGAGUGGGUGGCAAUGGGGUUGGAGGUCAAGAGUGGCCACUUUCUGAAUUAAAGCUUUGAAUUCCAUUAGGGGUGGCACAAUGUAACCUAGAGUAACUCUCCAAGAAAUUGGCUGUCAAAAGAAUCAAAGCAAAAAAAGGGGGGUGAGAGAUGGAGGGAGGAGACGAAGGGGGAAGAGAUCAGGGAGAGAGAACGUUAAGCCCUUGCCGUCUCUGUCAGGAUUACAUUUGGCGACUUAAUAGAGCCGUGAUUCAUUUGUGUAGCCAUGUGCCAUGUUUCGGCGGCCCAACUCUUCAAGUCUGCUCCCGAGUGAUGGAGAGUCCUUCCUCGACAAUGCUAACAGAUCUCAUUUCUUCAAGUGGAGAUUAGGGAUGGUGGUGUGUGUGUGUGAUUUGGCUUGCAACCCAUUCACAGUAGCCACAUUCGCACCAUCCAUUUAAAGCAGUAUGAAACCACUUUAAACACUAGUGGCUUUCCCCAAAGAAUUCUGGGAUGUUUACUUUGUUAAGGGUGCUGAGAGUUGCUGGAGAUCCCUAUUCCCCUCCCAGAGCUACAGGCCAUGCCUCUAUAUCUAUCGUUUAAGACUCUUCAUAAAUCAAACCCUCUCUCCAGGUCAUGCCCCUCACUAACCUUGCUUCUUUUUUCCAACCAGAAUGUGUCUUGAACUGAAACAAUGCCUUUUGCUAGUUUGAAUGGGGAGGUGUGUAGUUGUGGUUGUGAUGUAGAAAGCUUUGACAUGGCUGCAAUGCAGGACAUUCACAGGGAAACCAAAAUGCUUGUUUACAAAGCUAUUGUACUACGUAUGCUUGUGAAACAUGGACCACUUAUAAAUGCCAUCUCAAACUCCUUGAAAGAUUCCAUCAACGGUGUCUCCAAAUUUUUUUUUUUUUAAAGAUAUUUAUUAAGAUUUUCAAAAUGUUACAAAACAAAAACAAAAGAAGAAAAAAGUACAAAAAUAAAAAUGGCUAAAAACAACUCAAUCUUUCCAUUACUUAUUUUUCAUUAGCUUAUUUCCCGGACCUCCUCACGCCUCCCUUUUUUGUAUUCCAGUUCAGUUUGUUGGUUCAGCAAAUCCUUACCCUCUUUGUUUAUCCUAAUCUUUAAUCUUAAAAUAUUGUAACGUUAAAUUUUUACCUAUUAAUAAUCCAUUUUUCAUGUUCCCUUAUAGUAUUACAGCUGAAAACCACUUAAUUUCUAUCCAACAUCAUUCUAACAUUCAUUAAUUUUACAAUAUUUCUGUAGAUAGUCCUUAAAUUUCUUCCAAUCUUCUUCCACCGACUCUUCUCCCUGGUCUCGGAUUCUGCCAGUCAUUUCCGCCAAUUCCAUAUAGUCCAUCACCUUCAUCUGCCAUUCUUCCAGAGUGGGUAGAUCUUGUGUCUUCCAAUACUUUGCAAUGAGUAUUCUUGCUGCUGUUGUGGCAUACAUAAAAAAAGUUCUGUCCUUCUUUGGCACCAAUUGACCGACUAUGCCCAGGAGAAAGGCCUCUGGUUUCUUCAAGAAGGUAUAUUUAAAUACCUUUUUCAAUUCAUUAUAUAUCAUCUCCCAGAAAGCCUUAAUCCUUGGGCACGUCCACCAAAGGUGAAAGAAUGUACCUUCAGUUUCUUUACAUUUCCAACAUUUGUUAUCGGGCAAAUGAUAAAUUUUUGCAAGCUUGACUGGGGUCAUGUACCACCUGUAUAUCAUUUUCAUAAUAUUCUCUCUUAAGGCAUUACAUGCCAUAAACUUCAUACCUGUGGUCCAUAACUGUUCCCAGUCAGCCAUCAUUAUGUUAUGUCCAACAUCUUGUGCCCAUUUGAUCAUAGCAGAUUUCACCGUUUCAUCCUGAGUAUUCCAUUUCAACAGCAAGUUAUACAUCUUUGACAAAAUCUUAGUUUUGGGUUCUAACAGUUCUGUUUCUAAUUUUGAUUUUUCCACCUGGAAACCAAUUUUCUUGUCCAAGUUAUAUGCCUCCAUUAUCUGAUAAUAAUGAAGCCAGUCUGGCACUAUGUUGAGUACUUACUCAACACUCGGCAAUUUCAGUCUAUCUCCAUCUUGUUCCAAAAUUUCCCAAUAUUUCGGCCAUUUGGCCUCCAUAUUGAGCUUUUUCAGAGCUUUCGCUUCCAUCGGUGAUAGCCACCUUGGGGUUUUAUUUUCCAAUAAAUCCUUAUAUCUUAUCCAAACAUUAAACAAUGCUUUCCUGACAAUAUGAUUUUUAAAUGCUUUGUGUGCUUUGACCUUAUCAUACCACAGAUAUGCAUGCCAUCCAAAUACAUUAUUAAAACCUUCUAGGUCCAAAAUGUCAGUGUUUUCAAGAAGCAGCCAUUCUUUCAACCAGCAAAAAGCUGCUGAUUCAUAGUAAAGUUUAAAGUCUGGCAGGGCAAAUCCACCUCUUUCCUUUGCAUCAGUUAAUAUCUUAAAUUUUAUUCUGGGCUUCUUGCCCUGCCAGACAAAUCUAGAGAUGUCUCUCUGCCACUUCUUGAAGCAAUCCAUUUUGUCCACAAUUUGCAAUGUUUGAAACAAAAACAACAUUCUAGGCAAUACAUUCAUUUUUAUCGCAGCAAUACGACCCAGCAGUGAAAGCUUCAAAUUUGACCAAAUUUCUAAAUCUUUUUUCACUUCAGCCCAGCAUUUUUCAUAGUUGUCUUUAAAUAGGUUCCCAUUUUUUGCUGUCAUAUUAAUCCCCAGGUAUUUCACUUUCUUAACCACUGUUAAACCUGUUUCAUUCUGAAACCUCUCUUUCUCAAUCGGUGUUAAGUUUUUCUCUAAAACCUUGGUUUUUAACUUAUUCAGUUUAAAUCCAGCAACCUGACCAAAUUCUUGAAUCAGUUCUAAAACCCUUUUGGUACUAGAUUCUGGCUCCUGUAACGUCAGUACUAAGUCAUCUGCAAAUGCUCUCAAUUUGUACUGUUUAGCUCCGACUUGUAUACCUUUAACCAACUGGUCCCUUCUAAUCAUAUUCAGCAAAACCUCCAGGACCGAUAUAAACAGCAAUGGGGAAAUUGGGCAGCCUUGUCGUGUCCCUUUUUCUAUCUUAAAUUCUUCCGUCACCACAUUAUUCACAAUUAGUUUAGCCUUUUGUUCUGAAUAAAUUGCACUUAUACCGUUUUCAAAACCUUGGCCUACCCCCAUCCCCUGUAGGUUCUUCUUCAUAAAACUCCAAGAGAUAUUGUCAAAAGCUUUCUCCACGUCCACAAAUAUCAAAACUGCUUUAGUAUUUAUGUUCACUUCUAAUUUUUCCAAAAUAUUAAUUAUAUUCCUCAAAUUGUCAGACAAGUGUCUUCCCGGGAGAAAGCCCGCUUGGUCUUUAUGAAUCUCUUCCAUCAACACUUUUUUCAAUCUCUUGGCCAAAAUGUCUGCAAAAAUUUUGUAAUCCACAUUAAGUAAUGAUAUGGGGCGGUAGUUCUUAAGCUGAGUCUUUUCAGUCUCUGUUUUCGGUAUAAGUGUAAUAUACGCUUCUUUCCACGACUCUGGUGCCCUUUUCCCUUCCAAUAUUUCAUUACAGACUUCCUUUAAAGGUUGUACUAACCACUCUUUCAAGGAUCUAUAGUAUCUAGAAGUCAGCCCAUCCGGUCCUGGAGAUUUGCCCAAUUGCAUGUUUUGAAUGGCACCUUCUACUUCCUGUUCAGAUAUUUUAUAAUUCAACAUUAAUUUACUUUCUUGAGAGAUUUUUUGUAGUCCAUUUGUCUUCAAAAAUCAAUCUAUGUCCCUUUCUUUCUGUGGCCCUUGUGUGUAUAAUUGUUUAAAGUACCUCUGGAAACAGUUUCUAAUCUCAGUUGGGUUGUGAAUGUUCUUUCCUUCCACUUCUAAAUUUGUGAUAGUAUUUAAUUUUUGCCUUUUUUUCAUUUGCCAAGCCAACAAUUUCCCACAUUUAUUAGCUGAUUCAAAUGUUUUUGUCUCAUUUGUUUAAUUUUCCAUUCUAUUUCCUGGUUCAUCAUUUCCAUAUAUUGUACUUGAUAUAACUUUAUUUCUCUCAAAAUCUCCUGCGACUUUGGUUUUGCUCUCAAUUUCUUCUCGCUUUCUUUUAUUUUCUCCAGUAUUUUAUCUUUCUUCUCAUUUUGGCUUCUCUUCUUUAUAGCAUUCUGUUGUAUCAGAAACCCUCUCAUGACCGCUUUGCUUGUGUCCCAGAUUACUCUUUUUCUACAUUAGUAUUCAUAUUUAUCUCAAAAUAGUCUCUCAAGGUUUUUGGGCCUUUUUAUACACUUCUUCAUCUCUGAAUAAGGUGUCAUUCAUCCUCCAUCUGAAGGAGCCAGUUGAUAUUAGUUUCAUCUCCAUCCUUACAGCAUUAUGGUCGGAGCAGGUUUUUGGACAAAUUUCCGCUUUCUUUAUCUUUGGUGCCAUUCCUCUAGUUACCCAUAUUUGGUCAAUUCUAGUCCAUGUCAUCUUGGCUUCAGAGAAGAAGGUUCCCUCUCUUCCCAAGGGAUUCUUUGUUCUCCAAGUAUCAACUAAGUCCAAGUUGUCUGUCAUCUCAAAAAAUGUUUUCGGUAGUCUACCAUCCUUGGUGACCACUUGUCUUUGUGCCUUAUCCAUAUUUGUAGAUACUACUCCAUUCAUAUCCCCCAUCAAAAUCAGAUUGUAAUCCAAAUAGUCCAUUAAGGUCUCAUGCAACUUUUUAAAGAAUUCAGAUUUCCCCUCGUUCGGUGCAUAAAUUCCUACUAUCAAAAAUGUCUCUCCUUGAACUUGAAUUUCAAUUGCCACAAAUCUUCCUUGAUCGUCUUUAAAAAUAAAUUUCGGUGAUAGCCUCUCCUUUGCAUAAAUCACUACUCCUCUUUUUUUAACUUUAUCAGAUGAAAUAAACUCCUGUCCCAAUCUCUUGUUAAUCAAAACUUUCCUGUGUAGCCUUAUCACAUGUGUUUCCUGUAGGCAAAUCAAGUCCAAUUGUUCCUUUUUUAGUAAAUGAAAGACACUUUUCCUUUUCCGAGGAGAAUUGAGGCCAUUACAAUUCCAACUUAAAAGUUGCAGAGCCAUGAUGGGGUUACUUCGCUUUACCUCCAACUGCGCCAAGUGUUUGUUCUUGUUCUGUCGGUGGUAUCACUUUCUCUGGACCUUGCAAUCCAAAAGAUAAGUUUGCUAUAUCUAUUAUUCCUCUUUCCAGUGCUUUUGGCUCUUCUCCAGAUUCCACUUCUUUCUGUAGAUCUUCUCCGUGGUCUUUCAAGAAUUUAUCUUUAUCAUUGACUGAUCUUAUUUUUAUCUUUCUUCCUUUAUAUUUAAAGGACAGGCCUUGGGGGAUUCCCACCUAAAGAUGAUUCUAUUACUUCUCAGCAGGGCAACCAGAUCUCCGUAAUUAAGCCUUAAGUCCAAAAGAUGUUUUGGAAUGUCCUUAAAUAUCUCCACACUUGAAUCAUAUAUUUCCAGAGUCUUUUGGUAAUGCAGAUUCAAAAUUUUAUCUCUCUCCUCUUUUGUUUGAAGGGUAAUCAAACAGUAUCUCACCUUGUUCUUCCUUCCUCCUCUUCCAAGUCUAAAUGCGCUCACUAUCUUAAAUUCUUCCUUCCCCAAAUCCUGUUGCCAGAAAUGUGCGAAUUCCUGCGUAAGAAAGUCAAUCAAGUUAUCUUUCUCAAGUUCUGGUACAGCCCUGAUUCUCAAAUUUCUUUGUUUCUCUUUCAAUUCAAUCAUAGACAACGUCAAACCGUGGUCCUCGAGUUGCCUAUAUAUCAGUGGUAUCUUCUCUUGAGUGGCAGUUGCUAUGUCUUUUGCUUCUUCAGCUGUCUUUCGGGUCAAGGCAGAUUCCUGUAACAAUUUCUCAAUAGUCUCUGUAUUGGUAUUCACCUUCUGUCCCAAAUUAUUGAUACUUGUAGUAUUUUGAUCAAUUUUAACUGAUGCUUCGGCUACUUGUUUAUUUGUUUCAGCUACUUGUUUAGUUAAAUUUUCCAAAGAUUCAUUAAUUUUUCCUAGUGCCAGAGCCAAAACAUCUUCAGACGACAUUACUUUUGAUUUAACUUGUGGGGGGUGCAGCCCCUGAUAAUCCAGAUGGUCCAGAAGGACCAGAUGUUGAAGCUCUUCGCUGCGACGCAGUAUCUGUCCGAUAGGGUCUGCCAGACCUAGUAGUUUUUUCCUCUAACUUUCCUCUUCCAUCUGCCAUAACACUCUCAAGAAGUCCAAGGUCAGUCCCACGGUUAGAAUUUGUUUUGAAAUGGAAAGUUCCCCAAGCCUCAAGUUGUUAUUGUAGCAAUGUCAAACCUCCUCUAGGGGGACACAGUAACAGUCAAAACUUGCAACUUGAAAAAAAAAAAUAGUCCUUAAAAUCCCCCAAUUCACGAAAAAACAACAGUUUCAAUUGCACUUAAUCAGUUACUUUAAAGCCAGGAGAAGUCCAGAAACACUGUAUCUCUCUUGCAGAGUUAGCUGUCAAAAGUACUCUGUUUACCGAUAGUGCUUUUCACAGAGCGGCAUUCCUUGUCUCAGGGCAGUCCGUUCCCAGGCUCUAAGCGGUGGAUUUUAGCUUCCUUUCCCUCUUUUUUUUGCAGUUAGAUACAGUUCAAACCUUUCCCCCCUCCUCUCCUGCAAUCCGGAGGGGAGAUCGCUUUUCUGAUGUUAGGAUUUAAGUAUUUUUUCAAGCGUCUUUCAAGGUUUCCGCUUACAGUCUCUUUGCUUUGAUCUAUUUACAAGAAAGGAAGGCGGACUUCCUGUUUAUGCCUUCCCGCUUCGGUGCCGAAUUAAAUUAUUUUUCCCUUUAAAUCCAAUUUUAUCCUACUCACGGGUAGUUACUUUAGAGGUCAAAUUGUCCCAGGAAGAAGUCAGCGCUCUCCGAUAACGGCUGUGCGGCUUCACUCCGCGGAAAAAGCAGUCGACUCUCAGCACCGCGCCGCUCACCCCGUCUCGCUCCGGAACCCCUAAAGGGGUCCCUUCGCAGUUUGGGGGGGCGCAAAAGGUGCCCGCCGAGUCCCCACGUUCACAGGCUUCACCCGCCUGUGAUUUUUAAAGGGUCCCCACUUCGCCGCAGCGGUCAGACCCGAUCCCGCGGAGCUAGUCCCUCAGAGACUCAGAGGGAAUCCGCCAUUAUCGAUGGCGCCAACCCGGAAGUCGGUGUCGCCGAAAAUUUUUACACAUCACCUGGGAAGUCAGGUGAACUAAUGCCAGUGUACUGGAAGAAGCAAAGAUCACCAGUGUCAAAGCAAUGAUUCUUCAACAUCAACUUCGUUAGACUGGUCAUGUUGUGCAGAUGCCUAAUUAUUGUCUUCCAAAGCAACUACUCUAUUCUGAACUUUAAAAUGGUAAGCGCAAUGCUGGUGGUCAACGAAAGAGGUUCAAAGACCCUCUGAAGGCAAAUUUUUUAAAAAUGUAGUAUAAAGACCAACAACUGGAAAACACUGGCUUGCAGGCACUCCAAUUGGAGAACAGCCUUUACCAAAGGUGUCAUGGUUUUGAAGACGCUUGAACUCAGGACGAAAGGGAGAAACAUGCUAAGAGGAAGGCAUGCUUGGCAAACCCUCACCAUGAUCAACUCCCGCCCAGAAACCUAUGUCCUCACUGUGGAAGGAUGUGUGGAUCCAGAAUUGGCCUCCACAGUCACUUAUGGACUCACUUUUAAAACCGUGUUUAUGGAAGACAAUCUUACUCGGCUACAAGUGAUUGCCAAAGAAGAAGAAGAAGAUGUAGAAAACUUUGACAUGGCUGCAAUGCAGCCCAAUGUGCCCUUGCCCCACCCACUUUUAUCCUUAGCCUCAACCCACUACUGCCAAGCAACCCACAAAAAGUACUCCAUAUGGGAAUGCAGCUCUCAGACAAAGGUUCCCCGCCUCUCUCCUAGGGGAUACCUGCCAUGUUGUUUGAGAAAUGUAGGAAAUGGUGUGACAAGCUAUACCAGGCUAGCAAACGCAGCACCCUCUAGACGCUGCUUGAUCCCCAUCUCCAGUCAGCUCCAGCCAACAUGGCCAGUGAUGUAAGCUGCAGUUCAGAAACAUUUGGGGGACACCACUUGCCUAUGCUAAAAAUCACCAGUCCUCGCUUAGCUAUAAACUUGCUGGGUAGGGAACUCACCCACUGUCUCUCAGCCUUAACUCCUCCCCAAACCGUAAUAUGCAGGAUAAGCACUCUGGCCUACUUUACUGGCUUGUGGCAAAGAUUAUUGGGGUAACCUAAGCACUUUGAGUGCUUAUGAAAAGUGCUUCCUCUGCUGUGUGUAGGAUCCAAGCAGGAAGGAAAGUCUCUAAAGCUGAAAAAGGAAAGAUAAGCAUUUAGAUGAUUCAACUUGUGCUCAAGAAAGGUUAUGAUAGUCAAGAGGGACAAUUACUACAAUGGGUACAGGUUUAAGCGUAGCUCUCCCUCCCCCUGGGUGCCGCGCUGAUUAAUAGUACAUGAGCAUUUCCCCCAGUGAGGACACACAGUAAAAAUACAUACCUUGGCAUUCUUCUGUCACAAGAAAGAAAUAUGUGUGAUGAAUGAUGCUAGUCAGGAAAGAGCACAUUAUUAUUAACUAACUAACUAACUAAAUUUACUAGUCACUUUUUUGCCAUGGCAACGAAAUGUGACUUACAAUAUUUUAAGGAAACAAACAAACAAACAAACAAACAAGCAAACACAUACAUACAUACAUACAUUAAACCCAGCACUUAACAAAAUCGCCCUCACCAAAAGCCCUUAUAUAGUUAAAAGUGAAAUGAAUAUUUACACCUGGCACCAAAAGAUAUGUAAAGAUGGCCCCAGGUGUGCCUCCCCAGGGAGGUGAGGAGCCACUGCUGAAAAUACCUGUUCUCAUGUUGCCACCUUUCAGAUCUCCUGUGGUGGGAGAGAAAGGCAUAAAUAUAGUUAUCUGCUUUAUAAGGACUCAGACUAAUGGUCUACACCAACUGGAGGUGGCGCUGUGGUCUAAACCACUUGCCAAUUGGAAGGUUUGAAUCCCUGUGACAGGGAGAGUUCCCGUUGCUCUGUCCUAGUUCCUGCCAAUCUAGCAGUUCGAAAGCAUGCCAGUGCAAGUAGAUAAAUAGGUACCACUGUGGCGGGAAGGUAAACGGCAUUUCUGUGCGCUCUGGUUUCCAUCACAAUGUUCCGUUGUGCCAGAAGCAGUUUAAUCAUGCUGGACACAUGACCCGGAAAGCUGUCUGUGGACAAACGCCAGCUCCCUCGGCCUGAAGCAAGAUGAGCACCGCACCCCAUAGUUGCCUUUGACUGGACUUAACCAUCCAGGGGUCCUUUACCUUUACCUUACCUUCCAGGGUCUUAAAGGGGGAAUCUUUGAAGUGGAAGGAAAAGGAAAGUAUCUCCUGCACAAAACUAAGGCUCUGCAGAUGCGAACCAGUUAAUUUGUUUGAAAUCUUGGCUGCAGUAUAAGAACUGAAUGCUGCAUUUCCUAUUACUUGUCGUUUCAGUUUAUAGAGAUUUGCUUUAUUUCCUUCAGAAUGGUUGUGUGGUUCAUAUGCAAAUUGGACAGAUUAAUUGACUAAUCAAUUAAAAUGCACACGAGUCAUCAGCUAAAGCCCUUUACACAUGUUUGGAAUGUGUUGACAGAGUGCGCAAAGGUGGACACGGGGUGUCCUGACAUCUCCCCCUGACCUCCAAGCCUUGAUCAGCUCUGUGUACACAGAGCCUGCUUCUCCGCAGCUUUUAUGCCUGCCAGCUUUGUGAACUCAGAACUGAUCAACAUGUGGAGGUCAGGGAAAGGGAUUCAGCAUCCCCAACAAGCUUUGAGGGCUUAUGCUUUCUUCAGGGAGCUGACAGUCCGAGUUAUGACUGUUUUGCAAAAAAAUAUGUAUAUACGCAAGUUAUGUACUUACUCUGCAGUGGAUGGUAAUGUUGAUCCUUUUCUCUUUUUUGCUUGGUGGCUAGAAGACUGGGCAUCUUCUGGUAGGGAGCCAGUGCCUUAUGAUGGAAUUGAAAGUGAGCUGCAGAGAGCAGGGUGCAGCACACUGCAGGAGACCGUGUAUUGUAAUGUGCACAGAACGCUGAUUUAUUGUGGCACCAUUCAAGCGUGGGGCUAUUACUGCAGGGGGACGGUUGUUUGUUGAAUGCGUUUGGUGGCUGGGAAGCUCCCAGGAGGCCUUGCUGCCACACCAAGGGAAAAGUUCGUGCCCUUUCCCUUCUUCUAGGCAGAUGCCUCCGUGCAUCUGUAAGAAAAUGUAGAAUAUAUGGAAGCUAAUGGCAACAGAAUGUGUGUUGAGCUCAGUGUGCAGUGCAGAAUGCUCUUAUAUGCUGCCCUGUCCCACUGUGUGAGGCCGCAGCUCCUGAGGCUUUUCUUAAGGGAAAAGUCUUAUCUCUGUUUACAGGGAAGGAUGCCCUCAAACAUUUCUCUGAUGAAAAUAGGGACGUCCCAUUCCAUAAUGAUAAUUUUAUUAUUUAUACCCCACACACCUUAUUGGGUUGCCCCAGCCAGUCUGGACAAAUUCCAACAUAUCUAUCUAUAUCUAUCUAUCUAUCUAUCUAUCUAUCUAUCUAUCAACCAACAGCACAUAAUAAAAUAUUAAGCAUUAGGAAAAACAUCCCCAUACAGGAUUGCCUUCAGACAGCUCAGAAGUCAGAUAACUCCAUACCCCCCAACAUUUCUCCAGUGAAAAUAUGGACAUCCUAGACAUUCCAGGAUCAAAUCAGAAACUGGGACGGCUUCUCUAAAUAUUAUGAUUAUUAUUAUUACACAUCCAAGGGUGGGUGGAAGAAGGAGAAACUGUGUCUUCUUCACCCCCGCCAGUCAAGAGUGUAUGGGCAGGGGGUCAAUUCUAUAUGGGGUGCUCCUUUGGAAGCUCUGCAGGGAACUGGCUUGUGAAGGAUCCUGCAGGAUUGAUACCUCUGUGAAACAGCUGUUGUAUGGAGGCAUGGAUCCUGCAGGGUGCUGCUUCAGGAACAGGGCAUCAGACAGGAAAGAGACACUGUGUCAGGCUCCUACCUUCUCUUGGGAGUGAUCCAUGGCUGUCUCAGCCCAACUUGACCAAGUCCUGAAUCCCUCUGAAUAGGCCUGAUUUAGCUUGGGCCUCAGCUGAAUCUGGUGUGCAGCCCCACUGAUAGGUAAUGCCAUACUUUAGACUGGUUGUAAGUAAGAGGACUGGUCAGUGCAGUGGUGUAACAUGGGGAUUACAGGGACAGUUGCCCGGAGUGCAAAAUUGAUAGGUGGCACAACAUUUCAAUGCCCGGUUCUGCCCCAAUACAGCUGUGCGCCUCCGUCACUGGACUCUGUGGGAAACAUCUUCUCCAUGUGAACCAGGAAGUGACCUCUCCAAAUAGCGAAACAACUCUUCUUUUCUUAUCUCUGCGGCUGCAGUCUCCUGGGUGAUGUAGACACUGUUAGGCAGUCAAAUGCACAUACGUACUCUGUCCAUUUCCUGCCUCCCACCCCGCCCUCUGCACAGCCCCGGGCACUGGCAACCCACACUAUGCCACUGGGUCAUUGUGAGAUGGUUGAGACCAGACUGAGCUUGGUGGAGCACUGUUCCAUCUGCCCUAACAGACCACCCUCCGCUCCUCUGACAUCACAUUUCCUCAACAUGAUCAGGAGAGGGUACCUGGCUCUUCCAACACCUCCCCUCCCCAAUAUUCCUCUGCAUAUUUGAGGUUUUUAGAUCUGCUUUUAUUUUUCCUGAGUUAUUUCUGGAACAGUAAAUAGGGGAGGUAUAAGCCUUGAGCCUUGUGAAGUAGUUAGCUUAAUCAUCAGAGCUUGUUUUGGCAGAAAGCUGCUUACAAGCCCAGCUUGCAAAGGGGAGAGGAAUCCAUAAAUAGUUGGGGGAGGGAAGGGGAUAGGACAGCCCGCGUAACAGAGCUGGAAGCAGGUGGCAGAAAUCCCACAUCUUUGACGCAGAAUGGGCGCAGUUAACUUCUCCAGUGGCCUUUAGACCAACGUAAAUGUUUAUCUGCAAGAAGAGGAAGCUAAAUUAAACUCUUGCCCUUUACUCGGUCCUUUCCUCUUUCCAUUGCCAAAGACUUGUUCUCCUCCUCCUUGAAACUUCAUUAAGGAAAUGCCUGAUUCUCAAAGGAGAGCUGAAUAAAGCAUUAUUAUUAAUCAUCCUUAUGAGGACCAUUUAUUUGAUUUCUUACCUGCCCUUCCCAGGGUGGGUUACAACUUCAAAACAAUGCAAGUUUUAAAACAGUUUAAACAAUUUAAAGUCAAUAACAGUAUGCAUGCUAUGAUAUGCAAAUCUCAGUUUUGGUCUCUCAUAGCCUCUCAUUUUCCCAAUCUUGGGUUCAGUUUUUCACAUUUUCACAUCAGUUUUCUUUCUUUUUUUAAAAAAAAGCCCUCAUGAAAAUUAAUUAGAAUUUGUGUGUAACCCCCCCUCCGCAAACACAUUUUUGCAAAGCAAUUUCCCCUAGUAGAAUGCAUUUUCAUGAAUAUAUGCACUUAAAUGCACACUUUGUGCAUUUUGGGUAUACAAUACUUGACUGGAGAAUUGCAUUGCAACAUUCAGAGCAGUGUGAAUGUUAGUUUGUGUCUUGUUUGGGAAAGCAUGAAUUAGGCUUGUCUUUAAAUACAAACUGAAGCACAUUUCUCCUCCAUCCCUGUACCUCGAAUGUCAAAGAGCAUCUGGGGGAUGGUAGGGAGAAGGGCAACAUUGUGCUGGUGAGCUCUUCCCAACACUGUGGUCCUGAUGAAAGUAGCUCCUUCACCAAAGCUGCUGUUACCUGCCCCAGCAGUGAAGCUUCCACCAGCACUACACAGUUAAUAGAAUGAUAAUUUUUAUCAGGGUUGGGGUGUGUGUGUGUGUGUGUGUGUGCAGAGUUAAACCUCCUUUCUCCCACACUGUAGUCCAAAUCUAGAUCAGCCCCCCACCAUGGCCCCAUCUGCACUAUUCCCCUCCCAGAGUGGUUUAAAUGAUCAAUCCCUCUUCCCAGGGAACUCUGGGAAUUGUAGCUCUGUGAGAGGAAUCAGGAUUUCCUGAUAACACGCAGCAACCUUAGCAAACUACACUCCCCAGGGUUCUUUGGGGGAAGCCAUGACUGUUUAAAGUGGUAUGAUGCCUUUGAUGCAUAGUGAAGAUGGGGUCUCAGAAGAAAAAAGGGAGACACGUUCACUGCAGUUGCACCAGUUUGACAUCACAUUUAAUUUGACCCCUUGGCUCUCAUUUCAUUGGGCUGGAUUUCAACAACUGGUCUGAAGUUCAAAUCUCUGCAUUGGCUGUUCACAUCCUGGGGCCUUUGGCAAGCAGAUGGAGCAAGAGGUCCACCAGUUCCUUUUGGUGAUUAGAUGUUGUCAGCCUGGAUCUACAGCCGGCCUUUCAAUUCCCGUGGGAACGUGGCCCUGAUCUCCUUCCAUUGCUUGGAUUUGCAGAUCAGAGAUUCACGGUAACCAGCUCUGCUGCUCUGGGACUCAGAAGGAAACCUUCAGACUAACGGCUUGGCUGAAGUUUUAAUUUGCUCAUCAUCUUUGGCUGAUGUGAUUAGCAGCCAGGGCUAAUUACCUGCAGAAACGCUCCCCUCGCUCUUCUCCUAGCACACACUCCAGAGAAGCAGCUUUGUGCCUCUUGUGGAGGAGAAACAUAUUUAAAUGACAGGGCUGGAUGAUGGCUGAGUUCACAUUAAGAGUUCCCUUGCUUACACACCGCUUUGGAUUCUUUGAUUGCUUCUUUGAUUGCAGAAAUGAACAUUUGAAGGGUGCUUUCAAUUUGCCAGGCCUGAAUUCCAUACUUCAGAGAUGAUUUUGUCAUUUGGAUCCAAACAGUGAUUUGUUAAGAGGUUCUUCCCCAGCCCCCCCACCAAAAUGCAUACAGGAUUUUAUUUCCUGCUCCAACUUCUACCUGUGGGAAGGGCUCAGUGGAGGAGCGUCUGCUUUGCAUGCAGAAGAUUUCAGGUUCAAUCUCCAGCAUCUCCAGGGAGGGUUUGGAAAUCCUGGAGAGCUCCUGCCAGUUUUGUUGUUGUUUAGUCAUGUCCGACUCUUCGUGACCCCAUGGACCAGAGCACGCCAGGCACUCCUGUCUUGCACUGCCUCCCGCAGUUUGGUCAAACUCAUGCUGGUAGCUUCGACAACACUGUCCAAUCAUCUCGUCCUCUGUCGUCCCCUUCUUCUUGUGCCCUCCAUUUUCCCCAACAUCAGGGUCUUUUCCAGGGAGUCUUCUCUUCUUAUGAGGUGGCCAAUGUAUUGGAGCCUCAGCUUCAGGAUCUGUCCUUCUAGUGAGCACCCAGGGCUGAUUUCCUUCAGAAUGGACCGGUUUGAUCUUCUUGCAGUCCAUGGGACUCUCAAGAAUCUCCUCCAGCACCAUAAUUCAAAAGCUUCAAUUCUUCGGCAAUCAGCCUUCUUUAUGGUCCAGCUCUCACUUCUAUACAUCACUACUGGGAAAACCAUAGCUUUAACUAUACGGACCUUUGUUAGCAAGGUGAUGUCUCUGCUUUUUAAGAUGCUGUAGACAAUAAUGAACAAGAUCAAGCAUGGGAGGCCCCUAUUCCCCUCCUAGAGCUACAAAUUCCAGAGCUAUUUUCAGUAUGAAUCCCUCUUCGCAGGCAAUUGUAACUCUCAGAAGUGAAUAGGAGCCCUCUAACAACUCUCGAACCUAGCAGUUCGAAAGCACAUCAAAGUGCAAGUAGAUAAAUAGGUACCUCUCCGGUGGGAAAGUAAAUGGCAUUUCCGUGCGCUGUUCUGGUUUUGCCAGAAGCGGCUUAGUCAUGCUGGCCACAUGACCCAGAAAAACUGUCUGUGGAGCAGAUAAAUGUCGGCUCCCUCAGGCAGUAAAGCAAGAAGAGCACCGCAACCCCAGAGUCAUUCGCGAAUGGACUUAAUUGUCAGGGGUCCUUUACCUUUUUAAACAACUCUCAACACCCUGAACAGUUUCUGGGAUUCUUUUGGGAAAGCUCCGACUAUUUAAAGUGGCAUCCUUGCACUUUAAAUGUAUUGUGGGAAUGGGGACUAAUUCUAGUUUUGUCCGCAUCCUGUUCCCUGCCAAGUUCUGCAAGGACAGCACUCAGGAAGACUAAGGAAGAGGAAGCGGAGAGUCAGGGGCACCCACUGAUCUGGAUGUGAGUAAGGAGGCUGGUGGGCUUGGGGAUCAAGACUGAGUUUGGUGGGGCAGUGCCCCAUUUGCCCUAAGGGACGAACCUCCCUUCUCUGCCCCUCCUUUCUCUGCCCACAAAUAAAGAGACAACUUUUAAGAGCACACAGCCCCAGAACAAACCUUGUUUGUUCAUGUCUCUUCUGUAACAGCUUUCUCAGGGAGAGUACAGAUAAGACAAGAUGUCGCCAAAACAUCUCUUAUCUUCCACUCUGGAUUUUCUCUCUAUUUUCUGUGGCUGUCUCCUAAUGCAGUGUGCCUCUUCCACACCACGCACAUGCAGUGGGAAAUGCUCUGCGGUAGCGGUAGAUUUAUUCAGCACAAGAGCAAGUCAGGUAUUUGGCAGGCCUUCCUUUGAUACCUGCUGCUCGUGAUUAUUUCUGCCCAGUUUUCCUUUGGGCAUACUUUUUUUUUUUUAAAUGUACAUUCAAUGUACUUUUGGAAUUUUUUAAAAAUAGUCAUCUUCAAAUAUCUUAAGGGCUGUCACAUGGAAGAGGGAAUAUGCUUGUUUUCUCCUGCUCUGGAGGGUAGGACUUGAACCAAUGGCUUCAAGAUACAAGAAAGGAGAUUCCGACUAAACAUCAGGAAGAACCUUGGAACAGUAAGAGCUGUUGGAACAGUAAGAGCUGAAUUUUAACAGGGAGAAAUGUAAAGUAUUGCACUUGGGCAAAAAAAAUGAGAGGCACAAAUACAAGAUGGGUGACACCUGGCUUGAGAGCAGUACAUGUGAAAAGGAUCUAGGAGUCUUGGUUGACCACAAACUUGACAUGAGCCAACAGUGUGACGGGCAGGUAAAAAAGCCAAUGCAAUUCUGGGCUGCUUCAAUAGGAGUAUAGCAUCUAGAUCAAGGGAAGUAAUUGUGCCACUGUAUUCUGCUCUGCUCAGACCUCACCUGGAGUACUGUGUCCAGUUCUGGGCACCACAGUUCAAGAAGGACACUGACCAACUGGAACGUGUCCAGAGGAGGGCAACCAAAAUGGUCAAAGGCCUGGAAACGAUGCCUUAUGAGGAACGGCUAAGGGAGCUGGGCAUGUUUAGCCUGGAGAGGAGGAGAUUAAGGGGUGAUAUGAUAGUCAUGUUCAAAUAUAUAAAAGGAUGUCACAUAGAGGAGGGAGAAAGGUUGUUUUCUGCUGCUCCAGAGAAGCGGACACGGAGCAAUGGAUCCAAACUACAAGAAAGAAGAUUCCACCUAAACAUUAGGAAGAACUUCCUGACAGUAAGAGCUGUUCGACAGUGGAAUUUGCUGCCAAGGAGUGUGGUGGAGUCUCCUUCUUUGGAGGUCUUUAAGCAGAGGCUUGACAACCAUAUGUCAGGAGUGCUCUGAUGGUGUUUCCUGCUUGGCAGGGGGUUGGACUCGAUGGCCCUUGUGGUCUCUUCCAACUCUAUGAUUCUAUGAUUCUAUGUUUGACAGGGGAAUGGUCUCCCUGGGGAGGUUGUGGACUCUCCUUCAUUGGAGGUUUUUCAGCAGAGGUUUGAUGGUCAUGCAUCAUGGAUGCUUUAGCUGAGAUUCCUGCAUUGCAGCGGGUUGGACUAGAUGAACCUUGGGGUCCCUUGGGGUCCCUUCCAACUCUAAGGUUAUAUGAUUCUAUGAUUCAUCUUAUCUAAUACAGUGGUACCUCUGGUUGCAAACGGGAUCCAUUCUGGAGCCCCGUUCACAACAUGAGCAGAACGCAACCCGUUUCUGCACAUCUGCACAUGUGUGGGUCACGAUUCGCCGCUUCUGCACAUGCGCUUGACAUAAUUUUGAGAGUCUGCGCAUGUGCGAGCGGCGAAACCCGGAAGUAACCCGGUACUUCCGGGUCGCCGCGGGACGCAACCUGAAAAGAUUUAACCUGAAGCAAAUGUAACAAGAGGUAUGACUGUAUUUCAUACAUCAUGCCAAACUCGUUGCCCCCUUUUUACAUGUGAGACAAGAAACGUGUGCCUGUUUCUUGCUUUUGCGGGGAUCCCUCGUGACAUGAUGCUGUGUCCAAGGACAAGUUAAAAUAGAGGUAAUAAUUAACUACAUUUUCCCUCUCCACCCCUUUCUUUUUCACAAGUAUUGAGUCACUUUUUACAGAUACAGUUGUAAGAACUCAAAAUAGGAGAUACAGACUAGAAGUUUGUGUCUAGUAGAUUGAAGAACUUUCUAAUUCAUUCCAAUGCAGCCUUCCUUGGCUGGUUUCCCUACAGAUAUUUUGGACCACAACUCCUUUAAUCCAUGAGCUUUGGUCAUACCAGUUGAGUUUGAUGGAAGUUGUAGGCCAAAACACCUGAAGAGAACUAGGUUGAGGGAGGUUGGUCUGGAAGAUUCCUGUUCAUAGAAACUAGCAGAUAACUUCCUUGGUAAAUUCACUCAGGUAAUGGUUGCAUGAGCAGUGAUGCCUUAUUUGAGUAUAUCUACUCAUGAAUAAGUUCCUUUAUGAAAAGAGUGGGCUGACCGACCUUUACGAUCUAACACGCUCAACGUAUGCACCUUUGUAAAUUGUAUUUUCAUGUGACAAGAAGUUGAUAGCAUAUAUGGCUAUGAAUCUGACAAUUGAUAUGCGUAUCAUUUUAUGAUCAUGCUUCCCUCUGCCCCUCUGUGUAUUUUGUACACAGAUUGUACACGUGAGACAGUAAAACUGGUGACUUUAUGCUGCUUAGGGUGGGGAUGUCCUGUUUGUUUGCUUUCAUACAUUCCAAGUCUUUGAUUUGGGACUUCCUAUCCUCUUGUCACUGUUGUCUUGAGGAUGCUGUGACCACAUGAGAACAGGGUCAUGUGAAUCCUGCGCCUCUGAAAUUCCUAUGAAGUCUUGCCUCACCACACCAAGCAUGAUCAUUUUUGGGUUGUUCUCUAACAUCAUUAAGGAAUUAGCACAAUCCUAUUCACAUUUACAGGGACAUGGGUGGCGCUGUGGGUUAAACCACAGAGUCUAGGACUUGCUGAUCAGAAGGUCGGAGGUUCGAAUCCCUGCGACGGGGUGAGCGCCCGUUGCUCGGUCCCACCUCCUUCCAACCUAGCAGUUCGAAAGCACAUCAAAGUGCAAGUAGAUAAAUAGGUACCGCUCCGGUGGGAAGGUAAACAGUGUUUCCAUGCACUGCUCUGAUUCGCCAGAAGCAGCUUAGUCAUGCUGGCCACAUGACCCGGAAGCUGUACGCCAGCUCCCUUGGCCAGUAAAGCAGGAUGAGCACCGCAACCCCAGAGUCGGUCACGACAGGACCUAAUGGUCAGGGGUCCCUUUACCUUUACCUAUUCACAUUUACACAAAAGUCAGCCUCACUGUGUCCACUGGGGAUUUAUCCCAAUAGAAUAUGCAUAGGAUUGCAUAUGCAUGUGAACUUAGAAGUAACUUCCAUUGAAUUCAGUGGAUCAACUUCCAGGAAAGGGUAUAUUUAUUGUUACACACACACACACACACACACACACACACACUUAUAUACCUUUGUGUUUUUCCUACAGUUUCAAGGUAGUAGAGAAUGCUAAAAUAUAGAACAUCAUUUUAAAAAAACAACAAUGCUAAACAAUGAUUAAAAUGUGUAGUUAGUAAAAAAAAAAGCUGCAAACUGCUCCAUAUUUCAUUAGGUGGAGAUAGAUAGAUAGAUAGAGUCAUGUAGGGAUUAGAGUGUAAGACUAGGACCUGGGAGACCAGGGUUCAAAUCUCCACUCAGUCGUGAAUCCCACUGGGUGAUGUUGGACAUUUCAUAGUCCCUCAGCCUAAUCACAGAGUUGCAGUAGGGAUUAAAUGAGGAAGGGGAAAACCUUUUACUCCACCUUAAGCUCCUUGGAGAAAAUAGUGGAAUAUUAAUGUAAUAAAUAAAGUAGUGGUGUAAGCUAGUUGCACUUUGAAAAUGUGAAACAGCAAUAAUUCUGUUGAAAUCUUUUUGUCUGCUGAAAAAUAAGCCAUUUGGCAAUUUUGGCCACAAUUUUGACUUCCAGCUGUUGCUCUCUUUUCCCCUCCCCCGUUUUUGGGUUCUGUAGGUUUAUUUUAUUGCAGUUGAUCCUGACUUGAAAACAGUUUCAAUCAAAAAUGAAACCACUGAGAAAGGAGGAAAGAAAAGGAGUUCAGAAAAAGAACAAAGAUGGCCCUUUUUAAUAACAUGAGGAUGACACCGUUGCACCACAGUGCAUGUUAUGAUGGCAGAAUUUAAUUAAAUCAACAUACAAGUGAAAACUAAUCAUAACACCAUUUAUUUUUAGACAGAGGCAAUCACCCACUGAGAGUCAUAGAACACCUUGAUGUGCGAGGAGAGGCAGGCUAGAUAAUGUAGUGUUCGGCGCACAACUUUCCAUAUACAGUGGUGCCCCGCAAGACGAAUGCCUCGCAAGACGAAAAACCCGCUAGACGAAAGGGUUUUCCGUUUUUCGAUGCGCUUCGCAAGACGAAUUUCCCUAUGGGCUUGCUUCGCAAAACGAAAAAGUCUUGCAAUUUUUUUCUCUCCCCCCCUUUUUCUAAGCCGCUAAUAGCCUUUUAGCCGCUAAGCCGCUAAGCCUUUAAUAGCCGCUAAACUGCUAAACCGCUAAUAGCGCUAAUCUGCUAAGCCGCUAAUAGGGUUGCUUCGCAAGACGAAAAAACCGCUAGACGAAGAGACUCGCGGAACGGAUUAUUUUUGUCUUGCGAGGCACCACUGUAGGUGAAAUAAGCUUUAGCAAGGGAAUAAAUAAUAAGGCAUGGGCUGGAACAUAGCUAUUCUCACAGUGACACAUGUGGGUGGGUGAGUGGAGCAGAGCACUCAGAAAAGCGCAUUCUGAACUAGAACCCUAACCUUGUUGUUGUUGUUUAGUCGUUUAGUCGUGUCCGAUUCUUCGUGACCCCAUGGACCAGAGCACGCCACGCACUCCUGUCUUCCACUGCCUCCUGCAGUUUGGUCAGACUCAUGUUUGUAGCUUCGAGAGCACUGUCCAACCAUCUCGUCCUCUGUCAUCCCCUUCUCCUUGUGCCCUCAAUCUUUCCCAGCAUCAGGGUCUUUUCCAGGGAGUCUUCUCUUCUCAUGAGGUGGCCAAAGUAUUGGAGCCUCAGCUUCACAAUCUGUCCUUCCAGUGAGCACUCAGGGCUGAUUUCCUUAAGAAUGGAUGCGUUUGAUCUUCUUGCAGUCCAUGGGACUCUCAAGAGUCUCCUCCAGCACCAUAAUUCAAAGGCAUCAAUUCUUCGGCGAUCAGCCUUCUUUAUGGUCCAGCUCUCACUUCCAGAAUCCUAACCUAAACUAUACUAAUUAAAGCUGCAUUUUGUAACUGGAAGUUGUGGAGCAGUGCUCUUCAACCUUGGAGUCCCAUCAGAUGUUACUGGACUGCAACUUCCACCUUCCCCUUGCAAGCUUAGCCAAGUGGUUGGGGAUGAUGGGAGUUGUAGUCUGACAACAUCUGGAUACUCAAGAACACUGCUGCAGACAGAGAAGAAGAAGAAGAAGAAGAAGAAGAAGAAGAAGAAGAAGAAGAAGAGAGAGAGAGAGAGAGAGAGAGAGAGAGAGAGAAGUUUUGAACACCGAAAACGAAGAAUGCAGCAAUAAAGCAGAAACUUACAGAAGAAGAUUUGAAAUUUGAAGCUGGGUCCAAAUUCAUUCAUGAAUUUUCCUUGGGAAAAUAACUUUUUACCUGAGAAAGCUGUUGUGAAGAUAGUGCUCACGAUUGCUGGAACUCCUGGGUAGAGGGGCGAUUAUAAUUCUAAUACUUUUUGGUACACCAGAACCCAGUGGUAAGCAUGUACUUUCCUACCACUCUCAAACAGUGCAGAAGAGAAGGGAGCAUCAUACUAGUCCCAUCGUAAAUGGUCCAUUUGGUAUCCACUCAGCUGGAAACCUCCUCUCUCUUAAUAAACCAGUGCUCUCACCCAUUCACUCGAUCUGCACGCCAGAUGAAAUGGACUUGAUAUCAAUUUAAGCCUUGCUGCUGAGAGAGGGUAAUGAAACAAUGUCAGAGAGGAAGGAGAGGGAUUGAAUGAGUCUGGUCUUUCAGUGAAGAUAACAAUAGGUUAAUGCAAAAAUAGAAGAGCUCCUUGUUUUAAUUAAGACUCUCUCCCAGGCCCAAGGACUUCUGCACGAUGGCUGCAUUACCAGAUGUCCUGAUUCCUUGGCUGCCAUCCCAUUCCGCACAAUAUCAAGCCAUGAUGUUUGAAAUGCCCUAUUGUCUCUCUCUCUCUUUCUCUUUUUGUGAGAUCAGCAAUAGCAGAAUUAGCACAAAACUCAGCCUGUGUCCCCCGAUAGUGGCUUGGUUGCAGGAAGUAACCGGAAAGGCAGAAGGUUUAAGAUUUGGUUUCACUGUAGCAGGGAGGAUAAAGAUGUAGGGAGAAGCAAUGUGUGUAACCAGAACCCUGUGUGCUACUCACACAGAAACUCUGUGGAUUAGUAGAUUUCCCCUUGCUCCAUAGAUUCCCUCUGCCCCAGAACUCUGCAUGCUAUCCAUUUUAACUUGGGGAAUUUCUGCAAUUAAUGUUGGAGUGGACACUUUAUCCACCAAUUGCCAUACUUCUCCCUACAGUUUACUAAUACAGUGGUACCUCGGGUUACAUACGCUUCAGGUUACAUACGCUUCAGAUUACAGACUCCGCUAACCCAGAAAUAGUGCUUCAGGUUAAGAACUUUGCUUCAGGAUAAGAACAGAAAUCAUGCUCUGGCAGCGCAGCGGCAGCAGGAGGCCCCAUUAGCUAAAGUGAUGCUUCAGGUUAAGAACAGUUUCAGGUUAAGAACGGACCUCCGGAAUGAAUUAAGUUCUUAACCCGAGGUACCACUGUAAACACCAGCACAGAGCAUACCUAUGCUGAGAAUGACAUCCCAAAGAGGCAUCUUGAUGUGAACACAAUUGCAUCAGGAGUCCUUCUUUGUGCUCUGAUUUAAUCAAUACACAUGUGUUAGCGAAGUCCCUCAAAUAAGGCAGACAGAGUCCAGAGAGAAAACAAAUCCUGAUAACACUCAAGUAAGCAAACUGAACAAAAACAGUAUAUAAUUUGAGGAGAAACAAGCAGAGAGGAUUCACCUUUCUUCGUUCAGGCCUUGCACAUGGAAGGAAGACCUCCUUCAGAACUGCAAAAGUCAGUGAUUAGAAAAGUCAUGUGCUCCCUCAGGGAAGAUCAUGCCACUCUGUUUAGUUGCCAAGCAACACCUCCCACUCUUGCUUAGUUGCCUUUAACACUAACAGUAUUAACCCUUGAGUUUCAAACCGGUAUUUCACCUCCAACAGUAGACACACCCAUGACCUAUGCUCACUUGUACAUGGAUUCAGUUGCUGCAUCAAAAGGAUAAUAAUAAUAAUAAUAAUAAUAAUAAUAAUAAUAAUAAUAAUUUAUUAUUUAUACCCCGCCCAUUUGCCUGGGUUUCCCCAGCCACUCUGGGCGGCUUCCAACAAAAUAUUAAAAUACAGUAGUCCUUCAGAUAUUAAAGCUUCCCUAAACAGGGCUACCUUCAGAUGUGAUUCUGUGCUCACAUCCAGACAGGUAUUAUGUGUGUUUGAAUAAGGACAUCUACAAUGACGUGAUAUUUUUGAUUGACCUAAUAAAGGUAUUGCAAACAGGAAUGAGAUGAACUGGACCCCAUAUGCUUGGAUCCUGUGAAUGCCUGGCUAUCAAGGCUGCUUCCUUCUCCCUCUGCUCCAGUGAUCCAUUUACUUACCUUGGUGUUGUGGAGGCAGAAUCCCAAGGUGCACAUCUUCAGGAUUCCCCACAAGCAGGAGCAAUGGCUUCAUCUGCCAGAGUACCUGAGAUUAGCAUGGAGGAAGUAAGAAGGAAUAAGGAAAAUAAGAAUGCAGAGUGGAGCUUCCCAAACUACGGUCUGUGGACCACCAGUUGUCUGUAAGCUUCAUUCAGGUGAUACAUGGGAUUGUCCAUAUUAAAUAUUCAUAUUGAUUUGGAAUUGUAUUUUAAUUUUUCUCCCACAGAAUGAAAAUUGUAAUGAAAUUAAAAUAAAAGAAGGAACAAAAAUACAAUUAAAAAAACCGUAUAGCAUCUGGCACAGCAUAUUACAAUUGCUACAACAGGCAGAAAAAGCACUAAGUGGUCUGCCAGUACCACCAGCAAUUUUCAAAUAGUAAGUGAGGGGAAAAGUUUGGGAACCAUUGAUGCAGAGAUGAGACACAUCCAGGGCUUUUUUUCAGCCAGAACUCACUGGAACUCAGUUCUGGCACCUCUCAGGUUGGCGCCAUUGCCAUUAUGAGAGAACAAGAAAGGCGUUCUUGAUGAGUUCCGGCACCUCUUUUUCUAGAAAAAUAGCACUGGACACAGCUUUCCUUUUAUUUGAAGGGAUCCCUACUUCUGACUAGCCUUUUCAAUAGCAGCCCUUCCUUGCAAGAUGGUUUGCAUUGCUUAAAGGGAAAGCCUCCAUUUCAGCAGGCCGAGGGGCUCAAGCUGUUUGGCAAGUUGAACAACUUAUGCAGUCAGAAGUAAGGGCCACUGAGUUCAACAGAGCUUACUUCCAGGGAACUAUAUAUGCUGGAUUGCAGCUAUCUUUAUCCAAAUAAAUUGAUUCUUAUUCUAUAUAGUGCUGCUGCGUGUGUGUGUGUGUGUGUGUGUGUGUGUGUGUGUCUGUGUGUGUGUCUUUGUGUAUGUAUAGCAACAGAUUUGCCUGAUGCUACCUGCCUUUUUAAACUCUUGGGGACAUGCCAAUCUUCUUCUGCAGAUCUGCUCAUGCUCUCCCACUGCUCUCAAUUUUGUCAUGCAGCAGAACUGAGUAUCCUCCAAGCUGCAAACAGAGGUGUUUGCUGAGCAAGAGGAUGAAUGGACACCACCAGAGGUUUUGUGGGUUUUUUCAGGGGUCCCCCCCCCCCGAUUGAGUUAAAACAACAACGUUCAGUUAUCAGCAAAGCCUCAGCUGUGUGUGAUUUAUACUUCUCUGCAAAUUGCAGCUGUGAUUAAUGUGCCACUAACUCUAAGUUGGGGGACUGGGGAAAGAAUUACUUUUCAGCAUUCAAGCUUUGCAACACACACACACAAGCACAUACACACACCAAUACCAAUGGCUUUCUUUGGUACCUCUGUGUGAUUUUUCAGGUCUCAUCCCAAGCUGCUUCUACAGAUGGUUGAGAUUUAGACUCAUAUUUGUACUGAGGUUUGUUUUCCAGGAAAGCUCCUUUGCUAGAACUGCUAGCAUAACAAUAUAUAUAUAUGUGGCUCUCAUGAUUCCUUUCACUUAACAUAGCUAAAUUUCUACCUACACACACGGAAGGAAGAUGCUGCCAAUUGGAGAUUUCUUCCUGUGGGCAAAGGGUCAAAUCUAUAGGUGCCCUGAGUCUUGGCCAAGGAAUAAAGAGCCAGGGCUCAAGAGCUGGGCUACAACACAAGGGCUACAACUCCACUGGCCACAAAUAAGGCCUGCAACAAAAUUUUACAGCGCAGAGUGCAUUUAUUCAUUUAUCAUUCCCCUUAUAUCCUGCUUUUCCUCCGAAGAGUCUAAGGUGGCAAAUAUGGCUCUCUAGCCUAUCCAUUUUAUCCCUCCAAACCACCCUGUGAGGUAGGUUAGGCUUAGAGCUUGUGACAGACCCAGCGAGUUUCAUGGCCAAGUGGGAAUUUAAACCCUAGCCUCCUCACUCCUACAACCUUUCAUUGUAUUUUGUUUUUCCAUGCAAAAGUCUUUGCCACCCUGGGCUCCGUUGGGAGGAAGGGUGGGAUACAAAUUUAAUAACUAAAUAAGUUUUAAAAAUUGAUGAGCAGCCUUUCUUGUGACAGCACAUUGGAUAUAGUUUUAAAAGUUUCUUUUCAUUUGCUCCAUUAGUUAUACCCUACCUUUCCCUUUCAGACAAAUGCUCAAAGCAGCUUAACAUAAAUGUAACAAGAAUAAGUUAUUAUUAUUAUUUAAAAAACAGACAAAAAAGACGAGGGGAGAGCAGAUUUUCCUGAGAGUCACUAAAGCAGGUGUUAGCUUGGCAACUCAAAUGCCAGCUAGAAAAUUAAAAGUCUAAUGUGUUGUUGUUUUUUCAUAUAUAAGAGUGAAUGAUGGUUUUUACUAGGUGUGCACACCAGUCACAAGAUUCACCUUAAACCUGCUAUCUGUAGUGCUGGGCAGCUUUAAGCCCUACUGAACCCAAUGAGGGUUGCUCCCAGGCAAGCAUGGUUGGAACUGCAGCCUUAGAUUUCACAUGUGUAUAGGACCCAAUCAGUACUCACUCCCUGCCAUCUCUUCUCAGAGAGUCUUUGUUCACUUCAUUUCUGCAGAAAGCAUACAAUGGACUGAUCUGGGAUUACUCAGUUCCUCAAAGUAUUCUUCCACACUGGCUAGAAUCAAGGGAUAGAUAUGCCGUGUACACCCCAAAUAAGACAGCUUGCACUGGUAUCUCAGUCAUUCCUGCUAUACUAGAUAGGCAUUUGGAUCUUACACAAAGCCGUCUUCUGUCACAGGAUGUCUCACACCGCAAAAGGCAGGCGGGAAGUGCUUCUGUACUCUCGACCAGAACCAGAAAACUCUCUUGCCUUGAGUAGCUCUAGCAUGUUCCAGCAGAGGGCUGUGAUGCAUUGUGCUGGCAGAGAGAAAGAAGUUCACUGAAUUAAUCACAAGGACUCCCGAUAAGAAACGGCGACUGCUUGAACACAACAGCAUAUUUCAUAUACAAUGAAAUGCGUGCACUUAAUAAGACAGUGAAAGCAAGAGAGAAGACUCUGGGAGCUGGAGUUUUGCAGUCAACAUCCUUCACUGUGCAAAACACAGCAAACCCACCGUGACUUUUUAACCUAAUUUUGUCAAAGAGGCCAGCCGUUUCCCUUCCACGGCAUGGUUUCACAAGAUUCCUUUGGGGUGAUGCACAAAACCAUAUGCCAAACCGAAACACACAAACUGGCAAUACACACUGUUCAUGAUCGCUGGGCAUAGGAGGACACAGGCAGUUGUCCCAAACUUCAAACUUACUACUGUAGCAAGAAAUCAUUCUAUGCCAUUUGGGCACCAGUAAAUUCUGCAGACACCCUAGGGAAUGGUAGGCAGGGAACGGGGAGUCCACCUAGCUGGAUGUUCCUCCUCUGUUGUUUCCCAGUGUUGUUAUUCUGUGCUGAAGCAAUACACAGAGAAGGAGGCCUUGCAAUACCCACCCAUUCACCCUCAAGUAGGAUUCCUUUCCUUGUCCAAUUGAGUUUGCACAUUCACUGCAGUAAAGUACCUGUGGAACUGGGGAAACCGCAAGCUGGAAUGCUUGCCUAGCAGAGAGGGAUAGCAAGGGUCCUCCACGUGGAAUGAGAAAGCUAGCAUGUAAUUAAUCUUGUUGCAGCUUGUAUAUAAACACCCGGUACAGAGCUGUAUAUAGAGAGCUAUAUGCUUGAGAACUGCGACUGUUCCCAAAGACAGAGGACCCCUGUAGGCUUUCAUUUUAUUGUGCAUUUGUAAUGAUGAUCUGUGCUCGUGUUGGUUGUACAUGAUUCCCCUUUUCGAUAUGGUUUGCACUUUCAAAAGUUCACGAGUGGCUCUGCUGCUUCGUUUCCAGUCAGUGCAUGUCUUGCAGCUUCCUGCUACAAUCAUGCUAUAUUUUUUAAUACCACAAAUGUCCUGUUGCUUUGGGGCUGUGGGCGUCACUUUCAUUGCAAUGCCUCUCCAAUUAUGGUGGGAAACUAUUCUUGUUCACCUGUCUUUUACAGAUUAUGAUGUAUUCCUACAUGGCAGAUUUGAAGAUGCCCUCAAGACCAGUAGCUUAACCAGGGGGCACCAGCUCCAGGGAGCUGAGCCCUUUUGCCACCCCCCUUAUAUUUUUGGGGUAGGUGCCACCCCCCCCAAUGUCCAAAAAGUGUGGAGGUGAAGCACAGACACAACUGUGUCACUGCUUCAGUAACUAGCUCCUUCACCUCCUCCUUCUUCCGCAGAGGGGAAGCAGGGUCAAAGUAGCAUAGCUACCAUGUUUGUCUCCACCCCAGCUGCUCCCAACAUCUGGAUGUCAUGCAUUGCUCCCCCCCAUCGGCCUUGCAAGCUCUCCCCCCCCCAAUUGGGCCACAGUUUAAGGAUCAGCAGACGAUGCUUGCAAGUGUUGUAGCCCAAACAGUGCCCUGUUGUUAUGUCCAGACUAAAAUUAUUAAUAUGUGCUCCCUUACAAUAUUUUGAGUUGAAUUUGUGAAUGCAGGUUCUCAGCUGGACAGGGGACUCCCAACUGCUGGCGCCUGGGCUCUUGACAAUAGGGGGUCUUUUGAAGGUGAGCUUUGUGACAGAUCUUGAUCUGGAGUUGGCCUGAAUGGUCUGGCUGGAAGAAUGGGAGGCCUGUGGAAGCGAGCAAAUGGUUGUUUGUUGACAUGACCCCACAGGGAACCGCUGCCAAGAGAACACUUUCUCUCUUUGCCAGUUUCUUCAUCCUGAAAAUACUGUAUGGAAUUUUGGCACGUAAUUAUGGUCUGGCAACCUAGGGGCAAGAGAAGUGGCAGCUUUCAUUAUACCGCUGGUUGAGUGAAGAAGGAGAGCUCCCCCGCCCCAUUUAACCAAUGAAUCAUAUUGACUCAGAAAUCCCUUUCAAUUUAAAAGACUCCCACAUAAUGUAUCUCAUAUUGGAGCGACCAGUGGAAAGAAGACUGGCUAUGAAUUUGUCUGAAGAGCUUCCUGCUGUCUGUGGCCCACAUAAUAUCUAUAUUUUAUACUCACCAAACUUACUCAAAAUCAUCAAAAGCAAUUCAAAGCAAUUCAAAAACAAUCCAUGCACACAUAUCCCAGGAGAGAGAGAGAGAGAGAGAGAGACUCUAUCCUGUGAAGAAUUGCAUGCCCAAGAGUCAGUCAGAACUGCCUAUCUGCAGAAGGCUCUCCUAAACAGAGACAUAUUUACCCAUUGGCAAAGCCUAGGUAGGGAGGUAACCAAAGGCUAUUGAUAUUGAUAGACUAUUCUUUAAGAGAAGGUGCCCAAGGAAAACAUUGUCUGCAUCCUCACUUGUCUUGCACUAGUAAAGGAGAGAAUACAGAGCAGAUCUAAGGGUGUAGGGAGGGAUAGAUGUAUGUAUCUGUCUUCAGAUCACCCCAUGAAUUUUCCCACUCCUUUUAAUAUCCAGCCUAAUGUUCUCAGGCUGGAAUAUGCAUGGUCCCUUGAUUCCCUUCCAGUGCUAUAAUUUUGUGAUUCUUUGAUUCCAGAGCAGAAUCUGCCUUCCUGUCUGGCUAAACUGCUGACUGUUUACUGCAAAUAGUAAGAAACAACAUCUUAACAAGCAAGAAAAAGGAAGCAAGCUUAUUUGUUCCCCCACCAGAGAAUAGAUAACAUAAGCCUAUAUCUUGUGCGAAAAAGCCUAGUUUCCUUGGGCUAUAAUAUUUUCUUACAUGUGCUUUUUUGCAAAGCUCCCACUGUGUUUGUUUCCACCUCCCCCACCCUCUUUCUCAAACACACUCAUAUCAGGAUAGAAUUCCCUCACCUGAAGGAGGCAUAAACUGCUGAUUGACUCAUUAACAAAUCCCAUCAAAAAUAAUGUCUAUUUAUACUAACAGCCAGGUGGGGGAAGAGGGCAGAGAAAUCAGCAGGGACUAAACAAGGUGUCAUGUGGAAGGAUAAUUACAAGGGGAGGAAGUUCACGUCAAAGGGCUGAAAAAAUAAAACAUGUUAGAGCUGUGAGAUUUAUGUAGUUUUAGAUUGCCAGCCCUUCCUCCAUGCCUAGGCACCCUAGGUUUCUACCUGCGUAAUAAUAUACUGCAAUCUACCCUAGGCUUCUGCUUGCGUAAUUUCAGUCUCCACAUCCAUUCACCCACCCACAUGCACACUAUUUCUUGAUUUAUAUUCACAGCUCUUCUAUCUGUGCUUGGGUCCCAAUCCAAAAUGCUUCCUUCCCCACAACCCCAGUCUUUGGUCUGUGCUAAAAAUUUAAACUGCAGCAGAUCUGAUGACAGCUCCUUCUCAUCUCAUCUAUUUAGGAUCACAAUAUCCCUCCCUCCACAAAGUGAGAUUUGUCUGUAAUAUGAUCUAGCACACAGGGGGCGUAGGAAGCGGGGUGCAGGGGGUGCGGACCCUUGGGUAUCACCCUUGGGGAGUGACAAAAUGGCACACCGCAGGGGCGGCACUUACUGCGGGGCCUGACCUGCAGUGCACCUGAGCCACAUGUCUCUCCUAGGAGUGACAUGUUGGCUCAGGCCCCUGCAUUGCUCGAAAUGGCAGCAUGGGGCUUGCGCCCGCCAGGCAAACUCCAUGGGCAGCUCGCCAUACUGCCCCCCCUGGACGGAUCGCUACGACGCCCCCAUGUGGCACCCCUGUGCGUGGAUCGUCCCACCCCCACCACUCCGGGGGCUGGAGCAGCUAGUUACACCCCAUUUAGCACAAUGGUGGCUUUUUUGGGGGGGGGGUAAAAGUCAUAGAACCAUUCAAAUGUGCACUGCAGUGCGUAUGUAGCUGAAGCUGUGUCUUGGGGUGGGAUCUGUCUAAUAGGCUAGGGCAGGCAUAGUCAAACUCGGCCCUCCAGAUGUUUUGGAACUACAACUCCCAUCAUCCCUGACCACUGGUCCUGCUAGCUAGGGAUGAUGGAAGUUGUAGUCCCAAAACAUCUGGAGGGCCGAGUUUGCCUAUGCCUGGGCUAGGGAAUAGGCAGACGCUCAGCACUGGCAAGGUGGGUGGUAGUGUCAGUCUAGGCCAAAAAAAAUCCUCCAGGAUUGUCACACGCGUCACCUCCUUAUGCCAUGGGUGACCCAGCUUAGUUUGAUACCCUAUGCACAGGACUGAGAAAGAACCUUGGAGCAAUUUUAACAUGACUAAUCAACAUAUGGGGGAACUAUUGCAAUUGCUUCCUCCUUUUGCAAUGUGCAAGUGAGCCUCUUCUGCAGAUGUCCAGUUCUUUGAAAACAAAUUACUUACCCAGAAAGUGACUGAAAAGCCAGCUCUGUGCCUCUGUAAUUACAAUCACAUGGUGGGCUGAAAAACAGAAGUCAUUUGCAACAGUGCAUUUGUUUUCGAUGAAUUAAUUUUCUCUCUCAUUUCUUUAUAGUUGUUCCCCUUCCCCCCCAGCCCAUAUCUUGAGUGUUUCUUCUAUAUAUUUUUUUUUCCAAAAGGGGAAACAAUUUCCAGGAUGGAUCGAAACAGCUUGCAUAUUUGUGGAAAGAUUAAUAGAGGGCAGAGGUGAAAGGUCAUAAGUGUCCAUCUUAAACAGCUUUCUAAUAAUAUUGUGUUUUUCAAGACAGUCAAGGGAAUAGACCAUGAAUGUAGGAGACUUAAUGAACAAAUCAAAUCAAGGGUAGGGUUCCAUUCCUCUGGGUAUACCAGAUAAAUUCCACAAUUUAUGCAACAGAAAGCAACAGAAUUGAAGCCUUGUUUACACUGAUUUUUAAAAUAUGCAUACGUGCUGAUUUAGAACACUUUGCAAUCUUUGCCUUGCAUCUAUGAGGGCAACUCCCUCUGAACGCAGCAGGGCUCACUUCUAAGUAGACAUGUAUAGGACUUCACUAGUAGACCCUACGUUUGACCUAUUCUGCUGCAGAUGUAAUGGUUUAGUGGGCGUAACUCUUACCUUUACAGGUAAGCUACAUCCCAGCCAUGCAAAAGUCAGGGUGGGCUUUACAUCAAACCACAAAAACAGACCUCUCCUUUCAGGCAAGCAAGAGGCAUUAUCACAGCUCAAGGACACAUUCCAGCCACAUUCCAACACAAAACACUCAAGAAGGAAGUGGAACAAGCCUAGCACUCAGCUAGAGUAAAUGGCAAUUCGGGUUUCCUCUAGUUUGCCAUUUCUUCUGAUCUAUUGCUUUUUGCUUGGCAAUGAGUGGGGCAAGGGGAAAACUGCUUGGACCCAUGCCUAGAAGGUGCAGGUCAAUUGAAAAACUGCUUGGACCCAUGCUUUCUAGGCACAGCACAAGCUGAAGUGUGGACGAACCCAUCAAGUAGCUCAGAGGCUACAGGCUUGAGUUCCCUGCACAUAGUUCACAGUAUAAAAGAGGCACAUGGACACUCAUCCUAUACGAUCCUGCACCUCCCUCAUGAUUCUUUCAUUCCAUUUUUAUCAAUGCAGAGGAGGGAAGCAAAUCUCACCCUAGGCAUGUUGUAGUCCACGGGUAGCCAACAUGGUGCCCACCAGAUACGUUGUUGGGCUACGACCCCUAUCAUCCCUGGCCAUUAACCAUGCUGGAUGAGACUGAUUGUGGUCCGACAAUAUCUGGAUGGCAUCACAUUUGCUACUUGUGUUUUAGAUUUUUUUUUUUUUAAGGGCAAGUGGGGUAGCACUAAUUUCCCCACUUGCCUGGAGUCAAUUUCAUUUCAGAUGGUGCACCAAAACCUUCUGCAUGCAGCACAGCACCCGAACCAGGAGUCAUUUCCCAUUUUCUAGAAACAACAACCAAAAAAUUGCAAUUACAUUUCUCCAUCCCAUUAGCUGCAGACAAAGCAAAAUACAAAACCGUACAAAAUCAAUGCACAGCUGUAUAUUAAAGACUUCAUACCAAUCAAAGGGAGUUUCUCAUUGACUUUGUAUUGUUCGUUUCGUAUCCACUGACCUGAAUAUAAUUCAUCAGGGAAGUCAAUGCAGAACUCCCAGUGACUGGAAUGGACUCUGAGCGUUAUGAGCUCUAUUCAAGGAAGUGGGAGGGGUUUUGUUUUUCAUUAUCAUCUGAACUGUGGCUUCAUCACUUUGAAGCUGUGAACUGAAUAUUUGCUGGCUAUAUAUAAUUGUGAUGGCUCAAAUGACAGAUUAUGCAAACAUGAAUUUAAGUAAUAAUAAAGAAAACAAUGGAGCACUGAAGAGUUGUGCCUUUGAAAAUCCCAGUGCAGAUUCAGUCUUGAAUACAGAAAAAGGGUGGUGGAUUUGACCCGCAGAGACUGGGGUGCAGAUCCCUGUAGGCCUGUACCAGUUAUUUUCCAAUUUUGAUUUGUUUGGUUGAAAAUUGUGAUGAGGAAUAAUUGGAAGGGACCACAUCUAGUCCAACCCCUUGCAAUGCAGGAAUCUCAGCUAAAGCAUCCAUGACACAGGGCCAUCCAAUCUCUGCUUAGAAACCACUCUUACUAUCUGAAAGAGAUUCUUAAGAUUGAAUUAGAAUCUCCUAUCUUGCCAUUUUUAAAUAAAAAGAAAGGGGGAGAGGGAGAAAGAACUAUAUUCUCCGAUGCGUCUGUGAGGUACAAACAAAUUGCUAUCUGUUCACCAAGAACCCAUUAGAAGUUGCUUCCUGCCACUAGUGAUAUGCUUUGUUGAGCCCUGCUUCUGAUUAAUCACUUUGCUACUGUUAGAAGUGAUAUUUAAAUUACUAGCAAUUAUCAUAAGAGUCUUCUUUUUUGUUAAUAAUAAUAAUAAUAAUAACGAUAAUAAUAAUAGUGGCAAUUUUGUGCUUUCCUGCAGCUUUAUUUGCAUUUAAUUUGUUUUAAGUAGUAGCAUGGGAAAUUUUAAUAGAAAAGAAUAUAUAUUUAUUAUCUGCUUGUUUACAGUAGCUAUUCUCAGAAAGGCUUCAGGGACGGGAAUGUUAGCAAAAAUAGUGUAGGAAUAAGUGACUCACAGAUAAAAAUUAAACAAAGAAUCCUGAGGCACAGUUAGGACUAAAAGGGGAAAGAUCAACCCGUGCUUUGGCAGAGCUCUGUAUGGGGGAGGUAGAAAGAAAGAAAGGAAAAGGAUAAUUUGGGGUGACAAGUUGAGGGAUCAUAUCAGCCACUGCCUGAGAGCCAUCAGCAGGGGACCCCAACCCUGCAGUGGAGGGUAAAGCAUUUGCAAGAAGGCUGGACACGUGGAUGCCUGAAAGCUGUCAAAAAUAAAUCAGUUAAGAUAACAGGACUUUGCACCUCCAGGAUAUGGAUUCUAAAAGCAGCUGACACAAAAUGAGUCUUUCAUGCAUUCUUUCUUUAAAAUGCACACCAGUGAGAAUAUCUCCACAUUAUCUCACACUUUUACACACUCUUACACAGUUAUUAUGCCACAUGUGUUGCCAUUCAUUUGGAUAUGGAAGAGGAAAGAAAGUGAUGGAUGAUGAAAGUGACCGACUGGUGGAAGAAAGCAUGGGAGGAUUUUCAAAAUCAGAGCUGCCCAUCUUAUAAGCACUUACUCAGAAGUAAGUCCCAUUGAACUCAACAGGGCUCUGUUCUUUAGCACAUAAGAAAUUCCUGCUGAAUCAGACCAGUGGCCUAUCUAAUCUCAUCCUGUUCUCUGGCUAACCAAAUACCUAUGGGAAGCCCACAAAUAGCAGUAGUCAUGCAGAACAGCCAUGCACUUUGGAGCAUCAACAAAGCUUAUAGUUGGCAUCUAUGUUUCAUUCCAGCACGCUUCACUAGUGCCUAUGGUCAUAUAAUGAAGGAAAAGCAUAUUCAGAGUUCUUCUCCUACAUGUCUGGCAAAUGUUGUUAGCACCAUUAUAUGUGUAACUCUGACAUGGGUAAGGAGAUUUUGAUGGAGUCCCUUUAUGGGCGUCUCUAAGGUGGUACUUCUGUUGAAUACUACCUUCAUAUUGUUUUAAUGAGAGGCAGCAUCUAGAUGUUUUAAAUAAACAAGUGGUGCUGGAUUUAUUUGGCUCUAUUUAAUGUGCUUUAUUGUUUGUUUGUAUGCUUUAAUUACACCACUAUUCAUGAGAUUUCAAAGUAGUUCACAAAAUAAAACAAUAAAACAACAAAUAGACACCACCUCAAACCCAAUAAAUGAAUGGUUCAAUGAAGAAAACCACCACAGCAUUCUUUGCUCAACAGAGACACGGGAGAUAGGGAAUUCAGGGAGCACAGAGUGCAACAGCUAGGGUUUUUCCACAGUUCACAUCCUGCAGAUUCCUCCAUGCAUACUUCACUUCAGUACCAGGGACAGCUCCAUUCAUGCCUCCCCAUUGCAGAUAGUCAUGCAGUGGUCGAUGCUGAAAUGAUUAAGUUCUCAUUGCAGUAUAGAGAGCUGCCUUAUAGCAGGUCAGAUUAUUUGCCCAUCUAGUCCAGUAUUGACUGCUCUGGCAGGCAGGAGCUUUCUGGAGUCACAGUUUGGAGUUUCCCCCCAUCACCUUCUGCUUGAUAUAUACAGAUGACAGAGGUUGAACCUGAAUUGUGAAACAGGCACUCUUUCACCAAGCUGCAAGUCCUUUGCUUCUUGCUAAUUUUGUGGGUUCAUUGGAACACCCAUGAACCUUUCAAUUAGACAUUAAAUGCUCAGUUCCAUGUUUGGAAAUGCAGUUGUUAUGAUUAAGGUGAUGUUUUAUGGGAUGGCAUGUUCUACAUUUGAGAAAAGGUGAAUGCCGGGGCAGAGCUCCCUUUCAGCAGACAUCAGAGGCUAACAUAAAUGUAAAGAGAUAGGGUGAGGCAGCUGCUCUGGAUGGACAAGUGUGUGACACAAGGGGGUGAUGUUCUGUCUUAUUAACUCUCUGGUCUGUUAGGAGUUCUGACUUGGAACAAAUGCAUCUAGUUAAGACUGGAGGUGGAAAAAGAAGUGACAGAAAUGUUCUUUUUCUUUGUUGUUGUUGUUGUUAUUUGAACCAGGAGUGGGGAACCUCAGGCCCAGGAGCUGAAUGCAGCCCCCCAGGUCUCCCCAUUUGGCCCUCAGGACUCUGCCCAGGCUAUAUACCUCCCCACAAACAACCCCUCACUGAUGCUGUGCACCCUCCUCAACAGCUUUUGCCUGGCUAGACAAUGUCUUUCAACUGCAAUAAUGCCUCUUCCUCAGAUUGAUGGAUGUAUGUGUACACAAACCUCUCUGGUCCUUGCAUGGCUGAAAUGUAGGUACAAAAGGUAAGAGCUACAUGCCCUGCCCAACUUUUGUCUUGGCCGCUGGAAGGUUGCUCACAAUGAAGAUUCAGGGCAGAGAAAAGAACGUAUGAGGACAAGGAUGGCUACAAGCCAUGAUGGCUAUGCUCCCCCAUCGUGGUCAGAGGCAGUAAUGCUUCUGAACGCCAGUUUUUAGAAACCACAGGAGUGGCGAGUGCUCUUGUGGGCACCUGGGUGCCUACUCUGAGUACAGGAUGCUGAACAAGCUGGCACAUUGGCCUGAUCCAGCAGGCUCACAUUAUGUUCUUACGCACAAGAGAAUGUGGUCCUUGGGCUUUCUAUGCACAAUAAGGCAGGGUAUUUUUGUUUCCAAAUAAAUGUUGUUGUUUUUAGAAUAGACAUAUUCUAAAAAGGGGGAGGGAGGGAGAGAGAAGCCCUGUUCUGCUAGAAGAAAUCCUAGGUUCUCAUUUCAGGGCUUCUCAUAAACUCUGCUAACUCAAAUGACUUCUGCUGAUUACCUCAUGCCUAUUUCGCUUGCAUUUUAUUUCCUUUUCCUCCACCAGGGAUCGAUGGUGAAAUGAACCAUUACUUCUCAGUAAUGCUUGUCCCUCAUGCUCCUCUGGAGAAGCAACUUGACAGCACAGUUGUCUGAGGCAGCCUCUUCUCAUUAUCCGUCUCACGCUUUCGUGGCUCCGGCUACUGAGCUCUUAUUAACUGCUGGUUCUCUCAUUUUAUUUCUCACUUCCUCUUUAACUGUCUUGUGAGCUCCACUCACCCCUUUAAACUGCUCUGAAGCCCUCUUCCUUUUAUCUGGUUCUCUUGUGCAUUAUCAAUACAGAGUGGUGGUCUUGUUUUUUUGCCCCUUUUCAGAAGCUGGCACUUGCUCCAUGAACUCUAAACCAGGGAUGGGAGUGUUUGUGGCCAUUCAGAUGUUGUUUGGCAGGUGGAAGUUGGAGCCAAAAAACAUUUGGAGGGCCAACAGCUUCCCCGUUACUGCUCUAAAUAUGUAAAACUGCCUUGAACAGAGUCAGACCAUAUGGUCCUUGUUGGGCCUGGGAUUUUCCACCAUGGCAACCCUAACUCACUGAUGAUUCUCCUGCCAUCCCUUGUGGCCACAGGUUAGGCAUGUUAGCAGAAGCAGCUGAAGAAAACAGACUGAAUCCAGAAAACACAGGACCUGUCAAACUUUUAAACUAAUAGGCCGAACAAAACUGUAGCAGUAAAAAUGUUGUACCUAAUAGUUUACAGACCAAGUCCUAUAUAUGGCAGCAGAACAUACCAGGAUAGGCUUCUAACAGAAUGAAUCUGCUGCCCCUUCUAAACAAAAUAAACCAAGGCUGGAGGAAAUUCAUUUUGCUCCAUGCAACUGCUAAGCAUGCAACAUGCCCUGUCCUCAUUAUGGCCCAUGCAAGGAUGUCAACUUGAAUAAAAUUGGGGGGGCAUCCCAAAUAAUUGAUCACAUGAUGUGGCACAUGCACACCAUUUAAAUUGCAAUGCCCAUCAAGUUUGUUUUGGGGGGUGUCCUCCAAAAAAGUUUUAGGGGGGCCUGAAGGGACCUUGCCCCCUACCAGUUGGCUCUUAUAGACCCAUGUUCUCUGGAAGCAUCCCCGUGUGACUCCUGUCACUGUAUCUACUGACUGCAUUAAAACUUUUAGAACAAAUUAACCCUCAGCUUGCACUCUUUGGUUUAGCCGACCCCCCCUUUCAUUGUUGCUGCAAGAAGGACUGCAUGUGGUCCAAUCACAGCUACCCAAAUCUGAUGUCACAUGGACACCCCUGGACAGGAGUGACUUCAUCUAGAAGCCAAGUCUCAGAUGAGAAAAACUGGGAGGCAGAAUGGAAUCAAGAGGUCCUAUAGAGAGAAGACAACACAGGAGUGCUUCUGGUCCAUGGGGUCAUGAAGAGUCGGACACGACUAAAUGAUUAAACAACAACAAUAGAGAGGAGAGGACACUUGGUGUGGGGGGGGGGAGAGGAGAGUGACCAUGGAUUUUGCGGAGGAACUACAAGCUGUGCAUCUAGCUGAAAAGCCUCAGCUUGAGGAAGAAGGCAGCAGGACAGAAGGCCCAGUGAGGAAGCUGAACUCCACUUCCUCAUCUAAACCCUUCUCUAAUGGCCUCAAUGAGACUUUGAGGGAUAAGAAGGACUCUUUGAAGAAACAGAGCCUUCCCCCCAACCAAAUCAUGGACUUUCCUCCUUCAGCAAGUAGAACAACAGGUUAGGGGCAAGGAGAGAGAAGGUUCAGGAUUAUUAGUUGCACCUAGUAUUAGUCCUACUCAUAGCAGAUCCAUUGAAAUUACUAGGCAUGACUCAAGUUCAUUCAUUUUAAUGGGUCUCCUCUGAGUAGGACUAGCACUGGCAACCACCCUAUAUCUGUGACCAUUUCUCUUUCUCUCUCUGAUUGAAUUCAAACAAUUUCUGUGCAAGGUGGUACAAAUCAGAGCAGGGAUCGCUUCCAAGUGCUUCCUGGCAUCUCACUGGUCCAAGUGUAAAGAAGAUGCUAUAGGCAAAUGUUUGCUUAAAGCAAAAGUAAUGCCUCUGGCUCUGCCAUACUGUUAUAAUGUUAGGAUGAAGUGAUGGGGGAGGGAACGGAAUGCAAACAGCAGAAUGGUGAGAAAAUGGAGGGAGACCUCUCUCUCUCUCGGUGUGUGUGUAUUAUUCAUGAUUUACAACACUUUCAUCAAUUAAUAAACAAUUCUACAUUUGAAUUGUCAUAAAGCUAUUCCGAGAAAGGCCCUGUCUUACAGUUUCUAUAUUCACAACAAGGACUCGUUUUAGGUUCUGAUUUGGUUGCUCUCUCCUCAAGCCCAUACACUUGGGCCAGUGUUAUAUGUCUGACUAGACAUUUCCUUGCUUUGGGGCAAUCGACCCUUUUAUAUCCCUCUACCUUAACUUGGUGCUUAGUCGAGGAGUCGUUCUUUCACAUUGAUUUUACAUUUAAAUGGAAAUGUAUCCAAAACACAUUUAAGAGCAUUGGCUUCAGCCCUUACACGGAAUCGUUCAGCCCUGCAUUGGCAGUGUGAAUCCAUCUAUUUCAGAAACAGGAGCAGAACAAAAGAAGAAUAUUUAUCCGGGAUAAUGAAAUAUUUGAUUAGCUGCAUGAACCAAUUAGGCCAAGCAGGGAUGAAAGAACAGAAUGUGCCUUUGUGGGAUUCUUUAUUUCACACAGAUCAAACCUUUCUGUAACUGAACUAGCUGCCCUUUUCUGUAGAUAGGAACUGUAUUACUUGAUGGGGUGGGGGAAAGGAUGGUUAGAGAGGGAGAGUGCCAGUUGCCCAAACCUCCAGGGCUCAGGGGCCUUUCCAGCAUAGACGUCUCUAAAUAUAUUCAGUUGAACCAGACAGAGAAUAGGGGAAAAUGCAUAUCUUCUUAACAGUUAGGUAGCAAUAAGAGAUCUCUUUCAAAAAUCCUAGGAUUCAGGACAUCAGAACCCACAGGCAGCUUUCAGGGUCCUGCUAAGGCCCACUAAUAAAAAUAAUAAUUUUAUUAUUUGUAGCCCGCCCAUCUGACUGGGUGGUCCCAGCCACUCCAGGCAGCUUCCAGCAUCCCUUCCAGGUCCCUUGGCGCUGGACCUUAGUGUCUGGGCUGAAUGAUGGGAGCGGAGACACUCUUUCAGAUAUACAGGGCCAAGGCUGUUUAGGGCUUUAAAGAUCAGACCAACACUUUGAAUUGUGCUCGAAAAUGUAAGGUUAAGGUAAAGGUAAAGGGACCCCUGACCAUUAGGUCCAGUUGUGGAUGACUCUAGGGUUGCGGCGCUUAUCUCGCUUUACUGGCCGAGGAAGCCGGGUCAUGUGGCCAGCAUGACUAAGCCGCUUUCUGGCAAACCAAAGCAGCGCACAGAAAUGCCGUUUACCUUCCCACCAGAGCGGUACCUAUUUAUCUACUUGCACUUUGACGUGCUUUUGAACUGCUAGGUUGGCAGGAGCAGAGACUGAGCAAUGGAUUCAAACCGCCAGCCUUCUGAUUGGCAAGCCCUAGGCUCUGUGGUUUAACCCACAGCGUUACCCUCGUCCCUUGCUUGAAAAUGUACCGAGAGCCAAUGUAGGUCUUUGAGGAUUGGUGUUAUGUGGUCCCACUGCUAAUUUCUGGUUGCGGCUCAUUUCCAGUGUUCCAAUUAGCACCUUCAGGUUUCUCACGAUUUUCUGCCAUAGGCCCAUGGCUGCAUUUAACUUUCAGAGGAUGCUAAAAUGUCAUACCCAUCUUAGAAAGACAUUCUUUCAUGUGUGGAAGAAGAUGGGGUGGGAGACGCCUCUCCCAAUGUGUUUCCUGCCACCUGUGGUUCUUCAAAAGCCUUGUGCUAAAAUGAAUCAAUGUAAUAAUUAAUCUAACCCAUCAAUUGACUAAAACCCCAGAACCCAAUGGGACCACCUGUUCUAAGAGAUGUGUGAUGUGUGUCCCUCCAUGCCAUGGUUUGAUUUGAAAGGCUAUUACUGACUUGAAGUUCCUACCACAUUAAUCUACCUUAGUGUAUAUAUCUGUGCACAGACAACCCACAAUCACAACACUCCCGUGUGGUGAUGGGUGAAUGUGACCAAUUUGACUUCUCUCGGUUUCUCAUCUUUCCAAUCUUAAGUUCAGUUCUUCACAUUUCUACAUCACUUUUUGAUUUUCUUUUUAAUGAAAAAUCAUCGGCAUUUUAGUGCAAAUGUCUCCUAAUAUUUAUGUUUGUAUGCAAUUUUGCCCAACACACAGAUUUUUUGCAAAGCAAUUUACUACAUUGUAAUGCAUUUCUGCAUGUUAUUUUCUCCAAAGUAUGCAUUUUUGCACACACCUGACCCUACUAUAUGCAUUUCUGUACACAUUACUUGGCUGGAUAACUUCAUCACAAAAUUCAGAGAAGUGUGAAUUUUGAAGAUGACUAUGUUUUGGUUCUCAUAUUCUUCCAAAAAGUGGGAAUUGGGUAGCUCCUCCUUUUGAUGUGGAUUGACUUCCCUGCCUUUCACUACUCCCAUGUCUCCUCUCUUCACCUACCACUCUUACUUGAGCUCUCAAAGUAUGUAGGCGCAGGAAUUCAAUGCUGUGUUUUUAUUUUAACCAUGCUCCCCAGACAACAUCUGAGUGUUCUGGCCUGGCUGGAAUGUGUCGUUGAACACUAAAAGCUCUUGCUCAUCUGGAUGUAGGAUAAAGAGGAUAAAGAGGACUAUGUGCAUGCAGAAAGUUGCCUACUGUAUGAGGGUGAAAUUCCCAUCAAUGGCCCUGCUCCCUUUUGCCUCUGGCUCCACCCACUCAUAGCAUGUGGUCCUCAGAAAGUUGCCCAUGAAGGAAUGUGGUCCUUGGGCAGAAAAAUAGUCGCCAUCCCCAUCCUAGCCCGUUGCCUGCCUUGCUUGUCUUUUGUCAUUUGGACCUUUGUGCUUUAGCUUCUAGAUCUUGCCCUCAGCCUUUCUCCUGCAUAGGAGUGUCCCUGUUUUCAUUGUAAAAUGUUGGAUGUUUUGUGAGAGCAAAAUUAGCCACUGCUAGAUAAGCUAUGCUGGGACUCAUACUGACAACAACAAAAGUUUCGUUCUUACAACUUGCUGAGGAAGAGAUGGGAAGCAGCACUUAGAAUCGACUCAGGCCCUCCUUUUGACAAAUCACAGCCACUUUGCCAUAAUAGGCUCUGAGGGUCCAAAUAAACCCCCUUUUCAGAAAACUCCAGCUCCCCCUACUGGUUUAAGGAUGCAUUCCCUGAAACAGCUGUGUCCACCAGAGACAGCCCUUUAGAAAGUAGAAAGUAGAAAGUAGAAAGUAGAAAGUAGAAGCAAACCUGUUUUCUUGUACUACUCUAGCACAUUGUUGUUGUUGUUUAGUCAUUUAGUCGUGUCCGACUCUUCGUGGACCCCAUGGACCAGAGCACGUCAGGCACUUCGGUCUUCCACUGCCUCCCACAGUUUGGUCAAAGUCAUGCUGGUAGCUUCAAGAACACUAUCCAACCAUCUCGUCCUCUGUUGUCCCCUUCUCCUUGUGCCCUCCAUCUUUCCCAACAUCAGGGUCUUUUCCAGGGAGUCUUCUCUUCUCAUGAGGUGGACAAAGUAUUGGAGCCUCAGCUUCAUGAUCUGUCCUUCUAGCACAGAAUGACUUAAUUGUCCGGAAUGAUCACCUCAUAAUGACCUAUUGUGAGAAAAAGUAGAAUUAGUAGUGGCUGGACGUUAAAACCUCUGGCAGCAUGUGAACACAACAGACCUUCUAUUAAAAGCAUUUGUACUUGAUCACCCAUCCCUGAGCUAUCAAAUCGUGGUUCUGGCAGCUUUUCCCACCAACCCAUGCAUUAUUCUUUUGAAUUAAAUUUAAACACAUCCUAACAAAUGUUGAUGAAUAGCUAAAGCUGCUGUUCCUGGAUCAUGAAACGACCCCAAGAGCCUCAUUCCCCAGAAACAGGUUUUGCCAAGAGUCCUCCCGCUUUUUAAAGAAUUGUCUUUACAGUUUCCUUUUACAUCAUUAGCACUGUGUAAAUGAUAAACACGACUGGCAGCUUGCAGUUCAUGUGUUGCUUAGUUGUGUUUUUGUUUCAUACCUGCUAAUUACCCACCGUACUUCCAGCAUUCGGGCACAAGAGGGAAUUAUCUAAGCAGAUGAAGUUUGUCACGCGAGGAUGAGCAAAGCCGUACAAGCAGACGUCUCCCCUUCCGAAAGAGAUCAUCAAGAGACAUAGGAACUGUUUCCUGCUUCACCCUUCCCAAAGUGAAAGGAACAAUUCUUGGGAGGACUCUCUGAAAUGGUUCAGAGAAGAGUGAGGUCAGGGCUGAGCAGCUUCACUAUCUCCAGUAUUCCCAUAAUGCUUUGGCAGCAAAAUGUUACAAAUCAGGAUUGGAGGCUUCUGCAACUUCCUAAACGGCCUCGGCCCAGUAUACCCGAAGAAGCAUCUCCACCCCCAUCGUUCAGCUCAGACACUGAGGUCCAGCUCCGAGGGCCUUCUGGCGGUUCCCUCCCUGCGAGAAGUGAGGCUACAGGGAACCAGGCAGAGGGCCUUCUCGGUAGUGGCGCCCACCCUGUGGAACACCCUCCCAUCAGAUUUCAAGGAAAUAAACAACUAUAUGACUUUUAGAAGACAUCUGAAUGCAGCCAGCCCUGUUUAGGGAAGUUUCUAAUGUUUAAUGUUCUAUCGCUUUUUAUUAUUAUCAUUGGGUGGGGUAUAAAUAAUAAUAAUAAUUAUUAUUCCAUGGUAGGUGAAUCCUCCUUAGGGAGAUCAAACUGCAUGUGUCUAUCUAGUCCAGGAAGGGGGAACCUUUGGCUCUUCAAGUGUUUUGGAUUCCAACUCCCAUCAGCACCAGAUAGCAUGGCAAUAAGGAUGAUGAAAGUUGUCGCCCAUAUUGGGGUGUGUGUGUUUGUAGGCUCCUCAUCCCUGAUCUAGUUCAUUAUUGGGCUCUAACUACCAGCAGCUCUUCAUAUACACCAUAUAUACACCAGCAACUUAAAAGCAAGGCAAAGCUUGCACCCACCAAUGAGAACUUCGCCCAAUUAUAUAUUAAGUUGCUGGUGUAUAUAUAUAUGGUGUAUAUAUAUAUAUAAAUAAAAAUAAAAAAGGAUCAGGUUGCAAAUGUCUGAGAGCAUGAAGAGCUGCAUUUAAAUGACUUCACAGCAACAAACCACCCCCCAAAUUAUCAAACCAUCCCCAUAUCCUUUUGUUUUUGCUUUUGGUCAACUAGUCUCAAUGGAAAAAGAAACAAAAACAAAAGACCCAGGAUGUUUUUUUGGCACAGCACACCAUCCCUUUCUCUUCUCCGCAGCAAAAAAAGGGAUGGUUUGUUGCUGUGAAGUCAUGUUGGGCUAGUGCAGGAGUUCUGUGCAUCUCCCCACAAUGAAAUAAUCUCUCUCCUUUGUGCAAUAUGUUACAACACUUAGGUAAACGAGUCAAGAAGCUCACAAGCGGGUGGGCAUCAAAGGGUAAGAGGAAACACCGUGGUACACAUGCCGAUUCUUCCUGGCAUUCAGGUACUCGCUCAAAAGCCUAUCCCACUGGAAGUAAUGUGCUGCAUUUAAAUGUGCAUUUAGUUGCAGGUGCCAUGCCCCUGCAUCACAUUUCUCAAUGCCAGGGAACAUGCAACCCACUUGCCUUACCCAUAGGGGCACAUUUCUUCUUCAGCAACAGAUUGCAAGAAUGAUGACCAUGAACAGGUGUGUCAAAACGAUCACAAGACUGGAUACAGUGGAGGUUUGGGUGAAUAUGUUGCCUCUCUCCAUUGCAGGGAAUAUCCAUCUUUGUGGGAAAUUCAGCAGAGGCCUGCUCCGAAAUGCAGGGCUAUUCGAGGCUACCUUUUCGCUGCCAAACAAUUGAAGAGCGGAACAUAUGCCUUAGGGGCCAAUAUGGGAUCGUCUCACCUUGAAAUGAGAUUUAUCAUAAGAGGCAUGCCUGGUUUCACAGUCUAAUGUGGAUAUAUCGGAAGGUGGCUGAACUUUCCUCAAGACUCGAGCCAUUGACACCAUUCAUCCCCAGGUCUUGCAUAUAUACGGAGUGAAUGGAAGCAAUCAUUGGACUCUGUAAUUGCCUCUCCCUGUUGCGGACAAAAUCUGGAUAUUGUUGAUGUGUGGGUGGGCUAAAAGACUUUGAUCUUUGUCCAUUCCAGUCUGAAGUGACUUGCUCCAUAAGCCGCUGGACUAAUGUGUGAAUGGGAACUUAGUUGCCUUCUAGCUUUGCACUUCCCAAACGUUCCAAUGCAAAGGUCAUAUUUUUGAAAGAAAAAAAAAAGGUAGAAAAAGUACACUUGAAAACAAGUAUUUUGAGAGAGAAAAAUAUCAGUGCCUGCUCUGAGAACGAAUGAAUUUUAAAAUAUUUUCAAUGAGCAUUUAAAUGUGAUUUCCUGCAAAAAAAACCAACAACAAAAACUUUUUCUUUUAAUGCCACAAAUAAAUAAAUCAAAAGGUAUGGAAUGGACUAAAGGGUGAAGAAAUGGGAAAAUGCUAUGGGCUGGAAGUAGAGUGAUUCACCAUUUCCCAGGUGGGACUACAAAAUCUAGAAAGCAUGGAAUAUAGGGGGAAUCAGUCUUUUUGACCCAGUGGGCACAUGGGCAACCUCACUUCUUGCAGGGAGCGAACUGCCAGAAGGCCCUUGGAGCUGGACUGCCAUGUCCGGGCUGAACGAUAAAGGUGGAGAUGCUCCUUCAGGUAUAUAGGACUGAGGCCGUUUAGGGCUUUAAAGGUCAGCACCAACACUUUGAAUUGUGCCUGGAAACGUACUGGGAGCCAAUGUAGGUCUUUCAGGACUGGUGUCAUAUGGUCUCGGUGGCUGCUCCCAGUCACCAGUCUAGCUGCCGCAUAGGGCUGCAUAUGUAAGUAACAGCACCUUGAACUUGGCCCAGUAAACAGCUUGAUAGACAAUGCCAAUCCUGCAAGGAGGGUGACUUUUUGCACCUUUCCUGAAUUCGGAACAGAUGGAAGAGUGGGUGUCCAAUCCUGGCAUCUAAUGAAACGUGGGCAUGUUUGAUAGGGCAUGUUCAGUGCCUGAGAGGCAAAGCAAGUGCAAAUAAGCAGUGAGCAGGAAGAACAAACAGUCCCUCAUGCAUUGCGGAUUCUUGAGGAAAUAUUUACAGAAACCUUUCAUGGGCAACGUAGGAGGUACCAGUGGGUACAUUUGUGCCCACAUUGGUGACCCCUCAUGCAAGAUUUGUCAAAUGAUACUUGGGGAAUGGAGUGUACAUAACGGAUUCUUCUUCACAGAUUACUAUAGUGUCAUAAUGGGGCUUUUCAGGGAUGCUGUUACAUCAUCAUCUCAUGGCCAUACAAUUAACUUUAUUGCAAUCAACAUCUUUAUGUAUUAAAAUAUGUCCUCUAACGCCGAAGAAGUUAGCACUUUAUUCUCCCCGAUACUGGGCUUCCCUUCACAGUAGUGCACAUCAAUAGCAAUUAUGUGACUUUUCAGCGAGAAGGCAACCAGCAGGAGACACUUAAAAGUGCCAAAUGACAUUUUCAAACACAUUUCAUGGUGAGAAUUGCUUCUUCCCUUGUCGGAUUAGAGACAGAGUCCUUUUACUUUCUUUUCAAUAUGAACUUAAAGCCUUUGCUUUUGAAGACUGGAGGCUUGUUUAUGCACUGCUUUUGUCUUGGGCUGAAAUCAGAGUGGUGAAAGUCAGUUCCCCCAUAUCAGUCUGCAUAAAAUUUAUUUGGGAGUGCACUGUCCUCCAGUUGCCCCCAUCUCCAUAGGGUGGGCAGUAGGAGGGUGGGUAGAGAAGAGAUGGGGCACCUGUGGCUCUCCAGAUGUUGUCAGAGUCCUCUGCCCAUCAGUCCCAGCAGGCAAGGCCAAUGGAAAGGGAUGGGGUGGGAGUUGUAGUACAGCAACAUCUGGAGAACUGCAGGUUAUGCAUUCUUGGGGUAGAGGACUGUUUCUUGGUGCGAUAUCUAAAUUUGAAUCUAUUCAUAUACAUUAGUAUAUGUAAAUUGUAUUCAAAUCUCUGCUGUCUUUUGUUCUUUCUUUUGAUGAUGCAUAUCCCCUUUUCUGUAGGUGCAUCAGGGACCCCCCUUUAUGGCAGAGUAUUAAGGGAGUGCUCUCUCUUUUAAAUGAAAGGUUUUGUUAUUAUCAAAGCUUUAAAAGGAAAGAAAAAACAAUGUACAAAAGUUAACAUAAAAACUGAAAAAGAGAAAAUAAAGAAGAAAGUACAAAUGAAAAGAAAAAUAUUUCUUUUUAAAAUAAUUUUUUAUUGGGUUUUACAUUUUUUAUCAUAUUGCAACAUAUCAGAUAAUCAAACUCAAUAAUAUACAUUCCCCCAAUUUUGCCCCCCCUCCCAACUUCCCUCAACUUCCUCUUCUGGUCCCCCCCCCCCAUAUUGACUCCCCCUGCUUGCUUUCAGAUCUCUUCAUAUGGUAGCUCUAUAUUAAUUGUUGUUGUCUUUUAUCCGUCUAUCCUCAUCUUUAUAGUUUUUAUACUUAUUCUUUUGUUAAUUGUAAGUGUUUACUCAAAGACAUUUUUUUUCCCAUUUUUUCUUUGAAAAGAAAAAGAUUUCUGAUUCUCUGACAGCUACAGUAUCUAUAAAGGUAAAGGUAAAGGGACCCCUGACCAUUAGGUCCAGUUGUGGCUGACUCUGGGGUUGCGGCGCUCAUCUCGCUUUAUUGGCCGAGGGAGCCGGCAUACAGCCUCUGGGUCAUGUGGCCAGCAUGACUAAGCUGCUUCUGGCGAACCAGAGCAGUACACGGAAACGCCGUUUACCUUCCGCCAGAGCAGUACUUAUUUAUCUACUUGCACUUUGAUGUGCUUUCGAACUGCUAGGUUGGCAGGAGCAGGGACCGAGCAAUGGGAGCUCACCCCAUCGCGGGGAUUCGAACCACCAACCUUCUAAUCGGCAAGUCCUAGGCUCUGUGGUUUAACCCACAGUGGCACCUGCAUCCCAUACAGUAUCUAUAGACUUACGAAAAAGACGUGCCCAUUUAAUCAUGCAUUCUUUAACUUAUUCCUCUUCCAUUUCAAAUUUCAGCCAGUGUUUAUACAUUUUUGAUAUAACAUGUUCAUCAUCAUUACACAAUUGCAUCUCAAAAUCCAUCUUACUUUGUUCCAUGCCCAUAUUUUAAUCCAACUUAAAUCUCUCUACUAGUUGUAAAUAAGAAAACCACUGAAACUUGUGAUCUCCCAUUACUAAUUGUUCCAUUAAUUAAUUUAUUUUUAUCAUCUCCUUGAUGCAACUCUAAUAACUCUUGAUAGGAUAAUCACUUCUCUUUUCCUGCCACCAUUUUGUUUAGAAAGCUUCUAUAGAAGCUUUCUAUAGAAAUCUGUUGGGGAGUGCUAAGCACUCUCAAGCCUUCCUCAACCUGGUCUCUCUGGAUAUUGUUGGACUUAUCCCUGACCAUUGCUUCCUUUGGCUGCUGAGUAUGUGGGAACUGGGCACCCAAGAGCACGAAGGCAGCAGCAAAUUGGGAAAGGCUGAGCUUAUCUUUUGGCCAGUGGAAAUAAAGGCAUAUUGGAGAAGUGGGGGCUAUCAGUGGCAAAACAGCAUUAGAGAAAAGGAUGAAGAAGCUUAUAUAUCAACCUGCCCCCUAAUUCUACACUAACUGACCAAGCUGGUGCCCUCUGGAUGUUUAAGACUACAAGUCCCAUCAUGCCCAAGCAGCACACGUCUAUUCAGAGGAAAGUCCUAUUGAGUUCAGUGUGACUUAUUACCAGAAAUGUGGGUUUUGCAUUGCAGCCUGAUAACGUGGUCUGCCCACAUUCACCACAGCAAAAGUCGGAGAAGGGGGAACUGCAGCAACAGAAAUGCUGUGGAAUCCAGAUGCCAUGGUUAGCAUAAAAGCUGAUAACUGAAUAGCAUGCGGCUGUUUCAACACAAACAGCUAAAAAUGCCUUUGAGCUUCUCAUAGGUUAAUGCUUUUAGAUGGAACAGAAUGCAAAAGAGACACAUUUUAAAAUCAAAAGCACCUUCUUUUUAAGAAAUUCAGUGCCCCCCCCCCACAUUUGCAAAUAGGCUUUUCAUGCUACAUACACAGGACCAUGAUCUAGAAUCACCUUAUACUUUGCUCUUAGAUUAUUGCUUUGGGGGUUUUGCUGGUAUUAUAAAUUGCUGUUUAUUACUGAUACAUUAUCAUUGUGUUUUAAGAGCUUUUUAAAAAACUGUUUUGCUUAGGACUCAGUAUAAACUACUUAGCUUGUUCAUAAUAACAGUGUUCAUAAAUGCUGAAAAAAUGGAUCCCACUUCUAUUGAUUUGGGGGGCAGUUGUUGUGAACCUCUUCAUGUUGUUCUGAAACUGCUAUAAAGUUAAGAAAAAAAGUAUGCCGUAAGUCAGGCAGGGCCAAUUGUUUGGCAAUUCUUAUAUUCUUGGCAAAAUCAGCAUAUUUGAUGCAGCUCUCCUUAAUACACAUACAGCAACAACAACCUUAAUAUUCACAGUGUUGCAACAUUCUUCAGUAGGGCUGUACAACCAAUUUGUCUGAAUCCCAAACUACACUGUACUGUUUAUUUUAAUAAUUUGUUCUUAACCUGGAUUGGGCUGAGGUAGUGACAGAUCACUACAAAGAGGCUUGAGUGGAUCCAAAUCAAUUUGUAGCCAUUUAUGCCAAUUCAUAAUGAGAAAAAGGGACGCAGGUAGCACUGUGGUUAAACCACAGAGCCUAGGACUUGCCGAUCAGAAGGUCGACGGUUCAAAUCCCUGCAACGGGGUGAGCUCCCAUUGCUCGGUCCCUGCUCCUGCCAACCUAGCAGUUCAAAAGCAUGUCAAAGUGCAAGUAGAUAAAUAGGUACCGCUCCAGCGGGAAGGUAAAUGGCGUUUCUGUGCGCUACUCUGGUUCGCCAGAAGCGGCUUAGUCAUGCUGGCCACAUGACCCGGAAGCUCCCUCGGCCAAUAAAGCAAGAUGAGCGCAGCAACCCCAGAGUCAGCCACAACUGGACCUAAUGGUCAGGGGUCCCUUUACCUUUACCUCCACAUACCCUCCGAGUGUCCCUAUUUUCCAGGGACAGUCCCGGAAUUACGAAAGCCACAGGUGCCAACUCCUAGGGGCUGAGGUGUGUCUUCAGCCCUCUCAAUAAAUUUUAUUGGGGGGCUCAGCACCCCCAAUAUUGAGGCGGCUGAGGGUGGAGCUGAGAGUGGCACAGCAUCAGUGACAAACUUCUCCUGAGCAUGAGAGAGGAGGAGCUGUGGCCAUUUAAGCUGCACAGCAUUGGGCUCCAUGCGUAGCCUCCUGCCCACAAUGUUGUGCUUCCGUCUCCACCUCCUGCCACUGCUGCCACUGGUGCAAGCCUGCUAGGCUGCUACUGAGGCCGCCACCACAAGGCCUCCCAGGUCGCUAGAAGAACCUUCGACUUUGUAUCAAAUCUGGGGGACAUUUCUUGGAGCUCAUCUUCUAGCUUCCUAAUAAGAUCCUUGAUCUCCUUGCACGUGGAUGUGCUUUAUUCCAUUAGCAGUACACUAUGAGUACAAACAGUGGUUUAUUUAGUCGCUCUGGAGCAUCUUACCUAUAUAUUGUCUGCAUAUACCAUGUAUUGCCUUCUGAUAUAUUACCCGCUUCUUAAUUCCCAGAAUGCAGAAACGGCAAGAACAGAGUUGUGUAUUUACAGCUGUCCUCUUCGCGUUUAUUUUCCUGCUAGCAGCUGUGAGCACUACCGAGGCAGGGAAAAAAGAAAAGCCAGGUAAGGAUGCUAUUGCUUAUUAUGAGUAAUUUCGAAAAGUGGGAAGUUUUCACUUUCCUUGUCUGUUUUAUACAUGUGUUGGUAUACAAAGUGUUUUCUCCCCCCUCCCUUUUCCCCUACCUUGACUAGUUGGGGAAAGGUUGGGAAGAAGAAUUCAACAUCUUGCUAUGUUGGUCGUUCCAUCAUCACAAGCAUUUCAGCUUGCCAGAUGGAAAGAUAUGCUUCCACAUCCUGUUCUGGGGUUCUCCUGUUUCCACACCCCCCCAGCAAGUUUUAGGGGGCAUGAGGGGAAGAAUGUCCUACUGCAGAAUUCUGUGUACAGGCUUCCUCUGAUUUCACUCAGGUGAAUCCUGCCCAUUGUCAUUAACACCACCACUUUUUGGGGGGGUGGGGCAUAUCAGCAUAGCUGUCAACCUUUCCCUUUUCUUGUGAGGAAUCCUAUUCAGAAUAAGGGAAUUUCCCUUUUAAAAAGGGAAAAGUUGACAGCUAUGCAUAUCAGUCACCUAAAACACUUUGUAGGCGCAUCACUGAUCGGUGGCAAAGAGGACGCCCCUCUACCGCGCUUGCCUUAAAUGUGGCAAGCCACACCCCCUGAGCCAGCUGAUUGGCUGGCUAGGGGGAUGAUGCGACAGAGGAUUUCCCUGAUCGCGCGGGGCCUCCGCACGAGUGUUGGGGGCGUGAGCCCGCAACACCACCUCCUCCCGAGGUCAGAAGUGGCUUUGUGCUGGACUGCCACCCCACUCCUAUGCAUGAAGAAAAUAUGGACAAAUCUGUCCAUUUCAUUCCUCUAAGUUUCUCAUUUUCCCAAUCUUAAAUUAAGUUCUUAAUAAUAAUAAUAAUAAUAAUACCCCGCCCAUCUGGCUGGGUUUCCUCAGUCACUCUGGGCGGCUUACAACAUAUCUAAAAACAUCAUCAAAAAAUCAAGCAUUAAAAACCUCCUGAUACAGGGCUGCCUUCAGAUGUCUUCUAAAAGUUCUAUAGUUCUUCAUCUCCUUGACAUCAGAAGGAAGGGUGUUUCACAGGGAGGGCGCCACUACUGAGAACUAUUUCUGCAACCAUUUGCAAUUUUCUUUUAUAUAUAAAUAAAAUUCUCAUGAAUAUUUGUUGGUACUUUGGCCCGAAUGCCCCCCCGCCCCAUAAACCUCUGUUCAAACUUCAUCUACACUGGGGGAAGCCGUUCCAUAGGGUUUGCAUGAUACUUUCAGGAGCACCAUCACAGCAACCCAGGCACAAGGAUCCAUCGGGCAUGCAGUUUCCCAUGCAUCCUGUAGAUCUUACUUGGAUAUCAAAGUUCUGAUAGUGAGGCAUCGCCAUUGUGAGGCCUUGCUGUCAGCAGGGUUUUGUUUCAUUUUAAGUGUGUGGCUCAUAGGAAACGGGAUUUGGGAGACCUCAAGGAGUGGUCAUCCUCUGAUGGCAUCAUCAGGAGAGUGAUUUCUCAUUAGCUCAGAAUGGAGGCCACCUUAAUUCAUGCCUAGAUUGAAAUGAGCCCAAAUUAAGUAACUUUGGUUGAGCCCACUGCAAAUUGAGUCACAUGUCUCUAUUCACGGUAGUGGUCAUCAUUUGGUCAUAUUACUUAUGCUAUGGGAUGAAAAUGUCUUGUUUGGUUCUCAGGAUUCAUUUGAAGGAUAGGAAAACUACUCAGGCUUUUCAAGUUCUGUGCCUCAUUCAAAAUUUGCCUUGUGCCUCAUUCAAAACCUUACGGCAAAUAUUAGGGUUUUAUUGGGCAGGCUCCUCAACUCUCUCUUCUCCCAGGGGACAGAUUCAACUGAUGUGAGAAUGUCAAGUACUUUGUGCUUUGUUAUGAAAUACAAAGAAACCAUUAACUUUUUUUGACAAAGUGACUGGGGACUUGCUGAAGUGACAAGUUGCUGAUGCUGUGUUUCAUUGUAAAUGGCAAUGGAGGAAUUGAAUGCAGCAGAAUCUGACAUCCCUGGAGUCAUUGGCUUACAGCAAGGAAGAAAUAUAGCAUCAUAUCUUCAAAACUGUCUGACUCAGGAAGGUCUUGGAAUGGCUGCAUCGCUACGUGAGGGAGGGGGAAAACUUUUGAGAAAGAAAGGGUUGCUGAACCCCAAGAUCAGUUAAUUUUAGCAAAGAACUAGCUCUGAUCUUACACAGUUUGAUCACAUAUAAGUGGUUAAGCAGGGGAAUCUCAGACUUGCCUCAAGGUCUGUAUUAAGUAGAGUACAGCAAGGAUGCAGUUAGCCAGUGGCGUAGCACUGGGGGGGGGGCACAGGGGCGGCUGCCCCAGGCACAAAAUUGUUAGGGGUGCAAAAUUUUGACACUCAGUGUUGCCUCAGUACAGCUGCAUGCUUCCGUCACUAGGCUCUGUUGAAAACGACUUCUCCAUGCAAACCAGGAAGUGACCUCUCUAGGCAAUGUGUACUCCAUCCAUUUCCUCCCCCUCCACCUGGCGCGGCCAUGGUUUCUGGCAACCCACGCUACGCCACUGCAGUCACCUCCCGUCCCAAGCAGUCAGUCCACACAAGUUACUUUAGGUGCACCCUGACCUUUAUUUUCUUCUGAGUUGUGUUCCUUGUGGUUCUUUCCAGAGAAGAAGGUGAAAAAAUCUGACUGUGGAGAAUGGCAAUGGAGCGUUUGUGUCCCUACUAGCGGAGACUGUGGUCUAGGGACCCGUGAAGGCACCCGGACUGGAGUUGAUUGUAAGCAAACAAUGAAGACGCAAAGGUGUAAGAUCCCCUGCAACUGGAAGAAGCAAUUUGGAGGUAAUGUUUACAGGCUUGAGAUUAACCAUUAUGCUAAGUAUGAAUACAUACCUUGAACCAUUUGUUAGAUUAGGCGUUGCCAACGUUUCUGAGCCAGAGGGUGCCUUUGGAAUUUUGAGGAAGUGCUGUGGGCGCCGGCCACAAAGUGGCCACCAUGGGAUGACAUAUCAGAAAAAGGAAGCUGUGGAGGCAUCAUAGGAGAAAAGUGAGUUUUCAAGCUCCAUUCAUCUCUCCAAAAGUUCAAAAAAGAAUCAGACUGAUUUUAUUUUUUUAAGCUGGCCAUGUCAGACUGAGUAGGUUAAUUAGCUCAUCAAAGUCUUUGGGAGAACAGGAAAUUUUGAGCAACAGGAAGUCAGUUUGAUGAGACAGUUAAAUGAUAAAGCAAUGGUGAAAAGUAAUUAGGAGCAACAUUCUGUUGCCUUCAUUUGCUGGAGAUUUGAGCAUAUCAUCCUACUAAAUUAGGCAUUUCUCUUCCAUUAGGAUUAAGAUUUGUGGAGCGUUUAUUUUUCUGAUGCAGGGUGAAAGGAAAACCUAGUGAAAAUGCAAUAUCCUACAAGGCAAUUUUCUGUAGUAAAACAUAAGUAAAGGCAGACAGGUGGGCAGAGAGAUAAUUCAUUUGGUUUCAUGAUCAUGUUGAAAAAUUUUGGGCAUGAGGAAUUCACUUUUUGCAUUUGUGUGUGUGUGUGACUUGAGAAGUUCUGCAGCUCCCCAGACGAAUGUGCAGAGUGAAACACAGUUACCCUUUGGAUUUUGCCCUUCUCCAAAUUCUGUAAUGCAGAUUUUGGCUUCAAAAAACCAAAGUCCCCAGGGAAGAGGGAUUGAUUGCUAAGCUCCUUUGGGAAUUGUAGCUCUCGUGAGGCGAAUAUAGUUUCCCUAACAAAUCUCAGAACCCUUAAUGAACUACAGCUCCCAGAAUUCUUUAGGGGGGAAGCCAUGACUGUUUAAAGUGGUAUCCUAGGCGUUUAAAUGCAUGGUGUAAACGUGGCCUCAGAGUGUGGCCCUAGAGUCCGGCAACAUCUGGAGCACUAAAGGCUCCCCAUCCCUGAUAUAAAAGAAGUUGGUCCUAGAUGACCUAACAUAAAUAUUAGCAAACGUAAUUGGAACAAAAAAGCAAUACCAUUCUUGCCCUGUUUGGGAAGGAAGCUACCCUACAUACAAGGAUGUUCAAGUAGCCAUAUUUUGUUCUUACCUUUCAACUGCUGAUAAUAAAAUAUUAUGUGCUCACUUAUUUAUUUAUUUUGCAGCGGAGUGUAAAUACCAGUUCCAGGCAUGGGGAGAGUGUGACCUAAACACUGCCUUGAAGACUCGAACUGGGAACCUCAAGCGAGCCCUACACAAUGCAGACUGCCAGAAGACGGUCACCAUCUCAAAGCCCUGUGGGAAGCUUACCAAACCCAAACCUCAAGGUAACACACAUUCGCAAAUCAUUGAUGUAGAGCCUUUCCCUUCAUUCCAACAUUGCUCUUGGUCUCUUUGAAAUCUUGCCUUGGCAGGGAAGGGCCAUAGCUGAGUGGCUUGCAGUACAGCUAGCACUAGAUUCAGUCUUCAGUAUCUCUAGUUAAAAGGACAGAUAAGCAGGGGGCACAGGCCUGUUUGAGAGCUGACUAGAGUUUCACAGACUGUGUAAGCAGGAAAAAAGCCUCAGACCACAAAAGGGAAAUGGACAACCCAGUUUUACCAAGUGCAAAGCAAAGAACAUGCCCACAAAGCCAUCAUGCAACCAUUCAAAACAAACAUCCACAAGGCUUCAGGUACAAGAGGGAAUAUAAUUACCAUUUAGAGAUGGGUCCCUGCAAGCUAAAACACACCUCCAGGAAAGAAUAAUAUCCAAGAGAAGACUUUUCUGAUCAGUCCAGGCCAACGUUUCCCCAAUGGAACAGACAGACAGUCCUGCAUUGUGUUCUCCAGGGGCGAUUGUCAAUGCCUCAUAUUCAACUGGCAGAACUGGAGCUAUUUGUGUCAGAUGUUGCAUAAUUUCCCCUCUUUUUUCCUACACCCCACACUUGCAAAAAUUGGCUGAUAACUUCAUGGUACCCUUGUAUGGUUUCAUUAGCUACUACCCACAAAGCAUGAAACCUCAAUCAGAUGUAUUGGUAAGCAUCAGUCUGAAAGAGGAAGGUUGGAACCAAAAGAUGGAAUCAAGCCAUCUCUUUACAUUGGCAUCUUCCUCUGCUAUUUCUGUUGUUGACAGAAUCCUUCAGCAUCCCUUGCUGCAGCUCCCAUUAUUGCAUCACCCUCUAGCCAGGUUGAACUAAAGACGACCAAUGAAAUGACUGGCUAUGGCAUCCCUUUAGAAUAGAUCUUGUCAAUGCACCUUAUAUUGUCUGAAAGAAACUACUGAUAAAGGAGAUCUAGGAUUUAUAGACAAUUGACUGAAAGUAAGGUUUGCCACCAUAAAACGCUUAGAGGUUUUGUUACAUUCAAGAGGUAUAUAAUACAUAAAUAAAUUAAGAAAGGGAACACCUCCUUUGGCUGUGAAGGAUAGGGAGUGCUGCCUUAAAGAUAAAACUAAGCCAUUUUGUCAAGGUCUAUGAAGAAAGGCAAGCUGUUGAAAAAAGUUGUAGAAAGAUUCUUUUUGUUUUGUAGGUCCCCAAAUGACAAAUGUUCUGAUAAGAUAAAUCUGUGUGCUUGGUUUACACUUGAGCUAUAUUUAGGGUGAUCUUAUAAUAAGAAGGGCAUUAUCUGUCCUUCCCCUUCUUGUCUUUUAAAUUAAAAACCUAUUUAUUCUGCCCUGAAACUUCUAUAAACACUGAAGCAGUUCUAGUUUAUGGUUUGGAAUCCUCCCCUCCACCUCUACUUUUCAUUUCAUUUGAUUCCUUCUUCCUAAACCAUGUCUACUUCCUUACCCUUCCUAGUGGUUGAUUUUCGACUUUGACUCUGCAGCCAGGAACACGUUUCUGUUUGCCGUUUAACUGUAAUAUACAAUGCCCAGGUGUCGUUAGACACUCAUUGCUGUAAUGAUGUUUAUGUUGCUGCUGCUGCUGCUGAUGAUGAUCAGGAUUUUGGACAGCUUCAGAAAAGUGAAAAAUGUGAAGGAAUAAUUUACCAUGUAAGCCCCAGAACACAGAGAUCUGCAUGCUCAACCACAGGCAUACCUGUGUCAAUCCCAGAUAAAUAAGGUUGUUUUUUUAAAAAGGAGAAGUUCUAAUUAAUUGGGUCCUUUAAUGAACUCUGCAGCUGUAACAAGUGCUGUGUGCACAGGGGAACUGAUAGCAGGAACUGAAGCUGUGAAAUGUACCACUGUGUCUAAGACAAGGAAUUCUGUGCCCAUCAGAAAAGGUGCACUGCAUGGAUGCUUGUUUACUGGUUCAGAGUUCCUGCUGUCACCUGAAAAACAGGAGAGCCUAAUCAAAUAUCGCAGUUUUCUUUUGGUUUACUUGCUCUGGAUAAUGAGACGGAUGCAGGAUAGAAAACAAAGGAGGCAGGAGCCCUUUAAAGCUGUGUGUCUCAAACAUUUUACCUUCAGGGAAGACUUCAUGCUGACGUUUUGUCUCUGUACUGCAGAAGAUUUGAGGAAGAGUGGGGGAAGGAAUCAUCAUGACUCCAUGCAAACCAAGAGCAGAAGCUAGAAAAUACCCACCACUGUUCUUUAGCUGUACAUUGAGGGAACAUAGCUCAGUUGGUAGAGCAUGAGAUUGGGUUGUGGAUUCAAGGCCUACCUUGGGAAAAAGAUUCCUGCAUAGCAGGGGGUUGGACUGGAUGACUCUUGUGGUCCCUUCCAACUCUACAAUUCUAUGGUUCUAUAUAUAUCCUGCUGGAUUGGGCGAAUGGUCCAACUAGUCCGGCAUCCUGUUCUUGCAGUGGUCAACCAGAUGCCUGUAGGAAGCCCACAAGCAGGACAUGAGUACAACAUUACAAUUUCCAGUAGCUGUCUUUAAGAGGCAUGCUAUCUCUGAUCGAAAAGAUAUGGCAUAGAUAUUGUGGCUAGUAGCCAUUGAUAGCUAUAUCCUCAAUUAAUCUGCCUAAUCCUCCUUUAAGGCCAUCCAAGUUGGUGUCCGUCAUUACAUCCCACGGGAGUGAAAGCCAUAGUUGGACUAUAUGCUGUGUGAAGAUCAUUGAUUCCUGUUCAGUGUUGACAUGUGAGCCACAAAAAAAAUGUAGGAACAUAGGAAGCUGUCUUCUACCAAGUUGGACUAUCAAUCCAUCUAACUCAGUAUGGCUUACACUGAUUACACCAACUAACUCUCUGGGGUUUCUGACCAGUGACAUCCCCAGCCGUACCUGGCGACGCUAGAGAGGGAAUCUGGGAUCUUCUGCAUGCAAAACAUUUGCUCUAGAUAGAGAGGAUAAGAAGACCUCUGAAGACGGUUUGGGAAAUUCGCUCACCGGGGGAAGAUGGUUUGAGAAUUUUACACUGAUCUUUGCUCAACUGCACUGGCUGCCAAUUUGUUUCCAGGCCCAAUUCAGAGUGCUAGUUUUGAUCUAUAAAGACUGAAAUGGCUCAGGACCACAAUACCUUAAGCACAACCUCUUUCCAAAAGAACCCACCUGGACCCUGCAACCAUCACCUAAGGCCCUUCUCCAUGUGCCUCCUCCGUGAGUGGUCCAGAGGGUGUAAACACAAGAAUGAGCCUUUCCUUCAGUGGCUCCCUAUCUGUGGAACGCUCUCCCCAGGGAGGCUGACCUGGUGCCUUCAUUAUUUAUUUUUAGCUGCUAGGCAAAAGUGUUUCUGUUUAACCAGACCUUUGGCUUUGACUGAUUAACAUUCUGUGUCCUUUUAAAGUGUUUGUGAGAGAGGGGUCAUUGGUUUGUUUUUGUUCUUCUUUUUAUCAUGUAUUUUGUGUUCUCAUUUUGGAUUUUUGUGUUGUGAACUGCCCCAUGAUCUUUGGGAGAAGGGUGUUAUACCAACUCAAUAAAUAAAAUUAAAAGUUAGAUAAAUGAAACAUUGUUUCCUUGCAAUUAACAUUGGUAGCUCAAUUUAUAGUCUGCAUGCCAAUAGAUUUAGAGCAGCACUGCAGUGGUGCAGAAUUUGAUAUUAUUGCCAAUACUGCAAACAGGAGAAUGGCAGUUACCGGUAUAUUAUGCAAUACAAGGUGGUUUUAUACAGAUAUGGUGGCAAUAAAGUUUUGUUUUGCUUUUUUUUUUAAAGUUGAAAUAUAGUAAUUAAGAGAAUGUGUUGAAUGCUUCUAUACCAUAUACAGUCAUACCUCAGGUUACAGACGCUUCAGGUUGUGUUUUUUCGGAUUACGAACCUGCCGAAACCCAGAAGUACCAGAACAGGUUACUUCCGGGUUCCGGCGGUCGCACAUGUGCUUUGCGUAUGUGCAGAAGUUCCAAAUUGCAACCCGCGCGUGCGCAGACGCAGGUGGCGAACACUGCAGGUUGCAAACGUGCAUCCCAUGCAGAUCACGUUCGCAACCCGAGAGUCCACUGUAAUCAUCUGGUCUGUUUGCUGCAAGAAAUGUUUUCCAGAAAGUCAGCAAAUGGUAGUUUCAGAUCUAUUAGUGUCUCACAAACAUUGGAAAAUAGUUACGAUGCCACAAAGCAAAAAAGGUAUCACUAUUGUUAAAUUAAUAAGUACCACCUAAAAUACAAUUUUUUAAAAAUUCCCUUGGAUACAGAGUGUUAAUGGGGGCCUGCUCAUGAGGUUUUUUAAAACCACCAGUAUAGGAGAGCCCUUCUAGAUAUUCCACUGACAAAUGCAAUAAACACAGGGUGGGGACAGUGAUGGGCUGCAACCUUUCCAUUCGAUGCUUUCAUUGAUGCCUGAAAGGGGUGUCCAUGCAAGCACCUCCUUCCAGAAGUACAGUUGUGUACAGAGAGUGGAAGGUGAGUCCAGCUUCUCCACCUCCAUCGUUCAGCCCGGACACUGGGGUCCAGCGCUGAGGGCCUUCUGGCGGCUCCUCCCUGUGAGAAGAGAAGUUACAGGGAACCAGGCAGAGGGCCUUCUCGGUAGUGGCCCCCGUGCUGUGGAACGCCCUCCCAUCAGAUGUCAAGGAGAUAAACAACUAUCUGACUUUUAGAAGACAUCAUUCUGGGGAACCUGCAAUGCAGGAAUCUCAGCUGAAGCAUCGAUUCUUAAUUCAUUAUUUGCAUUUAUGGCUCAUCUUUCUUCCUUGGAACUCAAGGCAGAGUCCCCUGGUGGUCUCCCAUCUAGGCAGUGACCAGACCUUGACCAACAAUGGCGUGGCAUGUUUGCUUUAUUGUGGGCCUUCAAGCUGUGUCCUGGGAGUUCUUUUCUGGUGACUGCUGCUUCCCGGGGAUCCCCUUCUGUGGCUGCUGCUUGGCGCCUGAUAGAGUCCAUCUGGACUGCUGUGACUUGAAAGGCUUUUCCAUGGAAGGGGAGCAGCAUCACACGUUGUCGUGUCUCUGGUCCUAAUUCCACCCCUAGGUGUCCCUCUUUUUUGCAGCUUGUGUCGACCGGGUGUUGCUACUGCUGUGGCCUGCAGUGCCGCCUUCUGCCAGCAGGUGCUGCUGUUUCCUGACAAGUGUCUUUCCACCAGGGUUCCAAAAACCCAAAUAUGAAGCAGCCCACAUUUAAACAAAGAUGCUUGUUUUUUAAAAAUGGAUCCCACAAACGUCAGCUCCCAAAGACAGGUAAACAGUCACAGGGAGAGAAGCACUCAUCUUGAUCAUUUGCAGAGACUUGUUAACAGGAGUUUGGAGGCUGAGAGCACCUGAAAGUGCCUCUUGUGAAGGGUGACCCUAUGAGUAUCUUGGCUGAAUUACCAAAUCUAUGAGAGAGCUUCUCUAGUGGGCUGAAAAGGAGGCAGAUCUUUUUUUCUUUCUUUCUUUGAACUCUCCCAGGGAAUCUCAGUAGAAUGGGUCUUCUCAACCACCCACAGCCACUUAGUUCAGCCCUGUAAAAUGAGAGGAGCCAAGUUGCUCUGUAUUAAGUUUGCUCAGCUCAAACUCAGCCCAAGAUUAUCCAGAUUUGCAUAAAACGUAUAUAACUUAUAUGCAGAAAAUGUGCUAACAUAUGUAUUGCUGCACAUUCAUUAAUCAUUGCUGUAGGCAGCGACUGUGACCAGGUUCUUGGGGUACUUGCUAAAUCUGCCAUUCAGAAGCUAACUGCUAAUGGGCAGCUUCAAGUUCCUUGCUGUUCUUCCUUCCUUAUACAGGGUGAGUCCUUUAAAAGAGGCCCCGUGGAUACAGAGUACACAUGUUCCACGGGGCCUCUUUUAAAAGACUCACCCUGUAUUUACACUGAACACUGGACAACCCUUUUUUUAAAAGGAGGGGGGGUACAUUCAAAAUAGGGGACUGACAUACCGUCAAAUGGAGGAUUGACCUUUGUAAAGUAAGGCACAUGGCCAUUUCGCUGUAUAGGACUGCACUGUAAGAAGGACAGUUUCCAGUUUGUAUUUUAGGAGAACUAUGCACAUUACAUCAGAGAUGGCCAGUGCUCUUUUUCUAGAAAAAGAGGUGCCGGAACUCACCAUGAACGUCUUCCUUGUUCUCUUAGAAUGGCAAUGGCGCCCACCUGAGAGGUGCCAGAACUGAGUUCCAGUGAGUUCCAGCUGAAAAAAAGCCCUGGGGAUGGCUAACCCAUGUGCCACAGGCCAUAUCCCCCUGCCAACAUUUUAAAGUGGCUCCUCAAACGCCCUCAGAUUGUCUUUCUUAAAUCCAGUUUUCUGCUUGCUUCUCAUCCACACAUCCCUUGCUAGCUAUUUCAGGCAUUUUUAGGUGUCAAAGACACAUUUUGUCCCCACAUCUCUUAUUACCUUUAAAAGGUAAAAGGUAAAGGGACCCCUGACCAUUAGGUCCAGUCGUGGCUGACGCUGGGGUUGCGGCGCUCAUCCCGCUUUAUUGUCCAAGGGAACCGGUGUACAGCUGUGGCCAGCAUGACUAAGCCACUUCUGAUGAACCAGAGUAGCACACGGAAACGCUGUUUAUCUUCCCGCCAGAGCGGUACCUAUUUAUCUACUUGCACUUUGACGUGCUUUCGAACUGCUAGGUUGGCAGGAGCAGGGACCGAGCAAUGGGCGCUCACCCCGUCAUGGGGAUUCGAACCGCCAACCUUCUGACGGCAAGUCCUAGGCAAGUCCCCUAUUACCUUUAGUAGGGGCCUUUUUUUGCCUCAGGGAAAUAUCACUGCAAGAAGUUCUAAGACUUUGGGAAAUGGGAAAUGAGGUUUUCCUCCUGUUUCUUAAGACCUUCUUGAAAUAGGGGGGGCAUCAUAAGAAGGCCUCAGGAAACAGGAAUGGAGGGCAACUGCUUUUAAAGAUGAAAGAGCAGCAAACUGGUAUUUAAGUUGUGAGUCUUGGUGUAUAGUAGUGUAUACUAGUUGCAAUAUUACUAGUUGCCACAGCAAUAUUUUUAUUCCCAAGAAGAGGUACUUGUAAGGUUAUCUGCCUCACGUACCAAAACAACUUGACUGGCCUUGGUUUCUUUAUAACUUGAUUUGGGGAGGGAGCACCAUUUACUGUUUCUAUUCAGACAGCAAAAUGUCUUAGAGCUUUCUUGGAUACAGUUCAAUAUUCUAUACUUCAGACAUCCAAAGGUGAAAAUAUAAAAGCCAGCCUCAUCUUAACAAUGAGGAGUUUGGCUGAUUUUUUUUUAGUUGGUUUAUCUGAUCCUUGAGGUGAAAGAGUUCCAUCCCUUCAAAAUCCCUGUAAAAGCACCCAAAUUAUGAUUUUGGUAACUGAAAGAAGAAUUCAGGUCUAACACUUAAUUGCAAAAAAACACAUCACCCAAGAAAUCAGUUUAAAACUCAUUCAUCAGUCCUAUCAGAAAAAUGCAACCAUAAUAGGAAACGAGGCCCUGCAUUUCCCUUCAUGUGGUAUUAUUGUGUUUCUAGAUGCAUCUUCAUGAUUGAUUAUUAUGUCCCUCUGUCUUUAAUGUUGUUCAUUAGGUGGACUCACAGGAAUUUAGUAUACAUUAGCAUUACAGAAAUCAAAAGAAUAAGCUGCUGCUCACAGUAAUUAGACAGAAAAGUGAGGGAUUUUCUCAGCUUCAAAAGGUUUUUUUUUUUAAAGUAUUAUUAUUAUUUAUUCAAUUUGUAUCUUCUCCCAAAGGAACCCACGGUGGCAAACUCAAUUUCAUUACAAUCGGUUUAAAACACUCUAAAAGCAUUAAAAACAACAACAUUCUCUCAGCCAAUGAUUUCAGUGAUGAUUUCACAUAGACAACUUCUUUCAUUCUGAUUGGAAGUUGGGCAUGUGAAAAGAGCUUUUUUGGAGAAUGGGGGAAACCAAAGGAACAGCCAAGGACUUCCUGCUCAGCUCCAUUGCCCAUUGCCUUGACGAAUGAAGCACUUGUGAGACAGGGUAGGCCCACCCAUGAGACAAGGUGAGGCAAACGCCUCAGGCGGCAGAAUCCACAGGGGCAGUGAAUCCUGAUGUAGCUCUUUAUUCCCCCCUUUGUUCCUGAUGUCAAUCUUCACUUUCCCCCAUCUUUCCUGGCUGGGAAGAGGCACCAUUUUGCGGUUCACCUCAGGUGCCAAAAUGUGUUGGGUCAGCCCUGAUGUGAGUCCAUCAAAAUGGGGCCUGUCUGUACUCUGGAGCAAGUCCUUCGACUUUCUUAGGACAGCUUGUCAAUUUCAGCUUCUUCCUGGCAGUUGCUACUAAGCAGAGUUCAACGGGAUAACGGAACAAUCAACAGUAAAUAGCUUUUGAAAAAUGCAAAGAUUGCUCCCUUUAGCAAGCCUAUAUAUGAAAAAGGCAAUUGUGUGAAAAUCUGAGGAUGAAAGAAGCAACACAAGAACAGGCCUUUUCAGUGGUGGCCCGCCAUUUGUGGAAUGCAUUCCCUAGGGUGGCUCACCUGGUGCUGUCAUUACCUUUAGGCACCUGGCAAAAACUUUCCUUUAUAACCAGGCCUUUGGCCUAACUAUCUGUGACCUUUUAGAAGUGACUGGGAUGUUUUUAAUGUAUCCUCUCCCCUGGUUUUCAUGUAUUUGUGAUCGAGGGUUGUAAGUCACUUUGGGUUGCCUUGUGCAAUAUAAAGCAACUCACAAAUGCAAUAAUUUAUUAUAUCUGAUUUACACAAUAUGUCAAAUGAGGUGAAUGGUGGUGGUAGGAUUCUGGAGUUUACCACUUCUGACCUUAGGAGGACUGGGGACAUAUUCCGAAUGCUCUCCCCAUUUAAAAAUUUCAUUGCAUGUUGUAAAGGAUUCCUUCAGGGAGAAGGGUCGUCUGCUUGACAAGUGCUCUUCAACCUUGGGUCCCCAAGUCCUGGUGGACCACAGCUCCAAACAUCCCCAGCCAGGGAUGACAGCAAUUGUAGUCUAACAACAUAUGGGCACCCACAGUUGAAAAGCAUUGUCUAAGCUAGUUGAAUAUAUGCAGGGAGCUUUUUUUGCAGGGAGAACAUUCAACAGUAUCAAACACGCACACACAUGUGACAUCCUGAAGUGGUAUGGUUCAGGAAGAGUUUAGGACACUUUUUGUGCUGCUUAUGUGAACUAGCAAUGCAUAUAUAUUUUUCUUUGCAUCUUCCUUCAGUGGCAUAUUUUGGCAUUCAGCAGUGCCCAUCACCAGCAAGAGUGCCUGGAGCUAUUAUGCUUAUUGUGAUAAAAAGAUCCAGCAUAAGCAAAUGUUUAUUCUCAUUACUAUUCUAAAUGGGUAAAUCAUUUCCUUCCUUCCUUCCUUUCUGGCUUCUACACCCCCUUCCUUUUCUUUCUUUCUUUCUUUCUUUCUUUCUUUCUUUCUUUCUUUCUUUCUUGUAUUUAAUUUCGCCCUUCCUUCUUGUCUCCUUCACUCCAUUCUUUGUCCUCUGUAAGUAUCUCACAGGAAUUUUCAAGAGGCAAUUCUCACACCUGUGGAAUAAUAAAAGCAUAGCUGCACCACCAGUUUAAAACACAGAUCCUAUCAGUAGGUUAAUGCAGCUGGCAUGACAAAAAACAACAACACAAUCAUACUGCCCUUUUAUAAAAAGAAGCAAGCAAGCCUUCUUGGAGACUUUAGCAAAUCACUAUCAAUUUCUUUUCAAUUUCUUUCCAGCCUUUUUUAAACCUUUGGAAGACAGUUGCUAUGCUUCCAAACUGUUGUGGUGCUCAUUCAUCUUUCUGUUAUGUCAACAUAUAUUUAUUUACUUAUAAGUUCUAUAUACCAGGUGUCUCCAAGUGUCCCUAUUUUCCAGGGACAUCCCUGAUUUAGAGAAGCCGUCCUGGUUUCUGAUUUGAUCCUGGAAUGUCCCACUUUUUCUUAGGAUGUCCCUAUUUUAAUUGGAAAAAUGUUGGAGGGUAUGAAGUUUAGACUAAUGUUGAAGCUCUGGUGGUGACUCCAAUGGCAAAGCAAUCGGAUUUUCAAGCUGCAGAAGGUUAUUCAGAAAGAACGAGAAGGUGAAAGAAGCUUGAAAUUGUUAGGAAACUUUGGGAAAGAGGACAUGUUCAAUCUGCAGAGAUUAUCUAACGGGUUGUCUUCAUCUGGAAGAACUGUCUAUAUUCAGUUCUGGCAGUUAUGAUUUGUUGUUAUAUUUAUAUAGAAAUGAAAAGGAGAAGGGAAUGCAGAAAGAGCUUGAAUACUAGGACAGAACUUUAUGUGACAAGAAAUGGCGGGUUGCUGCUGAAAAUGGCAGCCAUGUGCUGUUUUCUCUCUUCCCAUCUAUGAGGCAGAUGACAACUUACGCCAUGUCUUGGUAUCAUUUUUGCUGAGUAUUUUAUUUCCCACCACCAAUAGUGUGAAGCACAUCAGACCACAAAGUAACAAGGAACGAGCUCUGCCUCCAAGCUAUUGCUGCCUUAAGCUCCUUUGAGAGGAUGAGCGGGUUGUAAAUGUAAUAAAAGAAUUUAGGAGGAGAAAGAGAAGAAGGUUUAACUGUGCUUCAACAACAGCAAAAGCAUGGUACUUUUCAUUGCCUCACAGGCAACGUUUUCGACAGCUUCACUUCUUGCAAAACCUAUGGAAUGGAACAACACACAAAGACGUGGGAAAAUGCAGAGCAGUGUGCAACACAGUAAAGACCAACUUGAGGCUUUGUGGGGACCGUGAAGAUGUGUAGUUUGGAUCUAGUGUAGAUCUUGAUCUUUCUGUAAAGGAUACCUGUUUGGUGUAUUCUGCUUGUAUUCUGCUCAUGGCCCAGACUUUAAGAUUUCCAGCAUUAUUCUUGUAGGCUGUGAAUUGAAGAGAUGUGGGUCAAGUAGACAUCCGACAGGGGAGGCUUUUCCCAUUUCAUUUGUCAGUGUGCUGCACAUGCAAAGUUUCUGCCUGCCAUACAUCUGCUAAAGGCAUAGCAGCCAUAUCAGAGAAAAGUUGGCAGCCUGCCCAUCACCAUGAAAUGGGGCAGUUUUCCUUGCCUAGCCGAUCUCAUUGUGAAGGAAUAUUUUGAGAUUCUUCAUCCUUGUAAAACCAGAGAGCCCGAGAUCCCUUGAGCAAAGCCACAAAAGUUAAGUGACUGCUUCAUGUUUAUAGUGCCAACUGAAGCAUUUAGAGUUUAUAAAUGUUGGUGAUACAAAGAGACCUGUCAUAUGCCAGGAUCCAGGGGUCAAUCAAUUACAGCUGGCAAACAGUCAACAUCCCAACACUAGGCUCAGUUCACAAACCUGUUAAGCAAGAAAUCUUGGGAAUGAAUUCCCCAAUCCUAACCAAACAUAGGAAUAAGCCCCGUGGAUUUUGUUGGGUCUAGGCGUGAUGGAUUAGCAUCACUUCUUAGUAAUUUGAUAGCAAUGCUCAGCAGUGCCAAAUAGCUGCAGGCGGCCUUUUCUAAGCCAUCACCUUUACUUUAUGUAUAUAAACCUUUACUACAAAAGCAGCAGGGGGAAGGCAAUUAUGUUGAAGAGAUAGUGCCCAAGGACUAGAAGAAACCCACAAUUUAAAGCCACAAAUGGAAAACAAGAGUCGAAGCACUACCUUUAUUUUUUGCAAUUUAUUAUUCUCCGUAAGAGGAGGGGCUGGCUCAGUUUUAACAACUGUGAGUUGUUAUAGCAUCCUAAAAAGCCACGGAAGCCAUACAAAUGAUGCUGAAUCAUGGCUCCAACCUGCCGAAGCAAACAUACGUUUGGAGAAAUCAGCGCACUUGUAGAGGAAUUUAAAUUCCCGCACAAUAAGCCCUGUAAACUUGAUUCAUUGGACUGUUCUGAUUUUGUUAUCUUCCAUUAAGCAAUCAAUAUGAAGGACUCCGCAUUUAGAAUAGCUGCUUAUACUGUGACACAAACUGCAUGCAAUAAUCCUGAAUUUUGACAACAACUGUUGUGAGGAGCCAGAGUCAGGAGUAGGUUAGCAAUAAAACACCUGGUGCCAGUGAAGUUAACUCCUUAUUCAAAGAAACCAAAACAGUGCAGGCCUAAUGAUCACAGCAACUCUUCCCACUAGGUCUUGCCCCAAUGAGGGAAGUAUGAGGAGGACUGAUGGUCCUGCCUUCCCACUGGUUCCUUCCCCAGAAACCUAACAUUCCUUCAUCUUGUCUUUCUUUUCUCUUCCCUCUUCAUUUCUCUCUGUAUUACAGCAGGAGGGGGAGACUCCCUGGCUUCUUCGCCAGCCUGUCUCAUCUCUGCCUCUUGGUCUCCCUCUGCCUCUGAGUCUGGACUGCUGUCUGCCCCAGUCUCUUCCUGCUCACUAAACCCUGUUGCCUUUUCCGCUCCCAACACCUUCCUCCUCCUCCCAGUCUGCUCCCUCUUCUCCCUCUGACCACUUAUCAUUGUCCCACCACCAAUCCCCUGGCUCUGAGCCUUCUUCCCCUGGGGGUUGCUUUGGGUGUUUCCCAGUUGGUGCCUCCCACCACUCUCUGCAUCCAGCCAGUCCAUGGCAACUGUGUAGCCUAGACUGGAACAGCAUUCUUCCAAAACUGAAAUGGAUGCUAAUUAGAUUGGUCUGUGGCUGAUCAAGAGAAAAUCAUGGGAUGGUGGAUUGUGUCCUAAACCAGAGAUAGAUGGCUUCCAUCUUGCAUAAGUUUUUAAAGUUUAACUAGAACCCCUAGUUAUGGUGUAAAAUUGAGCAAAAAAAUCAUGCAGUUGUCUAAUUUGACCACAAGUUUUCUAAUUUGGUCCUGGGAGAGAGGAACUUCCUGGGAAGCAGUAGGUGGGUGGAGAGUUAGAAGCUCAGUUUGCCCAGUGUUAGAACUAGUCCUAAUUUCAGAUCACUCAGUGUAGUCCUGCCACUGCCCGUGAUAUGAUUUUCCAAAUUAUGUAAUUUAUUUAUUUAACAAGGUUUAUAUACUGCUUAAUAACUAAGUUGUUUACAAAAAAGUUGGUAUAAAUGCAUUAAAAAUAGCAAUAAAAAUAGUACUUAAAAAUAGCAGGCCCUAUAAAAUCAAAAUGAGAUAAUAUCAACAGAUUACUUAAAAACAACCACCAUGAAUGUUUCUAAAUAUGAAAUUCCAACUCUACAAUGCUACAAUUCUAUGAUCCUAUAACAUGUUUGGAUCGGCUUGCCUCAAUAAAUCUCUCGGUAGCUUGGCCUCCAUCAUCUGCCAUCUCUCUGUCUUUGCCUCUCUUCUGGAAGAAAGAAAAAUCUAUGCCCUUAGCAGACAGGGGGGAAAUACAGCAAGCAUGUGGGGCAGAGAAAGGGGACUGGGGGUGGAAAGCAGGGUCAAAUAAGAUUUUCAGGGAAGUAAACCCAGUUUCCGCAGUAAAUAAGGAAGGAAAGAUGGGAGGUGUCUUGGUGUCUUUGUGUUUAUAGAUGUAUGUGUAAAAACCUUUCUCUUGCUUUCCACUGAGCCGUGACCUGGUUUCUCCAGGAGCUGCCUGCUAUUUUCAGUUUGUUCUAAGCUAGACCCUGAGACAAUACCUCGCAUGCCAAGUAGAGCUGGCACUUGUGAUCAGAACGCCUCUGCCUCAACCAGAGACUAUUCCUCAUCACUCCUCCCUUGCUUCCGAGCCCCUGAAUAUUCUUUUUGAAUUUUUAUUUUAAGAAACAUCCUCCUGUGUAUUAGGUGUCUAUAAAGUGGCAUUGAAUAUAUGCAUUGGGAGUAGACCACUGUGGUGCUCCAGGUAUGCUGUGGACCACAUAUCCCAUCAGCCUCAGUCAGCAUGCCCAAUGGUAAAGGAUGAUGGGAGUAAUAGUCCACAACAUCCGUGGUCCAUCACCGUGGCUACCUCUGGAGUAGAUCAUUGCUUUCUUGCAGGGGCGGCUCAUCCCGUUACACCGCCUGAGGUGAAACAGGAAAGUGCCACCCUACUCUGCUGCCACCUCCUGCAGAAGCCUCCCUUACCUGGAUUCUGUGGCGGUGGCAGGUUACAGUGAAAUCUCACGAGGUUUCAGCAAGAUCUCCUGAGAUCUCGCCAGAAAUUGGCACCGUUGCCAGCACACGUCUGUAGAGGAAGCAGAGUGGGAUGGCAUGCCCUCCAACGUUCCUCAGCUGAAAAUAGGGGCAUUCUAUCCUACAUCGGCAUCACUGCUUUAAAAGGUCAGGCACCCCUUUUGCCCAUCAUUAGCCAUGAGAAAGGAAUGUGCAAUUGUAGCUGUGAUUCUAAGGGGGGGGGGAUUAAGGUGGACUGGGUGCCUAAUGUUAUCCAGAACAUUAAAAGCAUCCAGUAUGACAAAGGUACCUUUGGAUCAAUAAGUGACCAUUGGUAUUGCUAAACAGUUGAUGAUGACUGAACAACCGAAAAUGUUCAGAUCAAUGUUUGGUCAAGAUGAACAAAAUGAGCCAGAGGAUGAAGAAGAAGAAUAUGAGGUGGAAAUGAGGACUACUCAGAAGCUUCAGACCAAAUUGAUGAAAAGUUGGGAGGACUGGAUCACAGAAUCACUAAAUUGAAGGAAGCCGAUUGUGAUGUGGAAAUGGAAACAACCUCCGUACAAGGAUUUGGAGGAAGAGGAGAUAAAAUCACAGAGGCUGCUUUGGAGAACCAUCUGGAUUCUGAUGAAGUUGAGAGGAAAAAGGCUUUGGGACUGGAGUCCUGGCCUUUCUUCACCUCUAGCAGAGAGAAAGUACUCUGCAUACGAUUGGAGCACAGCAAAUCUUCUCUCCCUAUGAUAGAGUUGUGGAGGCUGAAGAUCCCCACCUUACAAUAGCUGCCUAAAUAAUCUCCUUCUCUGAGUCUUUCUGAAGCAAUCUGAGACUGCACUGACACACCUGUCUCUGCUCCUCACUCUUCAUACCUCUUCUGGUCCUGGGAGACCAGGUGGGAGGGAGCUGGUCACAGCAGGAGAGGGAGACACCCUGGCUUCUUCACCAGCCUGACUCAUCUCCAUCUCUUGGCCUCCAUCCUCUCCUGCUGCAGCUUCUGAUUUUGGACUUCUUUCUACCAGACACUCCCUUCUCAACAAACCCUGUUACCUCUUCAGCUUCCGACAGCUCCUCUCAGAUUUCUGCCUCUGUCCAUUUAUCGUUGUCUCGCCACCACUCCCCAGGCUCUGAACCUUCUUCCCUUGGUGGUUCCCCAUCUGGUGCCUCCCACCAUUCCUUUGUGUCCAGUCAGUCCAUGACAUCAGGUCUCAUUAUGUUUAGGAACGUUUACUUUCAUGACGUGUAUGCGGAAGAUUGCAUCCUGGAGCUUCGCCCUCUGUAUAAGGUUGCUCAGAAGUAAGUCCCACUUGAUCCCAGGUCAGUGUUUGUGUGCAGUAGGACUCUUCGCAUAUUUACUCAAUUUCAUUGAGCUCGGCAAGAGCAACUACUUCACUUCCCCCUAAGAAACCUAGCCCUGCACAACCCUGUCCUAUGAAUAACUUACUCUUCCUUUUCAUCUUAAACACAUCUACUUGGAAGUAAGCUCUGCCUCAUUCAGUGGAAUUAACUGGCAUGGAGAAAUGGAGUGAAGUCAACAAAGGCUGGCUGCCUGGCCUGGUGAAGGGAUUGAAGGAGGCAGCGAGAAACAGGCAUAACUGGGCAACCGCUCUUCCUUCCCUGGCUAAGAGGAGCCCUGUGGGGAGGGAGCUCAAUGGGUAGAGCUCUCUGCUGCAUUCCAGCAUGUGCCUGGCAUUGAAAGUGAAAAGUAAGUCCCUCAGGAAGGAGGUGUGAGGGCUCUGACAGGGUCCUACAGUCCACCCAUCUUCUUCCCAAAGCCUAGUAAGCACUAACUAGGCUUCAGGAAGAAGCACUCCUUCCUGUUUCCCAAUGCCUCUACCACCACCACCCCAAUGGCUGGCUCUCUGUGACUAAGAGAGAAGCCAUAAUGUUUUAAGGGUUUUCAUCACUAUCCCAGCAUUUUGUGGCACUUGAAAAGUAUGGGCCACCUUAUCAGUUCCUGCUUUCUAAGAAGACAUGCUCAGAACAGCAACUUGUGUAGAAACCUAGGAAGCAGGAUCUUCUAUCCAAAUCUCCCUCCAUUUCAUGGCCUCAUCUGCAAGCCACAAAAGUAGGGACAAAUUUUUCUCUAGUGAUUUGGGAUAGGAUAAAACCCAUCAGGCUGGCAGCUGCCAUUUUUUAUUUUCCCCCUUUUCACUUGUGAUCAUUGCCCCUGCAGCCUAAUAUCUACAGUGGUACCUCGUGUUAAGAACUUAAUUCGUUCUGGAGGUCCGUUCUUAAUCUGAGGUACCACUUUAGCUAAUGGGGACUCCUGCCACCGCCGCCGUGCAAUUUCUGUUCUCAUCCUAAAGCAAAUUUCUUAAUCCGAGGUACUAUUUCUGGGUUAGCAGAGUCUGUAACCUGAAGCGUCUGUAACCCGAGGUACCACUGUAUUGGAAUGAGACUUCUGGAAAAUAUAAAAUGGUAGGAUCAGCUCAGUGGAGGUUUGAAGACAUUUAUUUCUGGUAAGCAUUGGACAUCCCUGUAAAAAUCACUCCAUUCCCAUAAAAAUGCUCAGAGGAGCAGAGAUUCCCCCUCCCAAAACAUCCCCUCCCACCAAAAAACAAAAACAAAAAACGUUCAGGAAGAGCUUUUAGAUAUUACAAAGUUUGACCCAGGACUGCUCUAAGUGAGUGUAAUUAUUGCAUUUUCAUAGUCUAAAAUCAACUCUGUUUUGGUUGUCAGAGUGAAACAUACCACUAGAAAAAGAAGGUGUGCUUUAGUAACCGGCAGGGCUGUGCACUGGCUCUGGAUGACUCCUGGAUCUUGCAACUCCUCAGGCUAAUUUGAGUCAACUGGGGUUUUGCUGGAGCUGGUUGAGGCAGCCCGAGAUUUUCCCAGGGUUGGAGCUAGUGCAAGGAGAGUUUGCCUUGGUGCUUUUCUUUCUCCUGCCUCCUCCCAACCCAAAUUGAAGACUCUGCAAGGCUUUCAGUUCAAUUCAGGUAGGAGCAGGGACACUCUAGAUGUUUGGGAAGAAACCUUUCUUCUUUCUUUGACUUUGGCUGUGUUUCUGAUCAUUUCUGGCACCAGGAUUUGGGAGGCACUCACAGAUAGCCCCCAAACCUGGAGGAAACAAGGCAUGCAAAGUGAGCAUUCUCUUAGGCUGCAUCUGAUCUUCUGGGAUGCUUUUGUCCCAAAGUGAGCAAUGGGACCACUGUUAGGGCAGUGAUUCCUAAUCCUGGGGCCCUAGCAAAUGUCCAGCUAUGGCACCUUGUGGAGUUGUUUCUGAUGCUCUUGUAACACUGCAAUUAUUUCUUGUGUCAACAGAGCCCAAGAAAAAGAAAAAAGAAGGCAAAAAACAGGAGAAGACACUGGAAUAGUGAAGAUGUGCUGGGCUACGCGGGAAAGGGACUUCCUCGAAUGUAAUCGGUUAACAAGUUUCAUUGACACCUAGGCGUUUUAUCCAGAAGUUAUUUAUAGCUUAAUUGUACAAUAGGAAGAAAUAAACGUACCAAUUCGCCCUCUUUAUUCUUCUUCUUUUUUAUUUUUUACUUUAGUGUUUUAAGUGUAUAACCUUAACCGCAUUUGUAGAAGUCUGCCAUAAAAAGGCAGUAAUGUCAUUUAGUACCUGAUUUACUAUUGUAUAUUGGAAAGUAUAGAUUCAUCCCAAAUCCCCACCCCCCUUUCCUCCUUUGGAGUCCAAUCUUCUUAAGGCCUGACUCUGCAUGCUAAGGGCAGGACUUAUGACCCACAUGGAAAUCCCGCAGGACGUGUUCUAUCGAGGUUCCAUGAUGUCAGAAUGGUCUGUCCGUAUGCUGCGCAGACUGGCCGUCUUAUGAUGUGUAAAACAGACUUUUUACGUUUUAUAACAGCAAGAGUGGGUCUCUGUCCCCAGAUUGUACCUGCCCUGAAAUAACUAACUUGGUUGUAAUUUACACCUUUUAAUAAAACAACUUAAGGCUCUAGUCCAUAA